UCCCAGCCUCGCCUCGGGUGUAGGGAUUGCAGGGAAAAGCAAAACUACACCGUCUCAACUGUGUAGUUUUGUUUUUUUCGGCUAGAGGCUCAACCAUUCUCAUGUUGGGAUUGUUUAAAAUCAUACUCUGGAUAAGGACGUCGUUUAAGGAACUUACGUUUGGGCGUAGCCCACCCAAUUUAGGCACUCUUGUGCAAUCAGAGUGCCUUUAAAGAUGUCAACCAAAGCGCCGACGUUCACGCAGCCGUUACAAAGUGUUGUGGCACUGGAGGGUAGUGCCGCAACCUUUGAGGCUCACAUUAGUGGUUCCCCAGUUCCUGAGGUGAGCUGGUAUCGGGAUGGUCAGGUUAUUUCUGCUGCAACUCUGCCCGGUGUGCAGAUCUCAUAUAGCGAUGGCCGCGCUAAACUUGUGAUCUCCGCCGUGACAGCCGCUAACAGUGGAAGAUACACCCUACAAGCCACCAAUGGAUCUGGACAAGCAACUAGCACCGCUGAACUACUUGUAACAGCUGAAACAGCGCCACCCAACUUUUCACAACGACUACAGAGCACAACAGCAAGACAAGGAAGUCAAGUUCGACUUGACGUGAGAGUGACUGGAAUCCCUACACCUGUGGUGAAGUUCUAUCGGGAUGGAGCAGAAAUUCAAAGCUCCCCUGAUUUCCAAAUUUUACACGAAGGAGACCUCUACAGUUUAAUAAUUGCAGAAGCUUACCCCGAAGACUCCGGCACCUAUUCAGUAAAUGCCACAAAUAGCGUGGGACGAGCAACUUCAACAGCCGAACUUCUGGUUCAAGGUGAGGAAGAGGCUGUUCCCGCUAAAAAGACAAAGACAAUUGUUUCGACUGCUCAGAUUACACAAGCUACAAGACAAACUAGAGUUGAAAAGAAGAUAGAAGCCCACUUUGACGCCAGAACACUUGCAACUGCUGAGAUGGUUAUAGAGGCGAGUGCCACUGGGCAACAGCUGCCACAUAAGGCUCCUCCACGGAUGCCACCGCGGCCUACCUCUAAAUCACCGACUCCGCCAAUAAUUGCUGCCAAAGUACAGAUGGCAAGACAGCAGUCGCCAUCUCCAGUUAGACAGUCGCCAUCUCCUGUAAGACAUGUCAGAGCUCCAACACCAUCUCCAGUCAGGUCCGUGUCUCCUGCUGGGGUUGGGAGGCUCUCAGUCUCCACCUCGCCCAUCAGGCCUGUGAAAUCCCCAAUCUUGGUGCGUAAAGCGCAGGCAGCGGCAGCGGAGGGUUCUGAGGUCCUUCCUCCUUGGAAGCAGGAAGGCUACGUGGCCACGUCUGAAACGAGAAUGAGAGACACCAGAAUAACGACAAGUACGACCCAGAUGAAGACUGAAGAGAGAUGGGAGGGGAGAUACGGUGUCCAGGAACAGAUCACUGUCAGUGGCACAGCUGCAGCGGCGGCUGCUAUCGGAGUUGGUGCUGCUGCCAGUACGGCUGCGGCUGCAGCAGCGGCAGCAGAGGGCAUUGAGAAAACAGCAGCUGUUGCUACAGUAGUUGCUGCUGUAGACAUGGCCAGAGUGAGAGAACCUCAUCCAAGCGCUGUAGAACAGACUGCUAAAAGGACAGCAAUGGCUGCAGUACACAUUCAACCUGUCCAGGAGCAGAUUAAAAAGGAAGCUACCAUAGUUGUUACUACUGGUAAAGCCAGAGAACAAGAGGUAAUAUCAAGAACUAGAGAAGGAGUUGCUACUAAACAAGAACAAAUACACAUCACUCAUGAAAAGAUAAAAAAGGAACCAGUGAAAGUUCCUGUGCCCAAGGUAAUAAUUGCUGCCGAUACCGUUAAGGCCCAAGAACAGAUUUCGCGAACCAGAGAAGAAAUUUCAACCGCAAGAGAACAAAUUCACAUCACUCAUCAUGAAAAGAUGAGGAAAGAAGUUGUGAAGCCCGUGAAACCUUCUGUACCUAAGGUUGUAAUUACAACUGAUAAACCCACUACAGUAGUUAAAACCACAGAGGGGAUGGCUGCCAAACAAGAACAAGUCCACCUUAUCCAAGAAAAGAUAAGAAAGGAAGCCGAAAAAACUGUCGUAGCUCCGAAAAUCAUUGCUGUUGACAAACGCAGGGAGCAAGAGACAAUAUCGAGAGCUAGAGAAGAAGCUGCUGUCAAAAGAGAACAGAUCCAUCUAGUUCAUGAACAGAUUGGUGUUGGCAAAAGAGCUGAAGCUGUAGCCACAGUUGUUCACGCAGUUGACCAAGCACGCACUAGAGAACCAAGAGAGGCAGAUUAUGCAGAAGAAGCUUAUUCUGAACAGGCAGCUUUGGAACUUGGAUACAAAGAACAAACUUUAGCAAGACGCAUUGUUGAGUUGCCUCCAGAACAUCAUGUGGUCACCAGAGUAAUGAAAACCGAGGAGGUUCAUGUUCCUCCUGAGAGGCACAUAACAGCUGCUGAAAAAAUGGGGAUGUCUGUCUCAACACAGAUUAAAAGGACUGCAGAAACGUCUGUCGAAAAAUCAAUCCAUGUGGAACACACACGUCCCCGCACAGCAAGCCCUCAUUUUACAGUUUCAAAAAUUUCUGUUCCUAAACCAGAUCACACUUAUGAGGUUUCAAUAGCAGGAUCUGCUAUAGCUACUCUGCAAAAGGAGUUGUCAGCAACUUCUGUUCCAAAGAUCACCAAACCUGUGAGGCCUCCUCUUGCAAAGUCACCCGAACCCAGAAUGCUGCCGGAGAAAGUAGCCUCCCCGCAGUUUCCUUUUGUAGAAACAGCUGACACCUAUCAGAAGCGCUAUGGUGCUGAAAUGAAGAGAGAAAUAGGUGUGAGCAUGACAGGUGGCCUGAUGCAACGGGAACGCGUUGAAUUAAUGCAAGAAGGCGAACCAGAGGUGAUUGAAGCUCCUAGAGUUCCAGCGGUACCAGUAGAAGUUCCCGCCACACCUCCAUCCAUAGUAACAGUCUUGAAAAAUGUGACUGUCAUGGAGGGAGAGUCUGUCACUCUGGAAUGUCGCAUCUCUGCAUAUCCAGCACCAACCAUUUCGUGGUACAGAGAAGACUAUCGCAUCGAGAGUUCCAUAGAUUUUCAGAUUACCUUUGAGGCAGGAGUCGCUCGCCUUGUGAUUCGAGAAGCUUUUGCAGAAGACAGCGGAAGAUUUACUUGCACUGCUACCAAUGAGGCAGGAAGUGUAAGCACUUCAUGCCACCUGACCGUACAAGUCUCAGAAGAGUUUGAGAGCAAGGAAGCUGUUUCUGCGAAAGUGAUCACAGAAGAAAAAUGCUACGUGGAGUCGAAAGAUGUAGUGAUGGCUGAGGUCACUGCUGCAGAAGAAGUAUCUGGAGAAGCUGCUGCUCCAUUCUUCAUACGGAAACCGAUCGUACAGAAGUUAAUUGAAGGUGGAUGUGUCAUUUUUGAGUGCCAAGUUGGGGGCAACCCAAAGCCACAUGUUUACUGGAAGAAAGCUGGGCUUCCUCUUACGACAGGCUACAGAUACAAAGUGCUUCAUAAAAAAGAGACUGGGGAAUGCAGACUUGAAAUUUCGAUGACUUUUGCCGAUGAUGCCGGAGAAUACACUAUUGUUGUUCGCAACAAACACGGGGAAGUUUCUGCAUCAGCUUCCUUACUGGAAGAAGCUGACUACGAGGUCUACCUAAAAUCUCAAGAAACACUCUAUCAAACCCAAGUAACUGCAUAUGUACAAGAGCCUAAAGUGGCUGAGGUAGCCCCACCGACUUUGUAUGCCGACUACGAAAAAGAAUAUGAAAAAGAACAAGCUCUAAUUAUGAAGAAAAUGGCAAAAGAUACUGUGCUUGUCAGAACUUUUGCUGAAGAACAGGAAUUUCACAUUUCCUCCUUUGAAGAAAGACUUAUCAAAGAAAUUGAAUACAGAAUUAUUAAGACCACCUUGGAGGAACUCCUUGAAGAAGACGGAGAAGAAAUGGUGGUUGAUGUUUCUGAAUCCGAAACAGUGGAAGCAGAAUUUGAAAUGAGGCUGAAGAAUUACCGGAUCCUUGAGGGAAGUGGUGUGACCUUCCAUUGCAAGAUGACUGGAUAUCCUUUGCCCAAGAUUGCAUGGUACAAGGAUGGCAAGCGUAUCAAGCAUGGAGACCACUACCACAUGGAGGUUCUACAAGAUGGCAGAGCCAGUCUGCGUUUACCUGUUGUCUUACCGGAAGAUGAAGGCAUUUAUACUGUCUUUGCCAGUAACUUAAAAGGAAAUGCCAUAUGCUCUGCAAAAUUAUACGUUGAGCCUGUUGGACCAAGUGGGUCUCCAGGUUAUAUCCCAUCGCCUGAAAUGAUUAGAAGAUAUCGGUCUCUCUCUCCUCGCUCCCCAAGCCGCUCUCCUGCCCGCAGUUCCCCUUCACGCUCACCUGCACGGAGACUGGAGGAGACGGACGAAGCACAGCUGGAGAGGUUGUACAAGCCAGUGUUCGUCUUGAAGCCAACCUCAUUUAAAUGUGCAGAAGGGCAGACGGCGAGAUUUGACCUCAAAGUUGUGGGCAGACCUAUGCCAGAAACAUACUGGUUCCACAAUGGUCAACAAGUCCUUAACGAUUAUACACAUAAAAUUGUGAUUAAGGAAGAUGGCACACAGUCGCUGAUUAUUAUUCCAGCUACACCUGAUGAUUCCGGGGAAUGGGUUGUAAUUGCCCAAAACAGAGCAGGCAAAACAUCCAUCACAAUGACCCUGACAGUGGAAGCUAAGGAACACUUAGUGAGACCACUGUUUGUAGAGAAGCUGAAGAACAUGAGUGUUAAGGAGGGAAACAAACUGGAAAUGAAUGUGCGGGCCAGGGGUAACCCUAAUCCUGACAUUGUAUGGCUGAAGAACAGUGACAUCAUCGUACCCCACAAAUAUCCAAACAUAAAGAUUGAAGGAACAAAAGGAGAAGCCGCCCUGAAAAUCGAGCGCACUGUGAGACAUGACGCUGCAUGGUAUACUGCGACAGCCAUCAACAAAGCUGGACGUGACACUACACGGUGUAAAGUGAAUGUUGAAGUUGAGCUCACCGAACCCGAACCAGAGAGGAGAUUAAUCAUUCCCAAGGGGACUUACAAAGCAAAAGAGAUUGCAGCACCAGAACUAGAACCUCUCCACUUGCGUUAUGGUCAAGAGCAGUGGGAGGAAGGUGACCUUUAUGACAAAGAAAAACAACAGAAGCCGUUUUUCAAGAAGAAGCUCACUUCCUUAAGGCUGAAGCGCUUUGGGCCAGCCCAUUUUGAGUGCAGACUCACGCCGAUUGGUGACCCAACCAUGGUGGUGGAGUGGCUGCACGACGGCAAGCCCUUGGAGGCAGCUAACAGGCUUAGAAUGAUUAAUGAAUUUGGAUAUUGCAGCCUUGACUAUGACGUAUCCUAUCCCAGAGACAGUGGAGUGAUCACCUGCAGAGCUACAAACAAAUAUGGCACUGAUCACACAUCAGCGACACUCAUUGUUAAGGACGAGAAGAGCCUUGUUGAAGAAUCCCAACUGCCAGAAGGCAGGAUGGGGCUGCAACGCAUUGAAGAACUCGAGAGAAUGGCCCAUGAGGGCGCUCUUCAUGGAGUUACAGAAGAUCAGAAAGUCAAACAGAAGCCAGAAAUAGUCUUGUUUCCUGAACCAGCAAGAGUUCUUGAGGGUGAAAUAGCACGGUUCCGCUGCCGGGUGACUGGUUAUCCGCAGCCCAAAGUCAACUGGUACCUCAAUGGCCAACUCAUCCGUAAAAGCAAGAGGUUUAGACUCCGUUACGAUGGGAUCUAUUACUUGGAUAUUGUGGACUGCAAAUCCUACGAUACAGGUGAAGUAAAAGUAGCUGCUGAAAACCCCGAAGGUGCAACAGAACACAAGGUGAAACUUGAGAUUCAGCAGCGGGAAGAUUUCAGAUCCGUGCUUCGCCGAGCACCUGAACCUAAGCAUGAAGCUCCAGCAACGGAGCCUGGCAAACUUUUGUUUGAAGUUCAAAAGGUUGACAAGCCCGUUGAGAAAACUACCAAGGAGGUGGUGACGCUGAAGAAGGCCGAAAAAGUGAGCCACGAAAAAGUGUCUGAAGAAUCUGAAGAACUCCGCAGUAAAUUCAAGCGCAGAACCGAGGAGGGCUAUUUUGAAGCAAUCACCGCUGUGGAGCUCAAAUCUCGCAAGAAGGACGAGUCCUAUGAAGAGCUGCUUAAAAAGACAAAGGAUGAACUUCUUCACUGGACCAAAGAGUUAACUGAGGAAGAGAAGAAAGCCCUGUUGGAAGAAGGCAAAGUCACUAUUCCAACCAUCAAGCCAGAGAAGGUUCAACUCAGUCCCAGCAUGGAGGCUCCCAAAAUAUUUGAACGCAUCCAAAGCCAGACAGUUGGCCAAGGAAGUGAUGCUCAUUUCCGCGUCCGUGUGGUAGGCAAACCAGACCCAGAGUGCCAGUGGUUCAAAAACGGUGUGCAGAUUGAGAGGUCAGAUCGCAUCUAUUGGUUCUGGCCGGAAGAUAAUGUUUGUGAGCUGGUCAUCCGAGAUGUAACAGCAGAGGACUCUGCCAGCAUCAUGGUGAAAGCCAUUAACAUAGCUGGUGAAACCUCAAGUCAUGCUUUCUUGUUAGUACAAGCCAAGCAGCAUAUCACAUUCACACAGACUUUACAAGAUGUCACUGCUAAGGAGAAAGAUUCGAUGGCGACCUUUGAGUGUGAAACCUCCGAGCCUUUCGUUAAAGUGCAGUGGUACAAAAAUGGUCUGGAGAUUUCUUAUGGAGACAAAUACAGAACGCACUCUGACAGGAAGGCUCACUUCCUUUCAGUGCUAAUGAUUGAUAAGUCCGAUGAAGACGAUUACAGCUGUGCCCUGGUGGAAGACGAGUCUGUAAAGACAACAGCCAAACUAAUUGUUGAAGGUGCUGUUAUUGAGUUUAUUAAAGAACUGGAAGACAUUGAAGUCCCAGAAACCUUCUCAGGGGAACUGGAAUGUGAGCUUUCGCCUGAAGAUGUCGAAGGAAAAUGGUAUCAUAAUGAGGUGGAGCUCAAACCGAGUAAUAAGUAUCUGAUAACCUCACGCCGAGGUCGCCAAAUCCUCACAGUUAAAGAUGUUGCUAAAGAAGAUCAAGGAGAAUACAGCUUUGUGGCAGAUGGGAAAAAGACCUCCUGUAAACUGAAGAUGAAGCCACGGCCUGUCGCUGUCCUUCAAGGUCUUGCUGACCAGAAAGUCUGCGAGGGCGACAUUGUGCAACUUGAAGUGAAACUCUCCCAAGAAAACGUUGAAGGUGUCUGGAUGAAGGAUGGUGUCGAGAUUCAACCAAGCGACCGUGUCCACAUUGUAGUAGAUAAGCAGUCACAUAUGUUGCUGGUGGAAGAUGUCACAAAGGAAGACAGCGGAGCAUACUCCUUCAACAUCCCUAGCCUGCUCCUCUCAACCACUGGCCGUGUCACAGUCUAUAGUGUGGAAAUCAUUAUACCACUAAAAGAUGUCCAUGCUAUUGAGGGUACAAGAGCCAUCCUUGAAAGCAAAAUUUCAGUCCCUGACGUGUCUUCAUCCAAGUGGUACCUAAACGAUGAGCAAAUAAAACCUGAUGACCGUGUCCAAGCUGUCUCCAAAGGCACAAAGCAGAGGCUAGUGUUUACCAGGACACAUGCAUCAGAUGAAGGACACUGUAAACUGGCAGUAGGCAAAGUUGAAACCAGCUGCAAUCUCACAAUUGAAGAAAUUCAGAUUAUUAAAGGUCUUCAUGAUAUCACCUGCACCGAAACUCAGAAUGUAACCUUUGAAGUUGAGCUGUCCCACGCAGGGAUUGAUGUUGUGUGGCAUUUUAAGGACCAAGAGCUCAAAGCUGGGCCCAAGUAUAAGAUCGAGGCACAUGGCACAAUCUAUAAACUGACAGUAGUAAACAUGAUGAAAGACGAUGAAGGAGAGUAUACAUUUUAUGCUGGAGAAAAGAAGACAUCCGGGACACUGGUUGUAGCAGGUGGCGCCAUUUCAAAGCCCCUCACUGAUCUAACUGUGGCCGAAUCCCAGAAAGCUGUUUUUGAAUGUGAAGUAACCAAUCCAGACUCUGAGGGCCAGUGGCUGAAGGAUGGGAAACCACUUUCAAUGACUGACCGCUGCAAAAGUGAAUCCGAUGGUUUGAAGAGGAGACUUAAUAUCCCAAUCAGCAAAGUAGAUGAUGUUGGCGAAUAUACCUAUCAAGUGGCCUCUUCAAAAACAUCCGCUAAGCUGAAAGUUGAAACCGUCAAAAUCAAGAAGACGUUGAAGAACCUGACUGUAACAGAAACACAAGAUGCAGUUUUUUCAGUGGAACUUACUCAUCCUGAUGUGAAAGGAGCUCAGUGGAUCAAGAAUGGCGUUGAGCUGCAUUCUGGUGACAAAUAUGAGAUCAAGGUGGAAGGGACAACCCACACACUGAAAGUCAAGAACUGCGCUGUAACUGAUGAGUCCGUCUACAGCUUUAAACUGGGAAGGAUAGGAGCCAAUGCACGACUCCAUGUUGAAACUGUCAAGAUAAUCAAGAAGCCCAAGGAUGUGACUGCUCUGGAGAAUGCCGUUGUUUCAUUUGAAGUGAGUGUGUCCCAUGACACCGUCCCAGUCAAAUGGUUCCACAAGAACAUCGAGCUGAAGCCCAGCGACAAAUACCGACUGAGCUCCCAGAGAAAAGUCCACAAGCUGACGUUGCAAAAUAUAUCGCCCGCUGAUGCUGGAGAAUACACAGCAGUAGUAGGACAACUUGAGUGCAAAGCAAAACUCUUUGUAGAAACUGUGCACAUAACAAAGACCAUGAAAAAUAUUGAGGUUGCCGAGACCAAAACUGCCUCUUUUGAGUGCGAGGUGUCUCAUUUCAAUGUGCCCGCUGUGUGGCUGAAAAAUGGAGUAGAAAUUGAAAUGAGCGAGAAGUUUAAAAUAGUGGUUCAGGGAAAGCUCCAUCAGCUCAACAUCAUGAACACCAGCAGUGAGGAUUCUGCCGAAUACACCUUUGUCUGCGGAAAUGACAAAGUCAGCGCAACCCUGACAGUGAAGCCUAUCUUGAUAACAUCCAUGCUGAAGGACAUCAACGCAGAAGAGAAAGAUACAAUAACCUUUGAAGUGACUGUUAAUUAUGAAGGCAUUACGUACAAAUGGUUGAAGAAUGGCGUGGAAAUAAAAUCAACGGACCGGUGCCAGAUUAGAACUAAGAAACUUACACAUUCACUUUCGAUAAGAAAUGUGCAUUUUGGAGAUGCUGCGGAAUACAGUUUUGUUGCUGGGAAAGCUGCUUCAUCUGCAACUUUAUAUGUGGAAGCUCGCCACAUUGAGUUUAGAAAGCACAUCAAAGACAUAAAAGUUGUGGAGAAGAAAAAAGCUGUUUUUGAAUGUGAGAUCUCAGAACCUGACAUUUCUGUUCAGUGGAUGAAAGAUGGACAGGAGCUACAGCUUGAAGACAGAAUGAAAGUUCAGAGAGAACGGUUCGUUCAUCGCCUCCUGAUUACUACCACAAAGAUGUCUGAUUCCGGAAAGUACACGGUAGUGGCAGGAGGAAAUAUGUCCAGCGCUAAUUUGGUAGUGGAAGGGCGUGAUGUUCGCAUCAGGAGCCUUCAAAAAACCGUCCAGGUCAUUGAGAAACAGCGAGCCGUGGUAGAGUUUGAGGUCAAUGAAGAUGACGUUGACGCUCGCUGGUAUAAGGAUGGAAUUGAGAUCAACUUCCACAUUGAGGAGAGAUAUCACUAUGUGGUGGAAAGAAAAGUCCAUCGGAUGACAAUCACUGAAACUAGAUAUACAGAUGCUGGAGAAUACACCAUCUUAGCUGGAAGAAACAGGAGUUCCAUCACUCUCCAUGUGAACGCUCCAGAGCCACCCCAGAUUGAGAAGGAGCUUCAGCCAGCCACCGUGGAGUCUGGAAAGCCAGCCCGCUUCUGUGCUGUUGUGUCAGGAAAGCCGCAGCCCAAGAUCUCGUGGUACAAAGAUGAACAGCCUCUUUCUUCAGGCUUUAAGGUCAAAUUUCUUCAUGAUGCCCAAGAAUACACCCUGUUGCUGAUCGAGACUUUCCCAGAAGAUGCUGCCGUCUACACGAUUGAAGCGAAGAAUGACUAUGGAGUCGCCACUUCUUCUGCAUCCCUUUCCGUGGAAGUCCCAGAAGUUGUUUCUCCUGAUGUAGAAGUGCCAAUUUACCCACCUACUAUUAUCGCACCACUCCGCGAUGCUAUUACUUCUGAGGGACAGUCUGCUUGCUUUCAGUGCAGAGUUACAGGGACAGACCUCAAAGUAGCUUGGUAUAGCAAAGACAAAGAGAUCAAGCCAUCCCGCUUCUUUAGGAUGACUCAGUUUGAAGACACUUUCCAGCUUGAGAUUGCAGAAGCAUACCCAGAGGAUGAAGGAAUUUACACCUUUGUCGCAGGCAAUUCUGUUGGCCAGGUGUCAAGUACGGCUGCACUGAAGCUGGAAGCUCUGGAAAGAGUUCUGCAGGAGAAGAUAGAACAACAGAUUGAAAUGGAAGUGAAAGUUGGACCCAUACUGAGGAGAAGGCUGGAAUCCCAAGAAGUCGCUGUGAACCACCUUGCCAAGUUCACCUGCGAGAUCGAGAUGGCGCCAGACGUACGGUUUCAAUGGUACAGAGCCGGUCGGGAAAUCUAUGAUGGCGACAAGUAUACCAUACACACCGCUAAUUAUACAUCCACUCUUCAAAUCCCGAGACCGCAAGUAGUUGACUGUGGCGAAUACAGCUGCAAAGCUUCCAAUAAGUAUGGCAGCGUAAGCAGCAAAGCAACCUUAACGGUAACUGAAGCGUUUCCUCCAACCUUUCUAACCAGACCCGAAUCUAUUACUACUUUUGUGGGUAAGAGUGCCAGGUUCCUCUGCACAGUGGCAGGCACCCCCGUAAUCGACACAGUGUGGCAGAAGGAUGGUGCCGCCAUUUCUUCCUCAGAACAUUGCAAGAUUUCAGCUUCUGAGAAUAAGCACAGUUUAGAGAUUCCACGCCUCACAGUAAAUGACAGGGGGGUAUAUACUUGCAAAGCCUCAAACAAAUUUGGAGCAGACAUCUGCCAGGCAGAAAUAGCUGUCAUUGAUAAACCACGAUUUGUCAAGGAACUGCAGUCUAUUCAGUCUGCAGUCAAUAAGAAGAUACAUCUUGAAUGCCAAGUGGAUGAAGACAGGAAAGUCACAGUAUCCUGGAGCAAGGAUGGAACCCGAAUACCUCCAGGCAAAGAUUACAAGAUUUGCUUUGAAGACAAGAUAGCAUCACUUGAUAUCCCUCUGUCUAAACUUAAAGAUUCGGGAACAUAUGCAUGCACUGCUGCAAAUGAGGCUGGAAGUAGCUCUUCUUCGGCCACUGUAACAAUCAGAGAGCCACCAUCGUUCCUGAAGAAAGUGGACCCCUCUUACUUGUUGACUCCUGGAGAGUCAGCACACCUUCAGUGCAAAAUCAAAGGGUCUCCUGAGAUCCAGGUGACAUGGUACAAAAAUAACAAAGAAAUUAGAGAGAGCGACACACAGAGGAUGUCUUUUGCCAAUAACGUGGCUGUGCUAGAUAUUACCAAUGUGAAAGUUGAUGACAGUGGAAGUUACUCGUGUGAAGCAGCUAAUGAUGCUGGCAGUGACAGCUGUAGUACUGAGAUUGUUGUCAAAGAGCCUCCUACUUUCAUCAAAACUCUUGAGCCGGGCGACAUAGUGAGAGGAAUGAAUGCCACUCUUCAUUGUGAGGUUUCUGGUACUGGACCAUUUGAAAUCAGUUGGUUUAAAGACAGGAAACAAAUUCGCAGUAGUAAAAAAUACAGGUUGACUUCCCAAAAGUCUCUUAUCUCUCUGGAGAUUUCUUCAUUUAAUAGUGCAGAUGUUGGUGAAUACGAAUGUUCCAUAGCGAAUGAAGUUGGAAAAUGUGUUUGCAGUGCAACAUAUAUACUUAAAGAACCUCCCUCUUUCAUUAAGAAAAUCGAAGAUGUUACUGCUCUCGCUGGGGAUGAAGUUUUCUUACAGGCAGCUGUGAGAGGCUCAGCUCCUAUUUCUGUCACUUGGAUGAAGGGGAAAGAUAUUAUUAAAGAAGAUAACAAAGUCAAAGUGACCUUUGAAAAUGGCAUUGCAACUUUGCAAAUCACAGAUGUCCAGAUUAGUUCUGGUGGUAAAUAUACAUGUCUGGCUGAGAAUGAUGCAGGAAGCCAAACAUGUUUUGGAGAAUUAGCAGUUAAAGAGCCUGCUACCAUUGUUGAGAGAGCUGAAUUCAUUCAGGUGACGGCAGGGGACCCAGCAACUCUGGAAUACACUGUUGCAGGCACUCCAGAGCUAAAAACGAAAUGGUUCAAAGACGGAAAGCCUCUGGCUUCUAACAAAAAGUAUAGAAUCAGUUUCAAGAACAAUGUUGCUCAGUUGAAAUUCUACACCGCCGAAUUGCACGAUACUGGCGAAAUCACCUUUGAAGUUUCAAACGAUGUUGGACGCAGUUCGUGCACCACCUCAUUUACUGUGUUAGAUCGCACCCUUCCUCCAUUCUUUACCAAACCUCUGCGGAACGUCGAUAGCGCGGUUGGUGGCUCCUGCCACUUUGACUGCAAAGUAUCAGGUUCUCUUCCAAUAAAAGUGUCUUGGUUUAAGCAUGACAAAGAGAUCACUGCCAGCGCCAAGUAUGCAAUACGCUACGAAGAAGGUUCAGCGUCUUUGGACAUCAAACACCUGGAUACCAAUGACGCAGGAGUGUAUUCCUGUAGAGCUACUAACUCUGCGGGGGGCAAGGAAAGCCAUGGAACUUUAACGAUAAAAGAGCCACCUAGCUUCGUGACAGAGCCAGAGUCUCAAGAAAUAUCUCCCGGGUCAACAGUGCGCUUGAAGAGUACGUUUAAGGGAACAACGCCACUCUCUGUACAAUGGUUUAAGGGUGAUGCUGAGCUAACAACCGGUGGAGCUUGUUACAUCAUGACGGAAGCUUUGUCAAGUUUCUUGGAGCUUUACGCUGUGAAACCUGCUGAUUCAGGCGCCUAUUCUUGCAAAGUCAGCAACGCGGCUGGUUCAGCCUCAUGCAGUGCAAACUUGUUUGUCCAAGAACCCGCUACUUUCGUGGAAAGACUUGAGCCAUCACAGUUGAUUAAGAAAGGAGAAUACGCCCAAUUAGAAUGUAAAGUUACAGGCACGCCUGAAAUUAAAAUCUCUUGGUUCAAGGAUGACAGGGAAAUUAAAGACAGUGCCAAACACAAGAUGACUUUGGUGGGCUCCACAGCAGUACUCAGACUCCUGGAUGUCACUCUUGAAGACUGUGGUGAAUAUACAUGUGAGGCAAAAAAUGAUGCUGGGAAAGAUACCUGCAGUAGUGUCGUGGUUGUAAAAGAGUCACCUUACUUUGUCAAGGAAUUUGAACCAAGGGAAGUGUUAAAAGACUCAGAUGUGAUACUGGAAUGUGAGGUCUUAGGUACCCCUCCAUUUGAGGUCUAUUGGUUAAAGGACAACAAACCUGUGAGGAGCAGUAGAAAGCACAGAAUAAGCAUUGAGAAUUCCUUGAUUAGCCUCCAGGUUUUCAAGUUUGACUCUUCAGAUGCAGGAGAAUACCAGUGCAGGGUAACAAACGAUGUAGGAAGCUGUGUCUGUAGCUCUGAGUUGGCUCUGAAAGAACCCCCACAAUUUGUGAAGAGGAUUGAGAACAUUAGCUCACUUAGAGGAGGCACAAUAGUGUUUCAAGCAACUAUUAAAGGUUCCAUGCCUAUAACAGUCUCUUGGCUGAAAGAUAAUGAUGACAUUGUUGAAGACGAUAACACCAAAAUGACCUUUGUGAACAAUGUGGCCACUCUUAUGAUCAGGGCCAUAGAAGUGAAGCACGAUGGGAAAUAUUUUUGCCAGGCUAAAAAUGAUGCUGGAAUCCAAAGAUGUUCUGCUUUACUAACAGUAAAAGAGGCAGCCACCAUCACUGAUAAAGCUGUUUCAAUUGAUGUCACGGAAGGCGACCCAGCCACAUUGCAGUGUAGAUUUUCAGGAACAAAAGAUAUCACUGCCAAGUGGUUCAGAGAUGGAAAGGAGUUGACAUUGGGACACAAAUAUAAAAUCAGUGUUACCGAUACAGUCUCUAUGCUAAAGAUUGUUUCUACAGAAAAGAAAGAUAGCGGCGAAUACACAUUUGAGGUUUCAAAUGAUGUCGGAAGCAGUAGCUGUAAAGCUAGCAUUAAUGUCUUAGAUCUGAUCAUACCGCCUAAAUUCACCAAAAAGCUAAAGAAAAUGGAUAGCAUUAAGGGCUCUUUUGUUCACCUUGAGUGUAUAGUGUCUGGUUCACACCCAAUAAGUAUACAGUGGUACAAGGAUGGCCAAGAGAUAACUGCUAGCGAAAAGCACAAGUAUUCUUUCCAUGAUAACAUGGCAUUCUUGGAGAUCAACCAGCUUGAAGGUGCAGAUAGUGGAUCUUAUACCUGCGAGGCAACAAAUAAAGCUGGAAGCAACCAGUGCAGUGCCCAUUUAACCGUCAAAGAACCCCCAUGCUUUGUUGAAAAGCCACAGUCACAAGAUGUGGUACCAGCUGCCAGAGUCCAACUCAAAGCUCUCGUGAGCGGCACGCCUCCCAUACAAAUAAAGUGGUUCAAAGAUAGCAAAGAACUCCUUUCGGGAGCUUCUCGCUCAGUUUACAAAGAUGACACUUCAAGCGUGCUGGAACUCUUUUCGGCCAAGACGUCUGAUUCAGGGAACUAUAUCUGCCAAUUAAGCAAUGACGUCGGGACAACAACCUGCAAAACAACUCUUUUUGUGAAAGAGCCCCCUAGGUUUCUUCAGAAGCCUAGCCCUGUAGUAGCUUUGAGAAAAGGACAGUCUACCACUUUUGAAUGCCAGGUAGCGGGUACACCGGAAAUCCAUGUCCUUUGGUACCUUGAUGGGAACGAAGUGCUGGACCAUGCUAAAUAUGGAGUCUCGUUUGUAGACAACAUGGCGACUUUUAAAGUUUCCAAUGCUAAAGUGGAGGAUAGCGGGACUUACAUCUGCGAGGCCCGCAAUGACGCAGGUAGUGAGAGUUGCAGCAUUGAACUGAGAGUGAAAGAACCUCCCACAUUUGUGAGGGAGCUAAAACCUGUGGAAGUAGUAAGAACCUACGAUGCUGUGUUAGAAUGUGAAGUCACAGGGACUCCUCCGUUUGAAGUGACCUGGCUGAAGAACAACAACGAGAUCCGAAGUAGCAAGAAAUACACCAUGACUGAUCAGCAAUCUGUUUUUGCCCUUCAUAUCAUGAACUGUGAUGUUCAGGAUGCUGGCGAAUAUCAGUGCAUUAUUUCAAAUGAAGGGGGCAGCUGUUCCUGUAGCACAAAAGUCAGUUUGAAAGAACCCCCAUCCUUCAUCAAGAAGUUAGAAAACGUCCAUGCUGUUUUGAAGAGCUCUGCUGUAUUUCAAUGCACUGUGGCUGGUUCUCAGCCUUUAACAGUGUCUUGGAUAAAAGACGAAAGAAUCAUCGAAAACGAUGACAGCUUCCACAUUACAUUUGAAAACAAUGUGGCAAGACUGAAGAUCAGGCAUGUUGACCUCGGUCACAGUGGGAGAUACACCUGUCAGGCAAAGAAUGAGUCAGGAGUUGAGAAGUGUUUUGCUUUACUUUUAGUGCAAGAACCUGCUCAGAUCAUAGAAAAAGCUAAAUCAAUUAAAGUUACGGAGAAAGACCCAGUCACUCUAGAAUGCACUGUGGCUGGAACACCAGAACUUCAAGUAAAAUGGUCUAAAGAUGGCAAACAACUCAUGCCCAGUAGAUAUUACACCAUGAGCUUUGACAAUAAUGUGGCUAGGUUCAGGAUUGAAUCCAUUAUGAAGGAGGACAGCGGCACAUACACGUUUAAGGUCGAAAAUGAGUUUGGAAGCAGCACCUGUGAGGCUACUUUGUCUGUACUAGAUCAAGCAAUCCCUCCUUCGUUUACCAAAAAAUUGCCAAAAAUGGAUAAAAUUCUGGGAUCAUCUAUUCAUAUGGAGUGCAAAGUCUCUGGCUCACUCCCAAUUACUGCAAAAUGGUUUAAAGAUGGAAAAGAGAUACCCGAGAGUGCAAAAUACAGGCAUCUGUGCCAUGAGAACACUGUAUCGCUCGAGGUUAAUUACCUAGAGUUGACAGAUUCUGGAAAUUAUACUUGCAGCGUAACAAAUGUUGCAGGAAGUGACUCAUGUAGCGCCGUCUUAACUGUGAAAGAGCCACCAAGCUUCCUGGUAAAACCAGAAAGUCAAUCAGCUAUACCUGAUUCAACAGUGGAAUUUAAGGCAUCUUUAAAGGGAACACCGCCUUUUAAAAUAAAGUGGUUUAAAGAAGAUUUAGAACUUGUGUCUGGACCUAACUGUUUAUUUGGGAUUGAAGGGUCAACUGGUUUCUUAAAUCUUUAUUCUGUGGAUGUAUCAAAAAGUGGAAACUAUACUUGCCAAGUUUCCAACGAUGUUGGCAGCGAUUCUUGUACAACCACACUGAGCAUAACAGAACCUCCAAAGUUCAUUAAGAAGCUAGACCCGUCUAAAGUGAUUAAACAGGGCGACUCCACACGACUUGAAUGUAAAAUCAGUGGCUCUCCGGAAAUCAAAGUGGUAUGGUACAGAAAUGACACUGAAGUCCAUGCUAGCGAAAAAUUCCAGAUGUCAUUUACAGAUUCUGUGGCAGUCAUUGAAAUGAGGCAUCUUGGUGCAGACGAUAGUGGAGAUUACAUAUGUGAAGCACAGAACCCUGCUGGCAGGGCAAGCUGCAGUACUAAACUCCUAGUCAAAGAACCGCCCAUCUUUAGCAGGAAGCCGUCUCCAGUAGAUACACUCAAGGGUACUGAGGUUAGCCUUGAAUGUGAGAUUUCUGGGACACCACCUUUUGAUAUUACGUGGUAUAAGGAUAAGAGGCAAAUCCGUAGCAGUAAAAAGUACAAAGUCGCAUCCAAAAACUACCAUGCAAGUGUUCACAUUCUGAAUAUUGAAGUAUCUGACAUUGGUGAAUACCAGUGCAAAGCUCAGAACGAUGUCGGAAGCGACACUUGCGUUUGUAUGGUAAAACUUAAAGAACCACCAAAAUUCGUGACCAAAAUUAACAACCUUACCGUUGUGGUGGGUGAACCAGUAGAGUUGCAGGCCACCUUGGAAGGCUCUCAGCCGAUUUCGGUGACAUGGCUCAAGGACAAAGAAGAGGUCAUCAGAGAAAGUGCUAACAGGACAAUAACAUACGUGGAAAAUGUUGCCACUUUGCAGCUUGCCAAAGCAGAACCAGCAAGCGCUGGGAAGUAUAUCUGUCAAAUCAGUAAUGAUGCUGGAACCCGGGAGUGCAUAGCUACUUUAACCGUUCUAGAGCCAGCUGUCAUCACUGAGAAGGCAGAACCAAUGAAAGUCACCGUCGGAGACAUUUGUACCCUAGAGUGCAAAGUGGGUGGAACACCAGAACUUUCAAUAGGCUGGUUUAAGGAUGGAAAAGAAUUAACAACUAGCAACAAAUACAAAAUUACCUUCUACAACAAAGUGUCCACACUUAAAAUUAUUGAUUCAGAAAUGGAAGACAGUGGCUUAUACACUUUCGAGGUGCAGAACAAUGUUGGCAAAAGCAGCUGCACGGCUUCCGUUGAUGUUCUGGAUCGGAUUAUUCCACCUUCUUUCACAAGAAAACUUAAAGAAACUCAUGGUGUACUGGCUUCUUCAGUGGUUCUUGAGUGCAAAGCGGCUGGAUCCCUUCCCAUUACAGUCGCUUGGUUCCAUAAUGGACAUAAACUCACCAGUGGGGAAAAACAUCAAAUCUCAUUUUCAGACCAUGUUUGCAGUUUGCAGAUUGGUUCACUGAACUCAUCUGAUACAGGAACUUAUGCAUGUAAAGCUGCUAAUGUGGCAGGCUCUGAUGAAACCAAGGCUGCUUUGAUUGUACAAGAACCACCCUCUUUUGAGAAGAUACCUGAAUCUGUGGAUAUUUUACCAGGCAAAAGUGUUACAUUUUCUGCUGUUAUUAGAGGAACACCACCAUUUAAGGUGAGGUGGUUUAGAGGCGUCAAUGAACUCGUACCAAGUGAUAAAUGUAACAUCUACUUGGAAGAUUCGGUCACAGACCUGGAGCUGUUUGAUGUAGAGCCACAACAGAGUGGAGAAUAUACUUGUGUUGUGACUAAUGAGGCUGGCAAAGUGUCUUGUACGGCACAUCUUUCUGUAAAAGAACCAGCCGUUUUUGUGAAGAAGCUCAGCGACCAUUGUGUGGAGCCAGGCAAAUCCAUAAUUCUAGAGAGCAGGUACACUGGUAGCCUUCCAAUUUCAGUGACAUGGAAGAAGAACGGCGUAACUUUAGGCCAGUCUGAAAAGUGCAGCAUCACCACAACAGAGAAGUCAUGCAUUCUGGAAAUUCUUAACAGUACAAAGGAUGAUCAAGGAGAAUACACAUGUAUGGUUGAGAAUGAGGCUGGAGAAGAUAUCUGUGAAGCACUGGUAUCCACUUUAGAACCUCCUUCUUUCGUCACUCACUUGGGACCUCUUGAGGUGUCAGUUGGAGACUAUACCACUUUGCAAUGCCAAGUUACUGGGACCCCAGAAAUUACAAUAUCUUGGUUCAAAGGAGAUACAAAAUUAAGAUCUACUCCUGAGUAUAAGAUGUACUUCAAAGAUAAUGUUGCUACACUUAUUUUUAACAAAGUGGAUACCAGUGACAGUGGGGAAUAUAUUUGCAAAGCAGAAAACAGUGUCGGAACGGCCUCUUCAAAGGCUGUCUUAGCAGUUCAAGAGCGAAAACGUCCACCUUCUUUUGCAAGGAAAUUAAAGGAUACAGAGCAAACCGUUGGCUUCCCAAUCAAAUUAGUUUGCCGUCUAAAUGGGUCAGAGCCUAUUAGUGUUACAUGGUAUAAGGACGGUGUGCCUUUAAGAGAUGACUUUAAUGUGCAGGCCUCUUACAUAGAUAACGUGGCAACUCUUCAGCUGUUGCAAACUGAGAUGAGUCACACUGGGCAAUAUUCUUGCACAGCGACCAAUCCUGUAGGAACUGCUACAUCUAGUGCUAGGCUCACAGUCUCAGAACGCAAACAAGCUCCCUCCUUUGAUAUCACACCCGAGUCCAAAGAUCUUCCUGUUGGAGAAAGUGCUGACUUUGAGUGUCAUGUUACUGGAGCCCAACCUAUACAUGUAACGUGGGCUAAAGAUGGCCGCGAGAUCCGUACAGGAGGAAACUAUGCCAUUACCUUUGUAGCAAAUACAGCCCAUUUGAGAAUUCUGAGAGUAGGCAAAGGAGACAGCGGACAGUAUACUUGCCAAGCUAGCAAUGAUGUUGGGAAAGACUUUUGCUCGGCUCAACUUAAUGUGAAAGAACCUCCUAAAUUUGUGAAGAAACUGGAACCAUCAAGAAUGCUGAAACAGGGCGAUUCAUGUCAACUUGAAUGCAAGAUCAGUGGUUCCCCAGAAAUCAGAGUUGUGUGGUACAAGAAUGACCACGAAAUCCAUGCUAGCGACAAGCACCGUAUGGCAUUCAGUGACGGCACAGCAGUGCUGAUCAUUGUUGAUGCUACCCAUGAAGACAGUGGAGAUUACAUUUGUGAAGCUCUUAAUUCUGCUGGCACCGCAAGCUGCAGUACAACAGUCACAGUGAAAGAACCUCCCGUUUUUAGCAAGAAACCCAGCCCCAUAGACACACUCAAGGGCUCCGAUGUCACCCUUCAGUGUGAAAUAGCAGGCACACCGCCAUUCGAAGUCGUCUGGUUCAAGGACAGAAAGCAAGUCAGGAGCAGCAAGAAGUUCAAAGUGACAACCAAGAACUUCAGUGCCAGCGUCCACAUUCUCAACCUCGAAGCGGCAGACCUUGGGGAAUAUCAGUGCAAAGCCACAAAUGAGGUCGGAAGCGACACUUGCUCUUGUGCUGUGAAGUUCAAAGAACCUCCUCGGUUUGUUAAGAAGCUGAGCGAAACCUCCACCUAUGCCGGGGAACCCACAGCACUGCGGGCUGUAGUAGAAGGCUCCCAACCCAUUUCCGUCAUUUGGCUUAAGGACAAAGGCGAAAUAAUACGGGAAAGCGAAAACCUCAAGAUUUCCUUUUCGGAUAACAUCGCAACUCUUCAGAUUGCAAGUGCCGAAGCCACCAACAGCGGGAAGUACAUCUGCCAGAUUAAAAAUGAUGCUGGAAUGAGAGAAUGCGCAGGGCAUUUACAAGUCCUAGAGCCGGCUGUGAUUUUAGAGAAGCCCGAGCCCAUGACGGUGACCUCUGGCAAUGCUUUUACUCUGGAGUGCACGGUGGGUGGCACUCCAGAACUAAUUACCAAGUGGUUUAAGGACGGAAGAGAACUCACCAACAGCCGCAAGCACCAAAUCAGCUUUUCCAACAAGGUGGCGACACUUAAGGUUCUCUCUGCAGACAUGAAUGACAGGGGAUUGUACACUUUUGAAGUGCACAACGAAGUGGGAAAAAGCAGCUGCACUUCCUCCGUCGACAUUUCAGACCACGUCGUCCCUCCUUCUUUUAUAAGAAGAUUGAAAGAAACCUUUGGCGUGCAGGGCUCCUCGGUUGUUUUGGAGUGUAAAGUUGCCGGCUCCCUUCCUAUUUCAGUCACUUGGUUUUAUGGAGGAAAUGAAAUUUUCCCAGGGGACAAAUACGAAACCGGCUUUUCAGAUAAUGUCUGUGCUUUGAAGGUGAAUGCUCUGGACUCGUCUGAUACAGGUCCCUACACCUGUGCUGCCCAGAAUGUAGCCGGUUCUGACGAAUGCAGUGCCUUUUUGACAGUGCAAGAACCACCCUCUUUUGCAAAGACGCCAGACCCGCUGGAGGUUUUACCUGGAAUGAGUGUAACGUUCAGGAGUCUGAUUAGGGGAACUCCUCCGUUCAAAGUGAACUGGUUUAAGGGGAGUAGAGAACUGGUGCCAGGGAAAACGUGCAACAUCACCUUGGCAGAUUCAUCUGCGGAACUGGAAUUGUUCGAAGUGGGGCCACUCCAGACUGGAGAUUACACCUGCCUUGCCACGAACGAUGCUGGCAGUGCUUCUUGCACCACACAUCUUUUUGUAAAAGAGCCUGCUGUGUUUGUGAAGAAGCUGAGCGAUUUCAGCGUAGAACAUGGGAAAUCCAUAAUUCUAGAAAGCACAUUCAGCGGAACUCCUCCACUCGCAGUAACGUGGAAGAAGAACGGCUUAAACAUCACACAGUCUCCAAAAUGCAAUAUAACCACCACAGAAAAAUCAGGCAUUCUGGAAAUUCUUAAUAGUUCUACAGAAGAUGAAGGAGAAUAUAUCUGUGAAGUUGCAAAUGAUGCUGGGGAGGAUGUAUGUCAUGCCCUGGUAUCAAUCAUAGAACCACCUCAUUUUGUUAAGCACUUGGAUCACUUGGAGGUGACCAUCGGAGAGCCUGCAACUUUACAGUGCCAAGUGGCUGGAACACCGGAAAUUAAAGUGUCAUGGUACAAAGGCGAUACCAAACUAAGAUCUACACAGGCUUAUAAAAUGCACUUCAAGAACAAUGUGGCUUCACUUGCUUUCAGCCGGGUAGAGAACACUGACAUUGGCGAAUACACCUGCAAAGCAGAAAACAGCGUUGGGUUUGCUACUUCAAUGACAACAAUCACCAUCAAAGAUGUUAAACUUCCUCCUUCAUUCACGAGAAAACUGAAAGACGUGCAGGAGACUCUUGGUUCUCCUAUAGCCUUUGACUGCCGCAUUGUUGGCUCUGAGCCACUUGAAGUGUCUUGGUCGAAGGAUGGGGUGCAGCUGAGAGAUGACGACAACAUUCAAACCACCUUCUUAAGCAAUAUAGCCACGCUUCAGAUCUUGCAAACCUCCAUGGCUCACGCUGGCCAGUACACUUGCACAGCUCACAAUGCUCUUGGGACUGCUUCUUCCAGUGCCAAGCUCCUACUCACAGAACACCUGAAACCACCAUUCUUUGAUGUGAAGCCUUUGCCCCUUGACGUUGCUCUUGGGGAAAGUGGUUCUUUCAAGUGUCAUGUCACAGGUUCAGUGCCAAUGAAAGUCAGCUGGGCAAAAGAUAACCGUGAGAUCCGCCCUGGUGGCAAUUACAAAAUUACACUGGUAGAAAACACUGCCACACUGACCAUUCUUAAAGUAGGCAAAGGUGAUGGUGGGCUGUAUACUUGUUAUGCAAGCAACAGUGCUGGGAAGGAUUCUUGUGGUGCUCAGCUGAGUUUCAAAGAGCCACCGAGGUUUAUUAAGAAGUUAGACUCCUCCAGGGUUGUGAAAGAGCACGAUUCGACUAGAUUUGAAUGCAGAAUAGGUGGCUCUCCAGAAAUUAACAUUGUGUGGUACAAGGGUGAAACUCAAAUCCAUCCCAGUGACAAAUUCAGCAUGUCAUUCAUCGAUUCUGUGGCAGUCAUUGAAAUGCACAGUCUGAGUGUUGACGACAGUGGAGACUACACUUGUGAAGCCCAAAAUGCAGCGGGUAGUGCGAACAGCAGUACUUCACUGAAAGUGAAAGCUCCUCCUGUUUUCCGCAAGAAACCACGGCCAGUAGAGACUCUGAAAGGUUUCGAUGUUCACCUUGAAUGUGAGCUUCAAGGCACUCCUCCCUUCCAUGUUUCAUGGUACAAAGAUAAAAGAGAAAUAAGAAGCAGCAAAAAGUACAAGAUUUUGUCUGAGAAUUACCUUGCUAGCAUUCACAUUCUCAACGUUGACGCGGCAGACAUUGGGGAAUAUCACUGUAAAGCUGUCAAUGAUGUGGGAAGUGACACUUGCAUCUGCUCUGUGAUGCUGAAAGGACCCCCAAGGUUUGUGAAGAAACUUAAUGAUACCACUGCCGUUGUUGGGGAUCCAGCAGAACUGCAAGCUACGGUAGAAGGUUCUGAGCCAAUUUCUGUUGUUUGGAUGAAAGACAAAGGUGAAAUCAUCAGAGAAAGUGAAAAUGUCUGGAUGUCAUAUUCCGAUAAAGUUGCCAUCCUUCAGGUUGUAAAUGCAGAGCCAAGCAACACUGGGAAAUAUACCUGCCAGAUUAAAAACGAUGCCGGAAGUCAGGAGUGUUUUGCUACUUUAUCAGUUCUAGAGCCAGCAUCUAUAGUGGAGAAACCAGGACCAAUGAAAGUCACAACUGGAGAUUCUUGUACUUUGGAGUGUACAGUAGCUGGGACACCAGAGCUGACUGCUCGGUGGUUCAAGAACGGACACGAGCUCUCUUCUGACCACAAAUACAAAUUCACUUUCUUCAACAAAGUAGCUGGGCUUAAGAUUCUGAAUACAGGAGUAGAGGACAGUGGAGAAUAUACAUUUGAGGUGAAAAACAAUGUAGGCCAAAGCAGUUGCAAAGCAUCAGUCCAAGUUUCAGAUCGCAUUAUACCACCUUCAUUCACAAAGAAGCUGAAGGAAACACAUGGGCUCUUGGGUUCAUCUGCUGUACUUGAGUGCAAAGUAAUUGGGUCACCUCCCAUUUCUGUUUUUUGGUUCCAUGAUGGAGAAGAGAUCACUAGUGGAGAAAAGUAUCAAGCAACUCUUACAGAUAACACUUGCUCUUUAAGAGUGAAUGCUGUUCAAGAGUCAGAUGCUGGAAAUUACAUUUGCACGGCAACUAAUGUAGCUGGAUCUGAUGAAUGUGAUGCAUAUUUCAUUGUCAGAGAACCGCCAUCUUUUGUGAAGAAACCAGAACCUCUGCAAGUUUUAUCUGGGGCAAAUAUAACUUUCACAAGUAUCAUUAAAGGAAGCCUUCCCCUUGAUGUGAAAUGGUUUAGGGGUAGCGUUGAACUAUCCCCAGGACAUAGAUGUAACAUCUCUCUGGAAGAAUCAGUGGCUGAACUGGAGCUGUUUGAUGUACUCCCAGCCCAAAGUGGAGACUAUACUUGCAUUGUUAGUAACGAAGCUGGCAAAAUCUCUUGCACAACCCAACUCUUUGUAAAAGAACCAGCGAAAUUUGUGAAGAAACUGAAUGACUUCAAUGUUGAGAAAGGAAAGCAAUUAAUCCUGGAAUGUACAUACACUGGGACACCUCCUAUUGCAGUGUCCUGGAGGAAAAAUGCUAUAAAUAUAGCACAGUCAGAAAAAUACAGUAUCACCACUACUGAAACAUCUGCCAUACUUGAGAUCUCUAGUAGCAAACUGGACGAUGCUGGGCUGUAUUCUUGCCAUAUAGAAAAUGACUCGGGACAAGAUAAUUCACAGUCUACAGUCUCAAUACUAGAACCACCUUAUUUUGUCAGAAGCCUGGAACCUACUCAGGUGACAGUAGGGGAUUCUGCAUCACUGCAGUGCCAAAUUGCGGGCACACCAGAAAUCACUGUGUCGUGGUACAAAGGAGACACCAAACUGAGAGCAACUGCUACCUCUAAAAUGCACUUUAAAAACCAAGUUGCCACGCUAGUGUUCACUCAGCUGGGUAGCAAUGAUGGUGGAGAGUAUAUUUGCAAAGCAGAAAAUAGUAUUGGAGAAGCUUCCUGUUCAGCACUACUGACUGUUCAAGAGCUUAAACUUCCUCCUUCAUUUUCCCGGAAAUUAAGAGAUAUUCACGAAACUGUUGGAUUACCAAUUACAUUUGAUUGUGGCAUUACUGGUUCCGAACCCAUUGAAGUAACCUGGUAUAAAGAUGGUGCACAAAUAAGAGAUGGCUAUAAUGUGCAAACGUCAUACUUAAACAACGUUGCAACUCUGCAGAUCUCACAAACUGACAUGAGUCUUGCCGGACAAUAUACUUGCACAGCUUCCAAUGCUAUUGGAACUGCUUCUUCUAGUGCCAAACUCAUCCUUACAGAAGGGAAGACUCCUCCGUUCUUUGACAUCCCAAUUGCACCUGUUGACGCCGUUGCUGGUGAUGGUGCUGACUUUGAAUGCCACAUUUCUGGAACACGCCCAAUAAAGGUUACUUGGUCAAAGGAUAACCGAGAACUGCGAACUGGAGGGAACUACCAGAUCAGCUAUGUGGAAAAUAUAGCCCAUUUGACAAUUCUGAAAGUUGGCAAAGGGGAUUCUGGAAAAUAUACAUGUCAUGCUAGCAACGAAGUUGGAAAGGACUCUUGCACAGCUCAACUUAAUAUUAAAGAACGACAGACUCCACCUUCCUUCACCAAAAAGCUGUCAGAAACAGUAGAAGAGACAGAAGGGAACACAUUUAAACUUGAGGGCCGUGUUUCUGGCUCCCAGCCUUUGACUGUUGCCUGGUACAAGAAUAACCAGGAGAUUUAUGAAAGCCCUAAUUGCGAAAUAUCAUUCAAGAACAACACUCUUCUCCUUGAAAUUAAGAAUUCAGGACAAGCUGAUGCAGGUUUAUAUACCUGCAAAGUGUCCAAUGAGGCUGGGAGUGCACUCUGUACUUCUUCUGUGGUUAUUAAAGAGCCCAAAAAACCACCAGUAUUUGAUCAACCUCUUAAACCGGCAACAAUAGAAGAAGGUAAAAUCUUGCAGCUCAGUUGCCAUGUCAAGGGAUCGCAGCCCAUCAGAAUCCAGUGGCUAAAAGCUGGGAAAGAGCUAAGAUCAUCUGAUAAAUGCAGCUUGAGCUUUGCUAAUGGAUCCGCUGUUUUGGAAGUCCAGGCAGUUACUAAGACUGAUUCUGGCGAGUAUAUAUGCAAAGCUUCAAAUGCAGCUGGAACUGACUCUUGCAAGUCAAAAGUGACAAUUAAAGAAAAAGCAGCAGCUGCACCAGCAGCAGCUAAGAAAGCACCAACUGAUGGCAAGCUUUACUUCGUCUCGGAGCCUCAAAGCAUCACUGUCAUCGAAAAGAGCGUUGCAACAUUUAUUGCCAAAGUAGGUGGCGAUCCCAUCCCCAAUGUUAAAUGGAUGAAGGGAAAAUGGAGGCAACUCAACCAAGGAGGUCGCAUUAGCAUCCAGCAAAGAGGAGAUGAAGCCAAGCUGGAAAUAAAGGAUACAACAAAAACUGAUUCUGGCCAUUACAGAUGUGUGGCUUUCAAUCAACACGGUGAAAUUGACAGCAACGUCAACCUACAGGUUGAGGAGAAGAAACAAGAAGUGAUAGAAGGUGAUCUUAGAGCAAAACUAAAGAAGACCCCAACUAAAAGGAAGGAAGAUGAGGAAGAAAAGGCCAUUGAUAUAAUGGAACUUCUGAAAAAUGUAGAUCCUAAAGAAUAUGAAAAAUAUGCACGUAUGUAUGGAAUUACCGAUUUCCGAGGUCUCCUCCAAGCCUUUGAGCUGCUGAAACAAAGCCAGGAAGAAGAAACUCAUAGACUGGAGAUUGAAGUAACACAGAGAUCCAGAAGGGAAGAACAAGAGUUUGAUGAACUGGUAUCAUUUAUUCAGCAAAGACUUACACAGACAGAGCCCGUCACUCUGAUCAGAGAUAUUGAAGAUCUGACUGUAGUAACAGAUGAAGAUGCCGUGUUUGAGUGUGAGAUUAAAAUUAACUAUCCAGAAAUCAAACUUUCCUGGUACAAAGGCACGGAAAAACUGGACUCCAACAACAAGUAUGAAAUAAGAAUUGAAGGUGACCGACACAUACUUAAAAUCAGGAAUUGUCAACUUGGAGAUCAAGGAAAUUACAGAGUGGUCUGUGGGCCACAUAUUGCCAGCGCUAAGCUUACUGUGAUUGAACCAGCAAUUGAACGGCAUCUGCGCGACACUUCACUCAAGGAAGGCUUUACAUGCUCUUUCGUCUGCCAGUUUUCUGUUCCAAAUGCAAAAUCCCAGUGGUUCAGAAAUGGAAAGGCUCUUAAAAUAGGAGGUAGAUAUUCAGCUGAAGUCUCAGAGAAGAUGCACAGGCUCAUUAUUAAGGAUGUGCGAACAGAAGACCAGGGGCGCUAUACCUGCAGGUUUGACCAUCUAGAAACAACUGCUGACCUAACCAUUGAAGCUGAACCCAUCCAGUUUACAAAGACCAUUCAGAACAUAGUGGUGAGCGAAUACCAAUCUGCAACCUUUGAGUGCGAGGUAUCCUUUGAUGAUGCAGUCGUCACAUGGUAUAAAGGCAAAGUUGAACUCAGGGAGAGUCAAAAGUACAGUUUCAGAAGUGAAGGCCGUUGCCAUUAUAUGACUAUCCACAACGUUACUGCAGAUGAUGAAGGGGUGUAUUCUGUCAUUGCUCGUCUUGAGCCAAGAGGUGAAGCAAGAAGCACUGCUGAACUUUAUCUGACUACUAAAGAAAUUAAACUGGAAGUGAAGCCCCCAGAUAUCCCAGAUGCUAGAGUUGCAGUUCCUGUUGAAGUUCCAGCUGAAGAAACUCCUGCUCUUCCUCUCUUCCUCCUUAUGCCAGAAGAGAAGAAAAAGGAAAAAGUCGUUAAAAAGACAACCGUGCAGAAAGUCACCAAAAAGGUGGUUCCAAAAGCUCCAGAAGAGGUUGCCCCUCCUAAAGCUCCUGCAAAGAAACCUCAGGAAGUCAAAGUAACCACUGUAGCUAAGAAGAAAGAAGCAGUUUAUGAGAAGAAGGAAGAAGUAUAUGAGGUUCACAAAGAAGAAUAUGAAGAAUGGGAAGAGGAUUAUGGAGAGCAGCAUGAAUAUUAUGAACGAGAAGAAGGAUACGAUGAAGGAGAAGAGGAAUGGGCAUACGGAGAAAGACAAGUAACUUAUGAGGAAAAGCAAAUUCGCAAAGAAGUUGUCCAGGUUCCAGGAAAGCCAGAACCACCUACGCGGAAACCACCAGAGAUUUCAGCCAAGAAAGUAGAGAAGAAAGUUGUGGUAGAAAAAGUGCCAGCCGUGCCGAAAAAAGCUGUGCCAGAAGAGAAAGUGCCUGUUGCGGUCCCCAAAAAACCAGAGCCCGCUCCACCUAAAGUGCCUGAGAUACCCAAGAAAGCUGUGUCUGAAGCAAAGGUGCCUCUCACUGUGCCCAAAAAACCAGAACCUCCACCAGCUAAAGUGCCUCACAUACCAAAGGAGCCUGUCCCAGAAGAAGCACCUGUUUAUAUACCUGAAGAAGAGGAAGCUAUACCUGAAAAAGUCCCAGAAGUGCCAAAGAAAGUCGUCCCAGAAAAGAAAGUCCCUGCAGCUGUUCCCCAAAAAGUGGAGCCUCCUCCAGCAAAAGUGGCUGAGGUUCCUAAACCCGUCCCUGAAGAGAAAGUGCCCGUUCCCAAAAAGGUGCCGUCUCCUCCAGCAAAAGUGCCUGAGGUUCCUAAGCCUGUUCCGGAGGAGAAAGUUCCUGUUGCCAAAAAGGUCCCAGCUCCUCCAAAAAAAGUGCCUGAAGUUCCCAAACCUGUCCCAGAAGAGAAAGUCCCUGUUCCUAGAAAGGUGGCAGCUCCUCCAGAGAAAGUGCCUGAGGUACCCAAGAAAGUUGUCCCUGAAAAGAAGGUAGCAACUGCUCCUCCUAAAAAAGUAGAGGCUCCAUCUGCCAAAGUGCCUGUGGUACGUAAGAAACCCAUCCCUGAAGAACAGGUCACUGUCGAAAAAUACUUCUAUGAAGAAUAUGAGAAAUAUGAGACCUAUGAGAAGACUGAGGAGUUUCUUCAGGUAGAAGAGGGUGAAGAACCUGAAGAAUAUGAGGAAGCCCCAGAACCUGAAAGAUAUGAAGAAGCUCCAGAAGAACCUGAAGUUGAGCAAUACGAGGAAGCUCCAGAAGAAUUUGAACAGUAUGAAGAAGCUCCAGAACCGGAGGAACUUGAGUACUAUGAAGAGGUUCGGGAGACCAAGGAGAUUGAAGAAUAUGAGGAAGUGUAUGAGGUUCCACCAGCAAUAGUGCCUGAGGUGCCUAAAAGAGCCAUUGCUGAAGAAAAAGUAAAAGUUGCUGUACCUAAAAAAGAGGAAGCUCCACCAGCUAAAGUGCCCGCAGCAAAAAAGAAACCAGAAGAAAAAGUACCUCUUGCUGUUCCUAAGAAAGAAGUAACUCCGCCACCUAAAGUGCCUGAGAUACCUAAGAAAGCUGUUCCUGAAGAAAAAGUGCCUAAGACUGUUCCCAAAAGGAAAGAGCCUUCACCAGCUAAAGUGCCUGACAUUCCCAAGAGAGCCGUCCCUGAAGAAAAAGUAUCCAUCACUACCUAUGAAGCAGAAGAACCUCCCACAGUAAAAGCUCCCACAGUUCAUGAGAAAACAUUACGGGAAGAAAAAGUUACUUAUAUUAUCUCCAGAGAAAAGGAAGGUGCUACAGUUGAAGUGCUUGAACUGGAAGAGGAAGCUGUCCCAGAAGAAACGGCUCCCAUUGGUGUUCCUAUAAAACAGAAAGCUCCGCCCAUUAAAGUGCCUCCGGCGGCAAAGAAAGCUGUGCCAGAGAAGAAGAAACCUACACCUGUACCUAAAGAAGAAGCAACGCCUAUCAAAGUUCCCGAGAUGCCCAAGAAGGCUGUGCCAGAAGAGAAAAUACCUGUUGCAGUGCCUAAAAAACCAGCUCCUCCACCUGCUAAAGUGCCUGAGGUACCCACAAAAGUUGUCCCGGAAAAGAAGGUGCCAGCUGCUGUUCCAGAAGCACCUCCAGCUAAAGUGCCUGAAGUACCAAAGAAACCUGUUCCAGAAGAGAAAGUUGUGCCUAAAAAGCCAGAGGUGUCAGCAGCUAAAGUACCUGAGGUACCAAAGAAACCUGUCCCAGAAGAAAAAGCUCCAGUGGCUGUGCCGAAGAAGCCAGAACCUCCACCUGCCAAAGUGCCUGAGGUGCCAAAGAAAGUUGUUCCAGAAAAGAAAGUACCAGCUGAAGUGCCUAAGAAACCGGAAGCUCCACCUGCUAAAGUCACAAGAGCAGUUAAGAAACCAGAGGAAGAACCUAAGCCAGAGAAGGAACCAAAAGCUCCACCCAAGCCUCUUGAGAAGAUUAAGAAGCCUGAAGUGCCGGAGGUUGAAAAGAAGAAAACUGAGAUCCCAGCUUUCAAGAAAAGGGAAGAAAAAGAAAAACCUGUGCCUGAACCAGCAAAAGUUCCAGAGCCUAAACCAGCCACAAUUCCUGAACCAAAGCCUGCUACAGCCCUAAAAUCUCCUAAGCCUCCCGCAGAACCCAAACCUGAAGCAGCUCCUUUAACAACACCAGUGGUUGGAAAGAAAGCAGAGCCUAAAACUACACCAAAGGAGGAAGCUGGCAAAGCUAAACUUCCUAUUAAAGCCAAAAAGACACCUUCGCCAGCAGAUGCUGAGAGGAGGAAAUUAAGACCAGGAAGUGGUGGCGAGAAACCUCCAGAUGAGCCUCCUUUCACAUACCAGCUGAAAGCUGUGCCCCUCAAGUUUGUUACAGAAAUUAAAGACAUAGUGCUGACAGAAGCAGAGUCGGUAGGCUCUUCCGCCAUCUUUGAGUGCCUCAUCUCUCCCUCCACUGCCAUUACCUCUUGGAUGAAAGAUGGCAGCAACAUCCGCGAGAGUCCUAAGCACAGGUUCCUCUCUGAUGGGAAAGACAGAAAGCUCCACAUUAUUGAUGUCCAGCUUUCAGAUGCUGGGGAAUACACUUGUGUACUGAAACUGGGAAAUAAAGAAAAGACCUCUACAGCAAAACUUAUUGUUGAAGAAUUACCAGUGCGCUUCGUGAAGACUCUGGAGGAGGAGCUUACUGUCAUCAAAGGGCAACCCUUUUAUCUAAGUUGUGAGCUGAACAAAGAGAGAGAUGUGGUCUGGAGAAAAGAUGGGAAAAUCAUCAAAGACAAAUCUGGAAAAUUUGCUCUGGGUAUUAUUGGUUUGCAGCGCGCCAUUACAAUCAUGGAUGCCGAUGACACUGAUGGAGGUGUAUACACUGUGACUGUGGAUAAUACUGACCUCAUCUGUCAGUCAACUGUGAAAGUGGUUGAAGUGAUAAAAGACUGGCUAGUGAAGCCUAUCAGAGACCAGCAUGUGAAACCAAAGGGUACUGCUACCUUUGCUUGUGAUGUCGUGAAGGAUACACCAAAUAUUAAAUGGUACAAAGGUGACGAGGAGAUUCCUCUUGAACCCAAUGACAAAACAGAAAUUAUAAAAGAUGGACCUCAUCUCUUCCUCAAAAUUAAGAACUGCAUGCCAGAAGAUCUUGGAGAAUAUGCCGUGGAAGUUGAAGGGAAGAGAUACCCAGCUAAACUGACCCUGGGUGAACGUGAAGUUGAUCUGCUCAAGCCCAUUGAAGAUGUUACUAUUUAUGAAAAAGAAACAGCCAACUUUGAUUGUGAGAUUUCUGAAGACGAUGUCCCCGGUGAAUGGAAACUGAAAGGAGAAACACUCAGACCCUCACCUACUUGUGAGAUCAGAGCCGAAGGAGGAAAACGCUUCUUAACCUUACACAAAGUCAAAAUAGACCAGGCUGGAGAGGUUCUCUACCAGGCAUUGAAUGCAGUGACUUCAGCUAUUUUGACAGUGAAAGAAAUCGAGCUGGACUUUGCUGUGCCUUUGAAAGAUGUGACUGUACCAGAGAAACGGCAGGCGAGGUUUGAAUGUGUGCUCACCAGGGAAGCCAAUGUGAUAUGGACUAAAGGCACUGAUAUAAUCAAAGUUGGAGAUAAAUUUGACAUAAUUGCAGAUGGAACAAAACACAUUCUGGUCAUCAAUGAUUCUCAGUUUGAUGAUGAAGGAGAAUACACUGCUGUAGUCGAAGGGAAGGAAAGCACUGCAAAAUUGUUUGUGGAAGGUGUCCGGCUGAAAUUUAUCUCCCCACUCAAAGAUCAGACAGUGAAGGAAGGAGAAACAGCCCACUUUGAUUUUGAACUUUCUCAUGAAGAUAUGCCAGUAACCUGGUACAAAAAUGAUAAGAAAAUCCACAAUAGCAGAACAGUUCUCAUUUCUGUAGAAGGGAAGAAACACAAAUUAGAAAUUAGAGAAGUGACACUUGAUGACAUCUCCGAGAUCAAGGCUGAAGUGAAGGCAUUGCACACUAAGGCAAACCUGAAGGUUUUAGAGGCCGACCCAUAUUUCGUUGUGAAAUUGCAAGAUUAUACUGCUGUUGAGAAAGAUGAUAUCAUUCUGGAGUGUGAACUUAGCAAAGAUGUGCCAGUGAAAUGGUUUAAAGAUGGUGAGGAACUUGUAGCUUCCAAGAGAAUCUCCAUCAAGACUGAUGGCAAGCGCCGCAUAUUAAAAAUUAAAAAAGCAACCGAUGCUGAUAAGGGAAAUUAUGAAUGUAACUGUGGAACUGACAAGACAAAUUCUGAAGUUAAGAUUGAGGCUCGUAUGAUAAAAAUAGAGCGUCCUCUUUAUGGAGUGGAAGUAUUUGUUGGUGAAACAGCACGAUUUGAGGUCGAAAUCUCUGAGCCUGAUGUUCAUGCCAUUUGGAAGUUAAAGGGAGAAACUUUAACAGCUUCACCUGAUUGUGAAAUGAUUGAAGAUGGCAAGAAACAUGUCUUGAUUCUUUACAACUGCAAACUGGAUAUGACAGGAGAAGUGUCCUUCCAAGCUGCAAAUGCGAAAAGCGCUGCAAAUCUGAAAGUGAAAGAGCUGCCUCUCAUCUUCAUAACUCCUCUCAGUGACAUUAAAGUCUUUGAGAAGGAUCCUGCGAAGUUUGAAUGUGAGGUAUCAAGGGAACCAAAGACUUUCCGUUGGUUGAAAGGAACCCAAGAGCUUGAAGGGGAUGAGAAAUUUGAAAUUAUAACAGAAGGCACAAAGCACGCACUUGCCAUUAAGAGUGUGGCUUUUGAGGAUGAGGCUAAAUAUAUGUUUGAGGCCGAAGACAAACGGACAAGUGCAAAGCUGAUCAUUGAAGGCAUUCGCCUUCAAUUCAUUACCCCUCUCAAGGAUGUAACUGCAAAGGAGCGUGAGACUGCAGAAUUUACUGUUGAGCUUUCCCAUGACAAUAUCCCUGUUAUCUGGUAUAAGAAUGACCAACGGCUCCAUACCACCAAGGUUGUUUCAAUGAAGGACGAUGGCAAAUUCCAUACGCUCACAUUCAAAGAUCUCAAUAUUGAUGACACCUCUCAGAUAAAAGUGGAAGCUAUGGGCAAAUCAUGUGAAGCUAAACUUACUGUCCUUGAGGGGGAUCCUUAUUUUACUGGGAAGCUUCAAGAUUACACGGCUGUGGAGAAAGAUGAAGUGAUUUUGCAAUGUGAAAUUAGCAAAGCAAAUGCUCCCGUAAAAUGGUUUAAAGACGGACAAGAACUAACUCCGUCUAAGAAUGUUAUUAUCAAGGCCGAUGGCAAAAAGAGAAUACUCAUCCUCAAGAAGGCCUUGAAGAAAGACAUUGGUCAAUAUACCUGUGAUUGCGGCACUGAUCAGACUUCUGCUAAGCUGAACAUUGAAGAUCGUGAUAUUAAGAUUGUACGUCCCUUAUAUAGCGUGGAAAUAUUUGAAACAGAGACUGCACGUUUUGAUACAGAAAUCUCUGAGGAAGAUAUUCAUGCUAACUGGAAACUGAAAGGGGAGCCCUUGACACAGACGCCUGACUGUGAAAUUAAGGAGGAAGGCAAAAGGCACUGUCUUACACUCUACAACGUGCGCUUGGACCAAGCCGGUAGCGUAGACUUCCAAGCAGCCAAUGCCAAAUCAUCUGCCAAUCUUCGAGUAAAACCACGUGUAAUUGGCCUGCUGAGGCCUCUGAAGGAUGUAACUGUAACAGCUGGUGAAACGGCAAACUUUGAAUGUGAACUCUCCUAUGAGGGAAUUGUAGUGGACUGGUUCUUGAAAGGACAGAAAUUGGAGCCCAGUGACAAGAUCGUGCCCCGUGCUGAAGGCAGAGUUCACACCCUUGUUCUAAGAGAUGUGAAACUAACAGAUGCUGGAGAAGUCAAACUGACUGCAAAGGAUUUCAGAACUCAAGCAAAUCUUUUUGUAAAAGAACCACCUGUUGAGUUUACUAAGCCUCUUGAGGACCAGACUGUAGAGGAGGAAGCUACUGCAGUUCUGGAGUGUGAAGUAUCCAGAGAAAACGCACCAGUGAAAUGGUUCAAGAAUGGCCAAGAAAUCCACAAGACAAAGAAAUAUGAUAUAAUUGCUGAUGGCAGAGUCAGAAAACUUAUCAUUCACGGCUGCACACUGGACGAUGCUAAAACGUACACAUGUGAUUCUAAAGAUUUCAAGACAUCUUGUUUCUUGAACGUUGAACCACCUCAUGUUGAGUUCACAAAGCCCCUUACGGAUAUUGAAGUUAAAGAAAAAGAAGUUGCUCGGUUUGAAUGUGAAAUUUCCCGACCAAAUGUUCAGGCACGGUGGUUUAGGGAUGGUGUUGAAAUCAGAAAAGGCAAGAAGUUUGACAUCAUUGCUAAAGGUGCCCAGAGAAUACUUGUUAUCAACAAAUGUCUGCUUGAUGAUGAGGCAGAAUACGCAUGUGAAGCAAAAGGAGCCAGAACCUCUGGCAUGCUGACAGUGAUAGAAGAGGAAGCUGUCUUUACCAAAAAACUUCCCAAUGUGGAAGCAAGUGAAACAGACACUGUCAAAUUGAUUUGUGAAGUUUCCAAGCCUGAUGCAGAAGUAACUUGGUUCAAAGGCGAUGAGGAGUUGCCUGAAGGCGGUAGAUAUGAACAGAUUGCUGAUGGCCGGAAGAGAAUUUUGGUCAUCCACAAUGCUAGUCUUGACGAUGCAGCAGCAUACACCUGCAAACUUCCUAGCAGUCAGACAACUGGCAAGCUGAAAGUUCAUGAACUUGCAGCAGAAUUUAUAACCAGGCCACAGAACAUUGAAGUAAUUGAAGGAGAAAAAGCAGAAUUUGUCUGCUCAGUAUCCAAAGAAGCCUUUGACGUACAGUGGAUAAGGGAUGAUACUGUUCUUGAAGCCAAUGAUAAGUAUGACAUAAUUUCUGACGGCAAAAAGAGAGUCCUGGUCAUUAAAGAGUCUGUUCUGGAUGACGAUGGAACUUAUUCUGUCAUGGUCGGUGCAGCCAAAGCAACAGCCCGCUUGACAGUGAUUGAAAAACUCAGGAUUGUCAUCCCACUGAAGGACCAACAAGUAAGAGAGGGAGAAGAACUUGUAUUUAACUGUGAGGUUAAUACAGAAGGUGCCAAGGCGAAGUGGUACAAAGAUGAAGAAGCAAUAUUCGACAGCGCAAAAUACAUCAUGGUCCAUAAGGAUUUAGUUUACACUCUAAGAAUUAGAGACGCCCAUUUGAAUGACCAAGCAACCUACAACAUAGUCCUGGCAAACAAGAGAGGAGAACAAGUAAAGAGCUCUGCUACUUUGACUGUGCUUGAGGAAGACCUCAGAAUUAUUGAGCCUCUUCAAGACGUUGAAACCAUGGAGAAGAAGUCUGUCACAUUCUGGUGUAAGGUUAACCGCCUCAACGUAACCCUCCAGUGGACAAAGAAUGGUGAAGAAGUCACCUUCGACCGCCGCAUUUUGUACAAAGUGGAUAAAUACAAGCAUUCGCUUAUCAUUAAAAACUGUGGAUUUAUAGAUGAAGGGGAGUACGUUGUUACUGCUGGCCAAGACAAGUCGGCUGCAGAGCUUAUUAUCACGGAGGCACCUGCAGAUUUCAUUGAGCACUUGCAGGACCAGACAGUCACUGAAUUUGAUGAUGCAGUCUUCAGUUGCCAGCUUUCCAAAGAGAAAGCAAUGGUGAAGUGGUACAGAAAUGGAAGAGAAAUUAAAGAGGGCAAAAAGUAUCAGUUUGAAAAGGAUGGAAAUUUACACAGGUUAAUCAUAAAAGACUGCAGGCCAGAGGAUGAAUGCGAGUAUUCCUGUGGUGUGGAUGACAGGAGAUCCAGAGCAAGACUUUUUGUGGAGGAAAUUCCUGUGGAGAUUAUCCGACCACCGCAAGAUAUUUACGAAGCCCCUGGCUCUGAUGUCCUUUUCUUUGCUGAACUGAAUAAAGAUAAGGUGGAAGUCAAAUGGUUGAGAAAUAACAUGAUAAUAGUCCAGGGAGAUAAACACCAAAUGAUGAGUGAAGGAAAAGUCCAUAGGCUGCAAGUCUGUGAGAUUAGGCCUCGCGAUCAAGGAGAAUAUAGAUUUAUUGCCAAAGAUAAAGAAGCUCGAGCUAAGCUAGAACUGGCAGCUGCUCCAAGAAUAAAGAUAGCUGAUCAGAACCUUGUGGUAGAUGUUGGGCAGCCAUUGACUAUGGUGGUUCCAUAUGAUGCCUACCCACGAGCAGAAGCUGAGUGGCUGAAGGGAGAAGAAGCCUUGCCCACUCUUACUGUUGAUACAACACCUGAGAGUACCUCCUUCAGAAUUCACGAAGCAAAGACGACUGACAGAGGGAGUUACAAGAUCAUCCUUAAAAAUAAGCAUGGCCAAGCUGAAGCACACAUCAAUGUUCAAGUUAUUGAUGUCCCUGGCCCAGUUAGAAACCUGGAAGUAACUGAGACAUUUGAUGGUGAAGUUAGCCUUGCCUGGGAGGAACCAGAAAGUGAUGGUGGUAGUAAAAUCACUGGGUAUGUUGUUGAAAGGCGUGAUGUCAAACGAAAGACCUGGAUUUUGGCAACGGAUCGUGCUGACAGUUGUGAAUACACAGUGACUGGCCUUCAAAGGGGAGGCGUGGAGUAUCUCUUCCGCGUGAGUGCGAAAAACAGAGUGGGCACCGGUGAGCCAGUCGAAACAGACAAACCUGUGGAAGCCAAGAGUAGAUUUGAUGUCCCAGGACCUCCUCUCAAUGUACAAGUUGUUGAUGUGAACAGAUUUGGUGCGUCUCUUACUUGGGAACCCCCAGAUUAUGAUGGAGGGUCUCCGAUUACGGGCUAUAUCAUUGAAUUACGUGACAGAGCUUCGAUCAAGUGGGAACCAGCCAUGACCACAGGAGCACAUGACUUAGCUGGAACCUUAACUGAUGUGGUGGAAAACAAAGAAUACUUUUUCAGAGUCAGAGCUCAAAACCAGGUUGGAAUUGGCAAACCUAGUGCUUCUACACAUGCGGUGAAGAUAAUGGAUCCAAUUGAAAAACCAAGUCCUCCCAUUAACCUCGACCAUUCUGACCAAACUAUGUCAUCUGUGAAACUUACAUGGGAACCUCCUUUGAAAGAUGGAGGCAGCCCAGUACUGGGCUACAUUAUUGAAAGGCGCGAAGAGGACACAGACAACUGGAUCCGUUGCAAUGCAAAACUUGUGCCUAGUCUUAAUUAUAAGGUAACUGGGUUGAAACCUCUAGCCAGGUAUUAUUAUAGAGUAUCUGCAGAAAAUGCUGCUGGUGUGUCAGAUCCUGCUGAAGCUAUUGGACCACUGACUGCUGAUGAUCCUCACACUGGACCUACAAUGGACUUAAGUGGUUUUAAAGAUGGACUGGAGGUUAUUGUUCCAGAUCCCGUCAAAAUACGUGUUCCUAUUACUGGCUAUCCAGUCCCAACUGCCACAUGGUCUGUCGGCGACAAAGUUUUAGAACAGGGUGACCGGGUGAAAAUUGACACGUCUGCAGCCUUUGCAGAGCUUGUUAUUACCCCAAGUGAACGGCCAGACAAAGGCAUCUAUACCUUGAAAUUAGAAAACCCUGUGUCCUCUGUAUCAGGAGAAAUCAAUGUUAAUGUCAUUGCUCGCCCAAGCGCACCAAGAGAACUACAAAUUGGAGAGAUAACUAGGAACUCAGUCCAAUUAAAUUGGGAAGCUCCUGAAGAUGAUGGAGGAAGCCCAUUGACUGGGUAUCUUAUUGAAAAGCGUGAAGUGAGCCGCAAAACAUGGGUCAAGGUGAUCGACAAUGUCCUUGACCAAGAGUUCACUGUACCAGAUCUGGUUCAAGGAAAAGAAUAUUUGUUCAGGGUCUCAGCAUGUAACAAAUGUGGACCAGGAGAGCCUGCUUACAUUGAUGAGCCUGUUAACAUGUCAGCACCUGCUACGGUGCCUGAUCCACCAGAGAAUGUGAAAUGGAGGGAUCCAACAUCUAAGUCCAUUUUCCUCACAUGGGAUCCACCUAAGUAUGAUGGCGGUUCUCGUAUCAAAGGCUACCUGGUUGAAAAAUGCCAGCGUGGCACUGACAAAUGGGAGCCCUGUGGCGAGCCAGUCAUUGAGACAAAAAUGGAAGUGACAAAACUUAAGGAAGGAGAAUGGUAUGCUUAUCGCGUGAAGGCUCUGAACAGGCAAGGGGCAAGUAAACCAAGCAAGCCAACGGAUGAAAUCCAGGCUGUGGAUGCAAUGGAGGCCCCUGAGAUUUUCCUAGAUGUGAAACUGCUUGCUGGAAUCACUGUCAAAGCUGGAACUAAGAUAGAGCUGCCGGCAAGGAUAAAUGGAAAGCCCGAGCCACGGAUUAGCUGGACAAAAGCUGAACAGACCCUGAGACCCGAUAAAAGAAUAACCAUUGAAUCCAAACCUAACCAGUCCACAGUCAUAAUAACAGAGAGCAAGAGAAGUGAUAGCGGCACCUAUAUUAUUGAAGCCGUAAAUGCCAGCGGUCGGGCAACAGCUACAGUUGAAGUUAAUGUCUUAGAUAAGCCUGGCCCACCAGCUGCAUUUGAUAUCUCUGACAUUACAAACGUAUCUUGUGCUUUGACUUGGAAUCCUCCUAGAGACGAUGGCGGCUCCAGAAUCACGAACUACGUUCUGGAACAAAGAGCUGCAGACAGUGAAGUGUGGCACAAACUAUCAUCCACUAUCAAAGAAACAAAAUUCAAAGUAACAAACCUAACACCACUUAAGGAGUACAUCUUCAGAGUCAGCGCAGAAAACAUGUACGGAGUUGGAGAACCAGCUCAGUCCGUUCCUAUCGUUGCUAAAUAUCCAUUUGAUCCUCCAGGUCCUCCGACACGAGUUCAGCCUGUUGAGAUCACUAAAGAUUCUGUAACCUUGACUUGGGUAGAACCAGAUGAAGAUGGUGGCAGCCCUAUCACUGGUUAUUGGGUUGAACGGUUGGACCCUGAUCAAGAUAAAUGGGUCCGUUGCAAUAAAAUCCCAGUUAAAGAUACGACAUUCAAGGUUAAAGGUCUCACGUUCCAUAAGAAGUACAAGUUCCGUGUCGUGGCAGAGAAUCUUGCUGGGCCAGGAAAGCCAAGCAGAGCAACAGAGCCAGUCUUAGUGAAGGAUCCUAUUGAUCCCCCAUGGCCACCCGGCAAGCCAAUUGUCAAAGACGUUGCCAAGACCUCGUGUUUCUUGAACUGGACGAAGCCAGAACACGACGGCGGUGCCAAGAUUGAAUCGUAUGUCAUUGAAUUGUUAAAGACUGGCACAGACGAGUGGGUGAGAGUGGCUGAAGGCAUCCCCACACCAGAACACUUCCUCAAAGGGCUUAUGGAGAAACAAGAAUAUUCCUUCCGAGUCAGAGCUGUGAACAAAGCUGGAGAGAGUGAGCCUAGCGAGCCCAGCGAUCCCGUGCUAUGCAAGGAGAGACUGAAUCCUCCUUCACCACCUCGAUGGCUUGAGGUCAUUAAUAUCACUAAAAACACUGCAGACCUUAAAUGGACAGUACCAGAACGCGACGGAGGUUCUCCUAUUACAAAUUACAUCGUUGAAAAGAGAGACGUACGACGGAAAGGCUGGCAGACGGUUGAUACUACGGUUAAGGACACCAAAUAUACAGUGACACCACUAACAGAAGGCUCUCUGUAUGUAUUCCGUGUGGCUGCAGAAAAUGCAGUGGGGCAGAGUGACUACUGUGAAAUUGAGGACUCUGUUCUUGCAAAAGACACCUUCACUACCCCUGGAGCACCAUAUGCACUUACACCAGUCGAAGUGACAAAGAGACAUGUCGACCUAAAAUGGGAACCCCCUAAGAAUGAUGGUGGCAGACCAAUUCUACGAUACGUUAUUGAAAAGAAAGAGAAGCUUGGCACGCGCUGGGUGAAAGCUGGCAGAACAUCAGGCCCUGACUGCAAUUUCAGAGUAACGGAUGUCAUAGAAGGUACAGAGGUGCAGUUCCAGGUCCGUGCUGAAAAUGAAGCCGGCUGUGGUCACCCUAGCGAACCGACUGACAUCCUGGCAAUUGAAGAUCCAACAAGCCCUCCUUCACCUCCUCUGGACUUACACGUGACAGACGCAGGAAGAAAACACAUUUCAAUUGCAUGGAAACCCCCAGAGAAAAAUGGCGGCAGUCCUAUAAUUGGAUACAAUAUAGAACUCUGUGAAGCAGGAACUGAAAAAUGGAUGAGAAUAAAUUCUCGACCAGUCAAAGAUUUGAAAUACAAAGCAGAAGAAGGCGUUGUCCCUGACAAGGAAUAUAUUCUCAGGGUCAGAGCUGUCAAUGCUAUAGGGGCUAGUGAGCCAUCAGACAUAUCAGAAAACGUUGUCGCCAAAGAUCCAGAUUGUAAUCCAACUGUUGAUAUAAAGACUACAGACCUCGUUGUGGUUGAAGGUGAAAAGUUAAGUAUCCCUGUGCCCUUCAGAGCUGUUCCAACUCCAACUAUUGCUUGGCAUAAGAGUGGGAAGGAGUUGAAAGCCGGUGACCGAACAACAAUGAAGAGCGACCACAUCUCUGCCUUGCUGGAAGUAACAAAUGCAGUCCAUGCUGAUGCUGGCGUUUACACUAUUACCUUGGAGAAUAAAUUGGGUUCAACAACCGGUACAAUCAAUGUCAAAGUAAUAGGUGUGCCUGGACCAUGCAAUAGUAUCAAGGCAAGUGAAGUAACCAAAAAUUCAUGUAAAGUGACCUGGGAACCUCCAGAAUUUGAUGGCAACACCCCAAUUUUACAUUAUGUGCUGGAGCGAAGAGAAGCUGGUAGGAGAACAUACAUACCAGUGAUGUCUGGUGAGAACAAAUUGGCAUGGAAUGUAAAGGAUCUCAUACAAAAUGGUGAAUACUACUUCCGCGUUAAAGCUGUUAAUAAAAUCGGAGGAGGUGAAUACAUUGAACUGAGAAAUCCAGUGAUUGCAGAAGAUCCAAAGCAGCGUCCAGAUCCACCUAUUGACCUUGAGGUUCACAAUCCAACAUCGAAGUCAGUAACACUCACAUGGAAACCACCAUUGUAUGAUGGAGGAACCAAGAUUAUGGGCUACAUUUUGGAAAAGUUAGUUAAAGGAGGAGAGAAGUGGGAAAGAUGCAAUGACUUUUUGGUUCCUCUUUUGACUUCUCCUGUGAAAGGUCUUGAGGAAGGCAAAGAAUAUCAGUUCCGUGUCCGUGCAGAGAAUGCUGCCGGUGUCAGCGGACCUUCUAAUGUCACUCCUCUGGUGAAAGCAGUGGAUCCCGUUGAGGCUCCAAAAGUUUUCCUCGGUGCUAAUCUGCAGGCUGGCCUGGAGGUGAAGCAAGGUUCUGAGAUUGCACUUGAAGCACACAUUUCAGGGUCACCUUACCCAACUAUUGAUUGGUUAUGGAAUGAUGAAGUUGUUAAGCCAACAGAAAUUAAGAAGAGAGUUACCAAGGUUACUAGGAAGAAGAAAGGUGAAGUUGAAGAAGAUGAGCCUUUCCACUUGUCCCUGCCCGAGCGUUUAAGCAUUGACAACCACAGACAAGGAGAUUCUGUACUGGUCGUUCGGGAUUCAAUCAGACCAGACCAUGGCACAUAUACUAUUCGAGUUGAAAACGAUCACGGGGUUGCAAAAGCUUCGUGUGAAGUCAAUGUGUUAGAUACACCUGGACCACCGGUCAACUUUGUUUUUGAGGAGGUUCGUAAAAAUAGCAUCACUUGCAAGUGGGAGCCUCCUCUUGAUGAUGGCGGAAGUGAAAUAUUGAACUACGUUCUUGAAAAGAAAGACAACACAAAAUCCGACAUUGGCUGGGUUACCGUUACUUCAACGCUUAGGCAUUGCAAAUAUAAUGUGCCUAAACUUAUUGAAGGAAAGGAAUACAUAUUCCGUGUGAAAGCUGAGAACAGAGUAGGAGCUGGACCUCCAUGUCUUUCAAAACCUGUUGUAGCUCAAGAUCCAUUCAGUCCUCCUGAUGCACCUGAUAAACCUCUAGUAGAGGAUCCAACUAGCAGUAGUCUGUUGGUUAAGUGGAAUGAGCCUAAAGACAAUGGUAGCCCCAUUUUGGGAUACUGGAUUGAAAAGCGUGAAAUCAAUGGAACCCACUGGGCCCGUGUGAACAAAGAGCGUGUGAAUGCCCUGGAAACUAGAGUUGAAGGACUUUUAGAAGGUCUAACUUACGUUUUUAGAGUUUGUGCUGAAAAUGCAGCUGGCCUUGGGAAAUUCAGUCCCCCUUCAGAUCCUAAAACUGCACAAGACCCAAUAUUGCCUCCUGGCCCACCUGUUCCAAGAAUUGUUGAUACAAGCUCAACAUCUAUUGACGUUGAAUGGGACGCUCCGCUAUACAAUGGGGGCAGUGAAAUCACUGGCUACCAUGUUUACAAGAAUUUUGUCGGCUCAAAUGAAUGGUCUCGCUGCACAGAAAGACCUAUUAAGGUUCGGAGCUAUAUAGUUAAAGGAAUUAGAGAAGGUGCAGAUUACAAACUUCGUAUUACCGCCCUUAAUGUUGCUGGGGAAGGACCUCCUGGAGAAACAGAGCCUGUAACAGUUGCAGAGCCUCAAGAGCCUCCCACUGUUGAAUUUGAUAUUUCUGUCAGGGCAGGAGUUCAGAUAUUGGCAGGUCAAGCUCUUAAGCUCCCUGCUAUUGUUACUGGACGACCUACCCCUACAAUUGUGUGGACUUUAGAGGAUGCAGAUGUUGACAAAGAGCGAGUUGUGAUUGAAAAUGUUGGCACUUCAUCUGAGCUGUUUAUCAAAAAUGCACUCAGAAAAGACCAUGGAAGAUACGUGAUUACUGCCACCAACGAAAGUGGUUCUAAAUUUGCUGCAACCAGAGCAGAAAUAUUUGAUGUUCCUGGACCGGUUACUGACUUGCAUCCUGUGGUGGUAAAUAGAAAGAUGUGUCUACUUAACUGGGAUGAUCCCAAAGAUGACGGAGGAAGUGAGAUCAUAGGUUUCCUUGUAGAGAGGAAAGAUGCCAAAAUGCAUACAUGGAGACUAGCCGUAGAUACAGACAGAUCUAAGUGUGAUAUAACAGGUCUUGUUGAAGGACAAGAAUAUAAGUUCCGUGUAUUCGCCAAGAACAAGUUUGGCUGUGGUCCACCUGUUGAACUGGGACCUCUCCUUGCUGUUGACCCCAAAGGUCCUCCAACUGCUCCUGAGAGGUUCAUGUACACAGAGAGAACAAAAAACUCUGUUACACUUGACUGGAAGCCUCCCCGUAAUGAUGGUGGAAGCCCCAUCAUCGGCUACAUUGUUGACAAAAGAAGACAUGACUCAAAUGAAUUCGAAAGAGUCAAUAAGAGACUCUGUCCAACUACAUCCCUUCUUGUGGACAAUCUUGCUGAGCUGCAUAUGUAUGAGUUCCGAGUCAAGGCUGUCAACGAGAUUGGAGAAAGUGAACCAUCACUGCCCCUUAAUGUAGUCGUACAGGAUGAUGAAGAACCUCCCACAGUGACAUUGCGUCUAUCUGUUAGAGGAGAUACUAUCAAAGUUAUGGCAGGGCAACCAGUCAACAUUCCAGCAGACGUGACAGGUCUUCCAAUGCCAAAGAUUGAAUGGUCUAAAGAUGACGUUGUUAUUGAUAAAACAUCAGAUGCCCUUAAGAUCACCAAAAAGGAAACAAGUAGAACAGAGGCGAAAACUGAACUCAGCAUGCCUGCAGCAGUUAGGAAUGAUAAAGGCACUUACACAGUUUCAGCUUCUAAUCGUCUUGGCACCGCAUACCGCAAUGUUCACGUUGAAGUAUUUGAUCGUCCUUCUCCACCGAGAAAUCUCACCGUAUCGGAUAUUAAAGCUGAAUCUUGCUUGUUGACUUGGGAUGCCCCACUCGAUAAUGGUGGCAGUGAGAUUACACACUACAUUCUUGAGAAGCGUGAUGCGAGCAAAAAGAAGUCUGACUGGGAGGAAGUAUCCAGCACUGUUGUGGAUAGACGAUUUGGGGUCUAUAAACUGGCAACAAAUGGACAAUAUCAAUUUAGAGUGAGGGCCGUUAACAGGUUUGGGACAAGUGACGAAUGCCUUUCCGAAAAGGUAGUUAUCAAGGAUCCUUAUGGUCUUCCUGGACCCCCUGGAAAACCAAAGGUUACAGAACGCACCAGGUCAUCAAUGCUGGUAACAUGGACACCUCCACUAGACAAUGGUGGAGCUCCAAUUACUGGCUAUUGGCUGGAAAAGAAAGAAGAAGGAGGUGUCUACUGGUCUCGUGUCAACAGAGCUCCAGUGACAAAACCAGCAGUGAAAGGACUGGAAUACAAUGUACUGCGUUUGAUUGAAGGUGUAAAAUACCAGUUCCGAGCUAUGGCUGUGAAUAUUGCUGGAAUUGGCCCUCCCAGUGAGCCAUCAGAUCUUUAUGAAGCUGCAGAUCCAAUCUAUCCUCCUGGAGCACCAUCCUGCCCAGAUGUCAAAGACAGAACCAACUCAACUAUAUCUCUUGCAUGGAAACCUCCACAAAAAGAUGGUGGCAGUCCUAUUAAAGGAUAUAUUGUCGAAAUGCAAGAAGAAGGUAGUUUAGAUUGGAAGAGUGUGAACGAACCGGACAAGCUGUUCCCUACCUGCGAUUGUGUUGUACCCAAUCUGAAAGAGCUCAGAAAGUACAGAUUCAGAGUAAAGGCUGUAAAUGCUGCAGGGGAAUCUGAGCCAAGUCUUUGCACUGCAGAAAUACCAUGCAAGGAAGUUCAAGAGGAGCCAGAAAUAUUUAUUGAUGUUGGAGCACAAGACUUACUCUCUUGCCGUACUGGUACAACAAUCAGAAUUCCAGCAGUUAUUAAGGGACGUCCUGUUCCCAAAGUAACUUGGGAAUUUGAAGGAGAUGCAAAGAAAGCUGUAAAGGAUGGACAUAACAUACCUGAAGAUGCUACGGUGGAAUCAACUGAUACCACAUCAGUGAUUACUAUCCCUACAUGUAACAGAGGUCAUUCUGGAAAAUACAGUAUUACAGCAAAGAAUAAAGCAGGACAGAAAACUGUAAAUGUCAGGGUGAAUGUCCUAGAUGUUCCAGGGCCACCAAAAGACCUGAAAGUAAGUGACAUAACAAGAUGCAGCUGUAAACUUUCAUGGAAAAUGCCGGACAAUGAUGGUGGAGACAGAAUCAGAAACUAUAUUAUUGAGAAAAGAACUGUUGAAGGGAAAGCCUGGACAAAAGUUAAUCCCAACUGUGCUGGCACAUCAUUGGUUAUUCCUGAUCUCAUAGCUGGGCAACAAUACUUCUUCAGAGUACGUGCAGAAAACCGCUUUGGUGUUGGACCCCCAGCAGAUACAAUUCAAAGGACCACAGCGAGGGAUCCAAUCCAUCCUCCUGACCCACCUAUCAAACUCAAGAUUGGUCUUAUAACAAAGAACACGGUAAGCUUGACAUGGAAACCUCCAAAGAAUGACGGCGGUGCUCCCGUAACACAUUAUAAUGUGGAGUGCCUUCGCUGGGACCGUACUGGUGAAGGGAAGGAAGCCUGGCGACAGUGCAAUAGACGGGAUGUGGAAGAAACAAAGUUUACUGUUGAAGACCUUAAAGAAGGCGACGAAUAUGAAUUCAGAGUGAAAGCAGUGAAUGAAGCAGGUCCAAGCAGACCGUCACCUACUGUUGGGCCAGUUGUCGUCAAAGAUCAGACAUGCCCUCCGUCUAUUGAACUCAAAGAAUUUAUGGAGGCAGAAGAAGGGACAGAUAUCAAGAUUGUAGCCAAAAUAAAGGGCGUCCCCUUCCCGACAUUGACUUGGGUCAAAGCUCAUCCUAAGAAACCUGAUGACAAAUUGCCAGUGCUAUAUGACCAACAUGUCAACAAGAUUGUGGAUGAAAAUUCCUGUACUUUGCUGAUACAGCAAUCUCGCAGAAAAGACACAGGCUUGUACACUAUAACUGCUGUCAAUAACUUUGGAACAGAUUCAAAGGAGAUGAGGCUGAAUGUGCUAGGUCGCCCUGGACCACCAGAAGGACCCAUUAAAUUUGAAUCUAUUUCUGCCGAUCAGAUGACAAUUUCUUGGCUUCCUCCUAAAGAUGAUGGUGGAUCUAAGAUAACUAACUAUGUUAUUGAAAAAAGGGAAGCAAACAGAAGGACCUGGGUCCAUGUUACCAAUGAACCUAAAGAAUGCAUCUUCACAGUACCCAAACUACUAGAAGGGCAUGAAUACAUCUUCCGCAUCAUGGCACAGAAUAAAUAUGGCGUUGGGGAACCUCUUGAUAGUGAACCUGAAACUGCCAGAAAUCUAUUCACUGUUCCUGGAAUUUGUGACAAACCAACAGUCAGCAGUGUCACACAUGACUCAAUGACCGUCAACUGGGAGGAGCCAGAAUAUGAUGGAGGCUCCCCUGUGACGGGUUAUUGGUUGGAGCGUAAAGAGACCACUGGAAAGAGAUGGACACGGGUUAACCGUGAUCCUAUUAAACCUAUGACAUUGGGAGUUUCUUACAAAGUACCUGGCCUUAUUGAAGGUUCAGAUUACCAGUUCCGUGUCUAUGCUAUUAAUGCCGCCGGUGUUGGACCGCCAAGCAUGCCGUCUGAUCCAAUAACUGCAAGAGACCCAAUCUCUCCACCUGGUCCUCCAUUUCCAAAAGUUACUGAUUGGACAAAAUCUUCCGUUGACCUUGAAUGGACUCCUCCAUUAAAAGAUGGUGGUUCUAAAGUCACUGGUUACCUUGUUGAAUUUAAAGAGGAAGGGAAAGAAGAAUGGGAAAAGGCAAAAGAUAAAGAAAUAAGAGGGACCAAGUUUGUUUUGGCCGGAUUGAAAGAAGGAGGUUUCUACAGAUUUAGAGUCAGAGCAAUAAAUGCUGCUGGUAUUGGAGAGCCUGGAGAUGUCACUGAAGUCAUUGAAAUAAAGGACAGAAUAGUUGCUCCUGAUCUCAUGCUUGAUGCUCAUGUGAAAGACAGAAUCGUUGUCCAUGCUGGUGGAGUGAUCCGCAUUAUAGCUUAUGUCUCAGGAAAGCCACCUCCAACAAUUACCUGGAAGAUGGAUGAGAGAGCUCUCCCAGAGGAGGCUAAAAUCGAGGAAACUGCAAUUAGUUCUUCUAUGGUCAUAAAGAACUGCAAGAGAAGCCAUCAGGGCUUAUACACUCUUCUUGCUAAAAAUGCUGGUGGAGAAAGAAAGAAGACUAUUAUUGUUGAUGUGCUAGAUGUUCCAGGUCCAGUUGGAAUUCCAUUCCUUACUGAGAACCUAACCAACGACUCAUGCAAACUUACGUGGUUUUCUCCUGAAGAUGAUGGUGGCUCAGCUAUCACCAACUACGUAAUUGAAAAACGUGAAGCAGAUCACAGGGCUUGGACCCCAGUGACAUAUACGGUCACCAGGCAGAAUGCAACAGUUCAGGGGCUGAUUGAGGGCAAAGCAUACUUCUUCCGAAUUGCACCUGAGAAUAUUAUUGGCAUGGGCCCAUUUGUGGAGACAACAAAAGAGAUUUUAAUCAGAGACCCAAUAACUGUGCCAGAAAGACCUGAGGAUCUGGAAGUCAAAGCAGUAACGAAGGAUUCUGUUACACUGACCUGGAACCCACCUAAGUACAACGGUGGCUCUGAUAUAACCAUGUAUGUUUUGGAAAGCCGCCUUAUUGGGAAAGAGAAAUUUACCAGAGUUACAAAAGAGAAAAUGCUUGACAGAAAAUACACCGUUGAAGAUUUGAAAGAAGGUGACACUUAUGAGUAUCGUGUGAGCGCUUGCAAUAUUGUGGGACAAGGCAAACCAUCAUUUGUUACGAAACCCAUCACAUGCAAAGAUGAAAUUGCUCCUCCACAACUUGAACUGGAUAUCCGAGAGAAGCUCACUGUCCGUGUAGGAGAAGCUUUCAGUCUGACCGGCCGUUACUCAGGCAAACCAGCACCAAAGAUUACCUGGCUCAAAGAUGAUAUUUCUGUGAAAGAAGACAAACGGACAAAGAUCCAGACUACACCAGCUACUCUUUGUUUGGGGAUAUUGAAAUCUGUCCGUGAAGAUUCAGGCAAAUAUUGUGUCAUUGUAGAAAACAGUUCGGGAACAAGAAAAGGUUUCUGUCAAGUUACUGUAGUUGAUCGUCCUCAACCACCAGUGGGCCCAGUUAUUUUUGAUGAAGUUACUAAAGAUCAUUUUGUUAUCUCCUGGAAACCUCCCUUGGAUGAUGGUGGAAGUCCAAUUACAAAUUACAUUAUUGAGAAGAGAGAUGCAAACAGAGACCUCUGGAUGCCAGUCACGUCAGCCAAUGUCAAGACAACGUGCAAAGUCCCUAAAUUACUUGAGGGAAGAGAUUAUGUUGUCCGAAUCUAUGCUGAGAACUUGUAUGGCAUGAGUGAUCCUUUAAUAUCUGAUGAAAUGAAGGCCAAGGAUCGUUUCAGUGUUCCUGCUGCACCAGAGCAACCUAUCAUUAAAGGCGUCACCAAAAAUUCUGCCUUAGUUACCUGGAAGAAGCCAUAUGAUGGAGGAAAACCAAUAACCAAUUACAUACUUGAAAAGAAAGAAACUAUGUCUACUCGAUGGGGAAGAGCCACCAAAGAUCAUAUUUACCCAGAUACUCAGUUCAGGGUAACAGAUCUUCUUGAAGGCUGUGAAUAUGAAUUCCGAGUUUCAGCAGAAAAUGAAAUUGGCGUUGGUGAUCCUAGCCCACCCUCAAAACCAUUCUUUGCUAAGGAUCCAAUCGUAAAACCAAGUCCACCAAUUAAUCCUGAAGCAGUGGAUAAAACUAAAAGUUCAGUGCAAUUGUCCUGGCAACCACCACGUCAUGAUGGAGGAGGCAAGAUCAUAGGCUAUCUCAUUGAGUACCAAAAGGAUGGAGAUGAGGAGUGGAAAAAAGCCAACCAUACAGCCGAUUCUUGCCCUGAGACAAAAUACAAUGUCACCGGCCUCACUGAGGGUACCAAAUAUAGAUUCAGAGUCUUUGCAGUCAAUGGGGCAGGAGAAUCCGAGCCAGCUAAUGUUCGUGAUCCAGUUGAAGUCAAGGACAGACUUGAGGCUCCUGAUUUAAUCCUGGAUGCUAAUAUGACACGAGAACAACAUGUAAAAGUUGGAGAUACAUUGAGGCUAAGUGCUGUAAUUAAAGGAAUUCCAUUCCCAAAAGUGACUUGGAAGAAAGAAGAUAAGGAAGUUCCUACAAAGGCAGAUAUUGAGGUUACAGGAGUUGGCAGUAAGCUUGAAAUUCGACACGCAGUCCAUGAAGACGGAGGGAAUUAUUCCCUGACCGUGGAGAAUCCGGUUGGAUCAAAGACUGUUUCAGUAAAAGUUAUUGUUCUAGAUAAGCCUGGGCCUCCCAGGAAUCUACAGGUCAGUGAAGUGAGAAGAGAUUCUUGCUAUCUGACUUGGAAGGAACCUGAGGACAAUGGUGGCUCUGUCAUUACGAAUUACGUUGUGGAAAGGAAAGAUGUUGCUGCUGCUCAGUGGCUACCAAUAUCAUCAUCUUCUAAGAAACACAGUCUGCUGGCUAAAUACCUCAUGGAAGGCACUCAGUAUCUCUUCCGUGUUGCUGCUGAGAACCAGUAUGGAAGAGGUCCUUACGUUGAAACCCACAAGCCGAUUAAGGCUAUAGAUCCACUUCAUCCUCCUGGCCCACCAAAGAACUUGCAUCAUGUAGAUGUUGACAGGACACAAGUGUCCCUUGUCUGGAACUGGCCUGAUCGGGAUGGUGGUGCUGAAAUAACUGGAUUUUUGGUGGAGUACCAAGAAGAAGGGAAAGAAGACUGGACAAAAUUCAAAACAGUCCCUGUGCCAGAAUGUGUUGUUACUGGUCUACAACAAGGGAAGAUUUACAAAUUCCGCGUAAAAGCCCAAAAUAUUGUGGGUCUUAGUCUUCCAGAUACAACCAUACCAAUAGAGUGCCAAGAAAAAAUAGUGCCACCAUCAGUUGAUCUAGAUGUGAAAUUAAUAGAAGGCCUUGUUGUUAAAGCUGGCAGCACAGUGCGGUUCCCUGCAAUCAUGAGAGGCGUACCUGUUCCCACUGCAAAAUGGGUCACUGAUAAUGUUGAAAUCAAAUCAGAAGGCAAUUACAAGAUUGAUACUGAUAAUUACUCUACAGUUCUCACUAUUCAAAGCUGCACAAGAAAAGACACUGGAGAAUAUCUGCUCACAGUAUCCAAUAUAGCUGGAAGCAGAACUGUUCCUGUUCAUCUAACAGUUUUGGAUGUUCCUGGUCCUCCAACUGGCCCAAUUGAUAUUCUGGAAGUCACUCCCGAUCAUAUGGUUAUUGCUUGGCGACCUCCUAAAGAUGAUGGUGGAAGUGCGGUAAUUAAUUACAUUGUUGAGAAGCGAGAGACAAGGAAAGAAACCUGGGGAGUGGUCUCUUCAGGGACUAAUCAAACUAGAAUUAAAAUUCCACGUCUACAAAAGGGCUGUGAAUAUAUUUUCCGAGUUUGUGCAGAGAAUAAGAUAGGUGUUGGUCCACCUCUUGAUUCAAAACCAGCAGUUGCCAAGGCUCUGCAUGAUCCACCAUCUCCACCUGGCAAACCAGUAGUUAAUGAUAUUACAGAAAAUGGUGCAACUGUAUGUUGGACUGUGCCAAAAUCUGAUGGUGGAAGUCCAAUAACUGGAUACAUACUUGAACGCCGUGAAAUCUCAGGGAAAUGGAUACGUGUCAACAAAUCUCCAGUGCUUGAUCUGAAAUUUAGAGCUACAGGCCUCUUUGAGGGCAGCACAUAUGAAUUCCGUGUUUUUGCAGAAAACAGUGCUGGCAUAAGCAAGCCAUCUCCACCUUCUGAUCCAAUCAAAGCAUCACGUCCUAUGACACCUCCUGGACCUCCCAUUAAUCCAAAACUCAAGGAUAAGACCAGGGAAACAGCUGAGCUAGUAUGGACUAAGCCACUCAAAGAUGGUGGUAGCCCCAUCCUGGGAUAUGUUGUGGAAUGCCAGAAAAGCGGAACUACUCAGUGGAAUAGAAUUAACAAAGAUGAACUCAUCAGACAAUGUGCCUUUACAGUACCUGGGUUAAUUGAAGGAAAUGAAUAUAGAUUCCGCAUUAAAGCUGCUAAUAUUGUAGGAGAGGGAGAACCCAGAGAAUUGCCAGAAACAGUUCUUGCCAAAGACAUUCUCAUGCCUCCAGAGGUAGAACUGGAUGUGACCUGCCGAGAUGUAAUUACUGUCAGAGUAGGCCAAACAAUAAGGAUUAUAGGCAAAGUGAGGGGCAGGCCAGAUCCUGACAUAACAUGGUCUAGAGAUGGCAAAAAUAUAACGAAAGAUAAGCGUACUGACAUAAUUCAUGAAUUCCCUCAUAUAGAGCUGCAAAUGAAACCUGCUGUAAGAGCAGACCAUGGAAAAUACCUAAUUACAGCUAAGAACAGCAGCGGACAUGCCCAAGCAUCAGCUAUUGUUAAUGUGCUUGAUAGGCCAGGACCUUGCCAGAACCUGAAAGUAACCUAUGUCACCAAAGAUUCUUGCAUGGUCUCUUGGGAGAAUCCUGAAGAUAACGGUGGCUCAGAAAUUACAAACUAUAUAGUAGAGUAUCGUCAACCAAACCAGAGAGGCUGGUCAAUAGUUUCUUCUGAUCUUACUAAGAGGAUAGUGAAAGCACAUCUCGUUGAAAAUCACGAAUACUUCUUCCGUGUUUGUGCAGAAAACAAAGUAGGUCCAGGUCCAGUUGUCGAGACCAAAACUCCAAUUCUUGCUAUUAACCCUAUUGACAGGCCAGGUGAGCCUGAAAACCUUCACAUUGCAGAAACAGGAAAGACAUUUGUAUAUCUGAAAUGGAGGAGACCAGACUACGAUGGUGGCAGCCCCAACUUAACAUACCAUGUUGAAAGAAAACUGAAGGAUUCUGAUGAGUGGGAAAGAGUGCACAAAGGUAGCAUUAAGGAAACACACUAUAUGGUUGACAAAUGCGUUGAAAAUAAAAUUUAUCAGUUCAGAGUUCAGACAAAGAAUGAAGGUGGUGAAAGUGACUGGGUGAAGACAAGUGAAGUUGUUGUUAAAGAAGAAAUUCAGAAACCUGUACUUGAUCUGAAGCUGUCUGGAGUACUGACUGUGAAAGCUGGUGAACCAAUAAAAAUUGUAGCAGGACUAAGAGGCAAGCCCCAACCAGAAGUAUCUUGGGCAAAGGAUUCUGCCGAUCUAGCCCAAUCUCCAAGGGCCAAAAUUGAAACAACUUCAGACUCAUCUAAGUUCCUUCUCUCCAAAGCAAGGCGCACAGAUGGCGGUAAAUACGUUAUUACUGCCACUAAUCCAGCUGGUAGCUUUGUAGCAUAUGCUACUGUAAAUGUUUUGGACAAACCAGGACCUGUCAGAAAUUUGAAGGUGGCUGAUGUUUCAACUGACCGAUGCACAGUCAGCUGGGAUGUACCUGAAGAUGAUGGUGGUUGUGAAAUACAGAACUACAUUGUAGAGAAAUGUGAAAGCAGACGAAUGGUUUGGACUACGUAUUCCUCCUCUGUGCUAAUGACCCAUAUACAUGUAACACAUCUCAUUGAAGGCAAUGAAUAUAUAUUCAGGGUCCGUGCAGAGAAUAAAAUGGGCACUGGUCCCCCAACAGAGACUAAGCCAAUUAUAGCAAAAACUAAGUAUAAUAGACCUGGUCGUCCAGAUCCUCCAGAAGUCACAAAGGUCAGCAAAGAAGAGAUGACCGUGGUUUGGAAUCCACCAGAAUAUGAUGGUGGUAAAUCAAUCACAGGAUAUAUAUUAGAGAAGAAAGAGAAAAGGUCAUUAAGGUGGGUUCCUGUUACCAAAAGUGCAAUUCCAGAGAGACGCAAGAAAGUUACAAAUCUCAUUCCAGGAUAUGAAUAUCAGUUCCGUGUCAGGGCAGAAAAUGAAAUUGGAAUUGGUGAACCAAGCUACCCAUCAAAACCAACAAUAGCGAAGGAUCCAAUAGAACCACCUGGUCCUCCCAUUAAUCUUAAGGUUGUUGAUAGCACGAAGACCUCUAUUACUCUUGGAUGGGGAAAGCCAGUCUAUGAUGGCGGUGCUCCUAUUAUUGGCUAUGUGGUAGAAAUGAGACCCAAAACUGAAAAAGCAGGUCCUGAUGAAGGAUGGAAAAGAUGCAAUGUUGCUACACAAGUUAUUCAUACAGAAUUUACAGUGACAAGCUUGGAGGAGAAAGAACUAUAUGAGUUCCGGGUUUCUGCCCAAAAUCAAGUAGGCAUUGGCCGGCCAGCUGAUUUGAAAGAAGCUGUUUCUCCCAAAGAAAUUCUUGAACCUCCUGAAAUUGAUUUGGAUGCAAGCCUGAGAAAGUUAGUCAUAGUCAGAGCAGGAUGCCCCAUAAGACUUUUUGCCAUUAUUCGAGGGCGACCAGCACCUAAAGUUACCUGGAGGAAGGUGGGAAUUGACAAUGUGAUCAGAAGGGGCCAGGUUGACCUGGUUGACACAAUGGCCUUCUGCGUCAUCCCUGAUUCUACACGGGAUGAUUCAGGCAAAUACACCUUGACAGUUGUUAACCCUGCUGGAGAAAAGGCAGUCUUUGUGAAUGUCCGCGUCCUUGAUACUCCUGGACCUGUAGCGGAGCUUAGUGUCAAGGAUGUCACAAAAACAUCCUGUCAGGUUUCAUGGACUCCACCUGAAAAUGACGGUGGUAGUCCUGUCACACAUUACAUCGUGGAAAAACGUGAGGCUGAGAGAAAGACCUGGGCAAAACUUACCGAUGAUGUAAAGAAGACUAGUUUCAAGGUUUCUAAUCUUAUGCCAGGAACUGAGUAUUUCUUCAGAGUCAUUGCUGUCAAUGAAUAUGGCCCUGGUGUUCCAAGGGACACGCCCAAACCAAUCUUGGCAUCAGAUCCGCUAAGUGAACCUGAUCCUCCACGGAAACUUGAAGUGACUGAAAUCACAAAGAACAGUGCUACUUUAGGGUGGCUGCCUCCGUUGCGUGACGGUGGUUCCAAAAUUGAUGGCUACAUCAUUGCAUAUCAAGAAGAGGGUCACGCUGAGGAUCACUGGACACAGUACUCCGUUGUCAAAGAUCUUCAUAUUGUUGUUGCUGGCCUAAAGGAAGGAAAGAAAUACAAAUUUAGAGUGGCUGCAAGAAAUGCUGUAGGAGUAAGCCAGCCAAAACAAACCGAAGGCAUCUAUGAAGUUAAAGAGCAACUGAUGCCGCCUAAGAUUCUGAUGCCAGAUCAUGUCAAUAUAAAGGCUGGGCAGAAACUCAGGAUUGAAGCACAUGUUUAUGGGAAACCCCACCCGACUUGUAAAUGGAUGAAAGGAGACAAAGAUGUGGCAAUAUCCAGCCGCCUGGCUGUGCAUAAAGCAGACAGCACUUCAGUUCUCAUCAUUAAAGAUGUUAUUAGGAAAGACAGUGAUUAUUACAGUCUAACAGCUGAAAACAGCUCGGGAGUAGCUACUCAGAAAAUCAAAGUGGUCGUCAUGGAUAUCCCUGGUCCCCCACAGCCACCAUUCGAAAUUUCUGACAUAGAUGCUGAUGCUUGCUCUUUGUCAUGGCAUACUCCUCUUGAAGAUGGUGGUAGCAACAUCACCAACUACGUGGUUGAGAAGUGUGAUACCAGUCGAGGAGACUGGAUAACAGUGGUAGCUUCUGUUACAAAGACAAAUUGCAGAGUUGGAAAACUCACCCCUGGAGAAGAAUACAUGUUCCGUGUUCGUGCUGAAAACCGAUUUGGAAUUUCUGAACCGCUUCCGUCCGAUAAGAUGAUUGCAAGGUUUCCAUUUGAUGUUCCUAGUGAACCAAAGAACGCACGUGUUACCAAAGUGAACAAGGACUGCGUUUUUGUGGCAUGGGACAGGCCAGACAGCGAUGGAGGCAGCCCAAUAACUGGUUAUCUCAUUGAACGUAAAGAAAGGAACAGUUUGCUUUGGGUGAAGGCCAAUGAUACACUUGUGCGAUCCACAGAAUACCCAUGUGCAAAUUUAAUUGAAGGCCUUGAGUACACAUUUAGAAUCUAUGCUCUGAAUAAAGCUGGUGCAAGCAAGCCUAGCAAACCGACAGAUUUUAUUACAGCAAGAACACCAGUUGAUCCCCCUGGCAAACCCGAGGUUAUUGAUGUCACUAAGAGUACUGUGUCUCUUGUCUGGGCAAGACCAAAACAUGAUGGUGGUAGCAAGAUACUUGGCUACUUUGUUGAAUCCUGUAAACUGCCUGGAGAAAGAUGGGUACGAUGCAAUACCACUCCCCAUCAAAUACCCCUGGAAGAGUACACUGCAACUGGCUUGGAAGAAGGUGCACAGUAUCAAUUUAGAGCCAUAGCAAAAACAGCAGUGAACAUUAGCUGGCCUUCUGAACCUUCUGAUCCAAUAACCGUUCAGUCAGAAAAUGUACCACCAAAAAUAGAACUCGGUGUAGCUAUGAAAUCCUUGCUUGUAGUAAAAGCUGGAACCAAUGUUUGUCUUGAGGCUAAUGUGUUCGGCAAGCCUAUGCCAACUAUUAGUUGGAAGAAAGAAGGGGAGAUCCUGAAACCAGUUGAAGGAGUCAAGAUAACCACCAAGAGAAAUUUAUCUACUGUAGACCUCUUCAGCGUAAAUAGAAAGCAAACAGGAGAUUAUACUAUCACAGCUGAAAAUGCAAGUGGUUCCAAAUCAGCAACUAUUAAACUUAAAGUACUAGACAAGCCUGGUCCUCCAGCUUCAGUUAAGAUUGUAAACAUGUACACAGACCGAGCAAUGCUUUCUUGGGAACCUCCUCUUGAAGAUGGGGGCUCAGACAUUACUAAUUACAUUGUCGACAAACGGGAAACAAGCAGACCCAACUGGGCUCAAGUCACCGCCAAUGUCCCCAUCACUAGCUGCAGCGUUGAGAAACUAAUUGAAGGACAUGAGUACCAAUUCCGUAUUUGCGCUGAAAACAAAUAUGGAGUAGGUGACCCAAUUUUGACUGACUCAGCAGUGGCUAAGAAUCCAUAUGAUGUGCCUGGACCAUGUGAACCACCUAUAAUUAGUAACAUAACAAAAGAUUUCAUGUCGGUAAGCUGGAAAGCACCUGCUGAUGAUGGCGGCUCCCCUGUAACUGGAUAUAUUGUUGAAAAACGUGAAACGAGGGCAGUUAACUGGACAAAAGUGAAUAGAAAGCCCGUCAUUGAAAGAACCAUAAAGGCCACUGGACUCCAGGAAGGAACAGAAUAUGAGUAUAGGGUAACUGCACUGAAUAAAGCUGGACCCGGCAAACCUAGUGGAGUAUCUAAAGCAGUAUAUGCACGUGAUCCUCAGUAUCCUCCUGGCCCACCAGCGUUCCCAAAAGUGAUUGACACCACCCGUAGCUCUAUAACCCUGUCUUGGACCAAGCCAGCAUAUGAUGGUGGAAGCCCCAUUAUUGGCUACCUUGUUGAAGUAAAACGAGCAGAUACAGAUAACUGGGUCCGGUGCAAUUUGCCAAGGAAUUUGCCAGAUACCCGUUACGUUGUGACUGGACUCACGGAGAACACAGAAUACCAGUUCCGUAUUUAUGCUGUCAAUAAGAUUGGAUAUAGUGACCCAAGCGAUGUGCCAGACAAGCACCUUGCCAAGGACAUUUUAAUUCCACCUGAGGGAGAGCUUGAUGCUGAAUUGAGGAAAGUUCUGGUAUUACGUGCUGGAGUCACAAUGAGGAUUUAUGUGCCAGUGAGAGGCCGUCCACCUCCCAAGAUUUCUUGGUCUAAAGUGGAUGCCAACAUAAGAGACAGGCAAGGACUAGAUAUCAAAUCAACUGACUUUGACACUUUCCUGCGCUGUGAAAAUGUAAACAAAUAUGAUUCUGGAAAAUAUGUCCUGAGUCUGGAGAACGUCUGUGGCAAAAAAGCAUACACAAUGGUUGUAAAAGUACUUGAUACUCCUGGGCCACCUAUUAAUCUGAUUGUAAAAGAAGCAUCUAAAGAUUCUGCCUUUAUUUCAUGGGAACCUCCUAUAAUUGAUGGCGGGAGUCCAGUGAAGAACUAUGUGGUUGAAAAACGUGAUGCAGAGAGAAAGUCGUGGUCUACAGUAGCCACAGAGUGUCCGAAAACAAGCUUCAGGAUCUCUAACUUGGAGGAAGGCAAAUCUUACUUCUUCAGGGUUUUUGCUGAAAAUGAAUAUGGCAUUGGUGACCCCUGUGAAACUCGGGAUGCGGUUAAGGCUUCCGAAACACCUGGACCUGUUGUGGACUUAAAGGCUUUGGCUGUGACAAAGUCAUCCUGCAAUGUAUCGUGGAAAAAGCCCAUUAGCGAUGGUGGAAGCCGCAUUAAUGCAUAUAUCGUUGAACUUAUGACUGGUGAAAAUCAGUGGCAGGAAGUUAUGAGGUCAAAGAACCUCCAGUAUUCAACAAGAGACUUAACAGAAGGCAAAGAAUAUACCUUCAGAGUGAGAGCACAAAAUGAAGCUGGGUAUGGAACACCUAAUGAAAUUACAGUGCUGGCAAGGGACGAUAUAGUGGCACCUGAUCUUGAUUUAAAAGACCUGCCAGGCUUGUGCUAUUUAGCUAGAGAAGGAAGCAGUUUCCGCCUGAAAAUCCCUAUUAAAGGCAAACCAGCACCAACGGUGACAUGGAAAAAAGGGGAAGACCUGGCUCUUACUGAGUCAGGAAGAGUUGCAUUUGAAGCUACAGCAGUUAACACCUCACUUCUUGUACGUGAUUGUCAUAAAGAUGAUGCUGGGAAAUAUACAAUCAAACUGAAGAACAUUGCUGGCAGUAAAGAAGCGACUAUUUCUGUGAAGGUUGUUGGCAAACCUGGAAUCCCAACAGGACCUGUGAAAUUUGAUGAAGUCACAGCUGAUGCCAUGACAUUAAAAUGGGCUCCUCCCAAAGAUGAUGGUGGUUCAGAAAUCACUAACUACAUUAUUGAGAAGAGAGACAAUGUGAAUAAUAAAUGGGUCACAUGUGUGUCUGCUGUGCAGAAAACUACCUUCAGAGUCACAAGACUUCAUGAAGGCAGUGAAUAUACUUUCAGAAUCAGUGCUGAAAAUAAAUAUGGAGUCGGCGAAGGUCUUAAAUCUGACCCAAUAAUCGCAAGGCAUCCAUUUGAUGUUCCUGAUGCUCCACCACCACCCAAAAUUGUUGAGAUUAGGCGUGAUUCUGCCUAUUUAACAUGGACAGACCCCAAAAAGACAGGUGGCUCACCUAUCACAGGUUACCACCUUGAAUAUAAAGAAAGAAAUAGUAUUUUGUGGAAGCGAGCAAACAAGACCCCACUAAAGAUGAGAGACUUCAGAGUGACAGGGUUAACGGAAGGUUUGGAAUAUGAAUUCAGAGUGAUGGCAAUUAAUCUUGCUGGAGUUGGUAAACCAAGUCUGCCUUCUGAGCCAAUUGUAGCCCUUGAUCCAAUUGAUCCUCCUGGGAAGCCUGAAGUUAUCAGUGUGACUAGAAACUCAGUGACUCUGAUCUGGACAGAACCAAAAUAUGAUGGCGGACAUAAAUUAAUUGGCUACAUAGUGGAGAAACGUGAUCUACCUUCAAAGACUUGGAUGAAGGCAAACCAUGUGAAUGUUCAGGAAUGUGCAUAUACAGUAACUGACCUGUUUGAAGGAUCUAAAUAUGAAUUCAGAAUUAGAGCUAAGAAUACCGCUGGUGCUAUUAGUCCUCCAUCAGAAUCUACUGGAGCCAUUAUAUGCAAGGAUGAGUAUGAGGCACCAACUAUUGUUAUUGAUCCUACUAUCAAAGAAGGCCUGACUGUUAAGGCAGGAGACACCAUCUCAAUGUCUGCUAUUAGCAUCCGUGGCAAGCCACUUCCAACUUCAGUGUGGUCUAAAGGAGGCAAAGAUUUCAAGCUUUCAGAGACCGUUCAUAUUGAAUCAACUCCAACUUCUUCCACGCUUUCUGUCAAGUAUGCCGCUAGAAAAGAUUCUGGUGAAUAUACGAUCACUGCAACCAAUCCUUUUGGUACUAAAGAAGAACACGUACAUGUAAAAGUUUUAGAUGUACCAGGCCCACCUGGACCAGUUGAAGUGAGCAAUGUUUCAGCUGAAAAGGCUACUCUCACAUGGACACCCCCAACAGAAGAUGGCGGGUCACCAAUCAAGUCUUAUGUACUUGAAAAGAGAGAAACUAGCCGCCUUCUAUGGACUCAAGUUGCUGAAGACAUUCAGUCUUGUAGGCAUGUUGUGACUAAGCUUAUUCAAGGAAAUGAGUACCUUUUCCGUGUUUCUGCUGUGAAUCAGUAUGGCAAAGGAGAACCAUCUCAAUCAGAGCCAGUUAAAAUGGUGGAUAGAUUUGGGCCUCCUGGUCCACCUGGUAAACCAGAAGUAUCAAAUAUUACGAAAAACACUGUUACUGUAACCUGGAAAAGGCCAACUGAUGACGGUGGCAGCGAAAUCACAGGCUACCAUGUGGAAAGAAGAGAAAGAAAAGGCGUGAGAUGGGUCAGAGUUACAAAGAAACCAGUAUCAGACCUUCGAUGCAAAGUGACUGGACUCCUAGAAGGAAAUGAAUAUGAAUUCCGUGUCAGUGCAGAAAACAGGGCAGGAAUUGGGCCACCAAGUGAUAUUUCUCAACCAGUAUUAACCAAGGAUGCUGCAUAUCCACCGGGACCUCCUUCCAACCCACGAGUAACUGAUACAACAAAGACAACUGCUAGCCUAGCAUGGGGUAAACCUCACUAUGAUGGCGGACUUGAUAUAAUCGGCUAUAUUGUGGAGCACCAAAAAGAAGGAGAAGACACAUGGGUGAAAGAUACCACGGGGACUGCUCUAAGAAUCACAGAAUUUGUGGUUGCUAAUCUCCAGCCAGGAGCCAAAUACAAUUUUAGAAUUAUUGCCCUCAAUGCUGCUGGCGCUGGUGAACCAGCAACGAUAAAAGAUGUUGAAAUCAGGGAACGUGAAGUAGCUCCUGAUUUUGAAUUAGACGCCGAGCUGAGGAAAACUCUUGUUGUUAGAGCUGGACUGACCAUUCGGGUAUUUGUUCCAAUUAAAGGGCGCCCAGUUCCUGAAAUCACAUGGACCAAGGAUGAUAUUUCACUUAAAGGACGUGCCAGUAUUGAAAAUACAGACUCUUUCACACUUCUCAUUGUCACAGAAUGCAAUAGAUAUGAUGCAGGAAAGUAUGUCAUGACCCUUGAAAAUGCUGCUGGCAAGAAGACUGGUUUUGUAAAUGUAAAAGUCUUGGAUACACCAGGGCCACCAAUAAAUCUCAAGCCCAGAGACAUAUCUAAAGAUACCAUCACCCUACAAUGGGAUAUGCCUCUAAUUGAUGGUGGUUCACGCAUAACAAAUUAUAUAGUUGAAAAACGUGAGUCAACACGAAAGGCAUAUUCAACCAUCACAACAAAGUGCCCAAAAUGUUCACUUAGGAUUCCUAAUUUGGCUGAAGGGUGUGAAUAUUACUUCAGAGUAUUUGCUGAAAACGAAUUUGGAAUUGGUGAACCUGCCGAAACUGCUGAACCUGUAAGAGCGUCAGAGGCACCAUCACCACCAGAGAGCCUUAAUAUCAUGGAUAUCACAAGGAAGACAGUCAGCCUUGCUUGGCCAAAGCCCGAACAUGAUGGUGGUAGCAAGAUUACUGGCUAUGUUAUUGAAGCCCAGAAAAAAGGUUCAACUCAGUGGACACAUAUCACAACUGUGAAAACAUUAGAAUGUGUGGUAAAGAAUCUGACUGAAAAUGAAGAAUAUACUUUCCAGGUUAUGGCAGUUAAUAGUGCUGGAAGAAGUGAUCCAAGAGAAAGCAGACCAGUUGUCGUUAAAGAGCAAAUGAUGCUUCCAGAAUUUGAUUUGCGUGGCAUUUACCAGAAAACAGUAAUUGCCAGAGCUGGUGACAAUAUCAAAGUUGAAAUACCUGUGCUUGGUCGCCCAAGGCCAACUAUUACUUGGAAAAAAGAAGACCAGUUAAUUAAACAAACUCAAAGAGUAAACUUUGAACAUACUGCUUCUGCAGCCAUCUUGACCAUUAAUGAAUGCACUAGAAACGAUAGCGGCAGAUACCCAAUCUCAGCUAAAAAUAUUGUUGGUGAAGUUAGCGAUGUUAUAACUAUACAGGUGCAUGAUGUUCCUGGACCUCCCACAGGGCCAAUCAAAUUUGAAGAAGUUUCAUCCGACUAUGUCACCUUCUCAUGGGAACCUCCACUGAAUGAUGGAGGGGUACCAAUAAGUAACUAUGUUGUAGAAAUGCGUAAAACCGACAGUACUGCAUGGGCUGAGUUAGCAACUACUGUUAUACGUACUACUUUUAAAGCUGCUCGCCUCACUACUGGGACAGAGUACCAAUUCCGUGUUAAAGCUCAGAACAGAUAUGGUUCAGGACCAUCUAUCAGUUCAGAGAAUGUAAUUGCUAACUAUCCUUUUAAAGUUCCUGGUCCUCCAGGCACUCCUCAAGUGAUUGCAGUCACAAAAGAUGCAAUUAGCAUUAGCUGGCAUGAGCCUUUGACAGAUGGAGGAAGCCCCAUUUUGGGAUAUCACGUUGAGCAAAAAGAACGAAAUAGCAUUCUUUGGCAGACCGUAAGUAAAGCUUUGAUAUCAGUAAAUACCUUCAAAUCAAGUGGUCUUACAUCUGGCCUUGCCUAUGAAUUCCGAGUCAUAGCAGAAAAUAUGGCAGGCAAGAGUAAACCAAGCAAGCCAUCUGAGCCAGCAUUGGCCCUGGACCCUAUUGAUCCUCCUGGGAAGCCAGUUCCUCUCAAUAUUACAAGACAUGCAGUAGCACUUAAGUGGAAAAAACCUGAAUAUAAUGGAGGUUUUAAGAUAACUGGCUAUACUGUUGAAAAAAGAGAUCUUCCUAAUGGCCGAUGGCUAAAGGCUAACUUCGGCAAUAUACUAGAAACUGAGUUCACUGUUAGUGGUCUCACAGAAGAUGCUGCUUAUGAAUUCCGUGUGAUUGCUAGAAACGCGGCUGGUGCUGUUAGCCACCCAUCCGAACCAUCAGAUGCAAUAACGUGCAGAGAUGAGAUUGAAGCACCAAGGAUAAUGGUUGAUGCUAAAUACAAAGACACUUUGAUAUUAAAAGCAGGUGAAAUUUUCAAACUUGAAGCUGACGUUUCAGGUCGCCCUCCACCAACUCUGACAUGGACGAAAGAAGGAAAGGAGCUUGAAGACACAGCAAAAUUAGAAAUUAAAAUAGCUGAUUUCUCAACUGUUCUUCAUAAUAAGGACUCUAUAAGAAGAGAUGGAGGUGCCUACACACUUACAGCCUCCAAUCCAGGUGGCUUUGCAAAACAUAUUUUCAAUGUCAAAGUACUAGACAGACCUGGUCCUCCAGAAGGGCCUUUGGCUGUGUCUGAUGUUACCAUAGAAAAAUGUGUCCUGUCAUGGUUACCACCUUUGGAUGAUGGAGGCGCAAGUAUUGACCAUUAUGUUGUUGAGAAACGUGAGACUAGCAGAUUGGCAUGGACAACUGUAGCCACAGAAGUUCCAGUAACAAAAUUAAAGGUCACAAAGCUAUUGAAAGGCAAUGAAUAUAUCUUCCGUGUUAUGGCUGUUAACAAAUAUGGCCUUGGCGAAGCCCUGGAAUCAGAGCCUGUUCUUGCAGUAAAUCCUUAUGUAGUACCUGAUCCACCGAAGACACCUGAAGUUACAGCUGCAACCAAAGAUUCUAUGAUUGUGUGCUGGGGACACCCUGAUUCUGAUGGUGGAAGUCCUAUAAUCAAUUAUAUUGUAGAACGUCGUGACAGGGCUGGAUUACGCUGGGUGAAAUGUAACAAGCGGGUUGUCACAGAUUUGCGCUAUAAAGUAUCUGGACUCACAGAAGGUCAUGAAUAUGAAUACCGAGUGAAAGCUGAAAAUGCUGCUGGUGUAAGUGAACCAAGUCUAAGCAGUCCAUUCUACAAAGCUGCUGAUACUGUAUUUAAGCCAGGUCCACCAGGUAAUCCUCGUGUAUUAGACACAAGCAAGUCCUCAAUUACAAUUGCUUGGAAUAAGCCAAUAUAUGAUGGUGGCUCAGAAAUCACAGGCUACAUGGUUGAAACAGCAUUACCUGACGAAGAUGAGUGGAAAAUUGUAACUCCACCAGCAGGGCUGAAGGCAACUUCCUUUACCAUCACUAAUCUAAAAGAAAACCAGGAAUAUAAAAUCAGAAUAUAUGCUAUGAACUCUGAAGGCAUUGGAGAGCCUGCUCUUGUUCCUGGGACACCAAAAGCUGAAGAAAGGGUACUGCCUCCUGAGAUUGAACUUGAUGCAGACCUACGUAAAGUUGUGACUCUCAGAGCUUGCUGUACUUUAAGACUCUUCGUCCCAAUUAAAGGAAGACCAGCGCCUGAAGUGAAAUGGUCAAGAGAACAUGGAGAGUCUUUAGACAAAGCCGCUAUUGAAUCCACAAGCUCUUAUACACUACUUACAGUUGGAAAUGUGAAUAGAUUUGACAGUGGCAAAUAUAUACUGACUGUAGAAAACAGCUCAGGCAGUAAAUCAGCAUUUGUAAUUGUAAGGGUUCUUGAUACACCUGGCGCCCCACAGAAUCUGAAGAUAAAAGAGGUUACAAAGUCAUCUGUGACUCUCACGUGGGACCCUCCCCUCAUAGAUGGUGGCUCUAAAAUUAAAAAUUAUAUUAUUGAAAAACGUGAGGCAACAAGAAAAGCAUAUUCAACAGUUAUGGCCAAUUGCCAUAAGACCAGCUGGAAAGUGGACAAUCUACAGGAAGGUUGCAACUAUUAUUUCAGAGUUCUAGCUGAAAAUGAAUAUGGAAUAGGGCUUCCUGUUGAAACAUCAGACUCUAUUAAGGCAUCUGAAAGGCCUCUUCCUCCAGGAAAAAUAACUAUAUUAGAUGUGACACGAAAGAGUGUAUCUUUGUCUUGGGAAAAACCUGAACAUGAUGGAGGAAGCAGAAUUUUGGGCUACAUUGUAGAAAUGCAAAGCAAAGGCAGUGAGAAAUGGGCCACAUGCACUACUGUAAAAGUUACUGAAGCAGUUAUAACUGGACUGAUCCAGGGUGAAGAAUAUUCUUUCCGUGUUUCAGCUCAGAAUGAAAAAGGAAUCAGUGAUCCUCGACAAUUGAGUGUACCAGUUAUUGCGAAAGAUCUUGUGAUACCACCAGCCUUCAAACUGUUAUUCACUACCUUCAGUGUACUAGCAGGUGAAGACUUAAAGGUUGAUGUUCCAUUUGUUGGUCGACCCAAGCCGUCUGUAACAUGGCUCAAAGAUGAUGUGCCACUGAGACAAACUACUAGAGUAAACGAAGAAAAUACAGACAACAACACUUUGCUAACAAUAAAAGAAGCAUGUAGAGAAGAUGUUGGACAAUAUUUAGUAAAACUUUCUAACUCUGCUGGGGAAGCUACUGAAAUUCUUAACAUUGUUGUCCUUGACAAGCCAGGACCUCCAACUGGACCAGUGAAGAUUGAAGACGUAACUGCAGACAAUAUUACCAUUUCCUGGGGACCACCCAAAUAUGAUGGUGGCAGUUCUAUCAACAAUUAUAUUGUGGAAAAACGAGACACCUCCACUACUGCUUGGCAGAUUGUUUCAGCUACCGUUGCCCGAACAACUCUAAAAGCAGCUAGAUUAAAAACUGGAAGUGAAUAUCAAUUCAGAAUUGCUGCUGAAAACAGAUAUGGAAAGAGUACAUAUCUCACAUCAGAGUCUGUGGUAGCCCAGUAUCCAUACAAACUACCUGGGCCUCCUGGAACUCCUUUUGUACCAAAAGUCUCCAGGGAUAGUAUGGUUGUACACUGGAAUGAACCAGUCAAUGAUGGUGGCAGCAAGAUUAUUGGUUAUCAUUUGGAGCGCAAGGAAAGAAACAGCAUACUCUGGGUUAAAUUGAACAAAGCGGCAAUUCCUGACACUAACUUUAAAACAACUGGACUCGAGGAAGGCCUUGAAUAUGAAUUCAGAGUUUAUGCAGAAAAUAUAGUUGGUAUCGGAAAAGCAAGUAAAGGUUCAGAAUGCUACAAAGCUUAUGAUCCUUGUGAUCCUCCUGGUCGUCCAGAGCCUAUCAUUGUCACAAGGAACUCUGUUACUCUUCAGUGGAAGAAACCAGCAUAUGAUGGCGGAAGCAAGAUCACCGGCUACAUAGUUGAGAAGAAGGAGCUACCUGAAGGCCGCUGGAUGAAAGCAAGCUUUACGAAUGUUAUUGAGACCCAGUUUGCAGUAACUGGCCUAGUUGAAGACCAAAGGUAUGAGUUCCGUGUCAUUGCGCGCAACGCUGCAGGCGUUUUCAGUGAGCCAUCUGAAAGCUCGGGGGCAGUCACAGCAAGAGAUGAAGUAGAGCCACCUCGCAUAAGUAUGGACCCCAAAUUUAAAGAAACCCUUGUACUGCAUGCUGGCGAAUCGUUCAAGAUUGACGCAGACGUUCACGGUAAGCCGCUGCCUUCUAUUCAGUGGCUAAAAGGCGACAAGGAACUAGUGAAUACUGCACGCUUGGAUAUAAAAACCACAGACUUUGCCACAAGCCUAAGCGUCAAAGAAGCCAUUCGCGUUGACAGUGGGCAUUAUGUAUUGCUGGCCAAGAAUGCUGCAGGUGAAAAGACAGCUUCCGUUCAUGUUAAGGUUCUGGACAAACCUGGCCCACCUGAAGGUCCGGUUGUUGUAACAGGUGUUACUGCUGAAAAGUGUUACCUGGCAUGGAAACCCCCAUUGCAAGAUGGUGGUAGUGACAUUUCACAUUAUGUAAUUGAAAGAAGAGAAACAAGCCGCUUAGUCUGGACUUUAGUUGAUGGCAAUGUACAAACCCUUAGUUACAAAGUUACUAAACUUUUGGAAGGCAACGAAUAUAUCUUCCGCAUCAUGGCUGUAAACAAAUAUGGGGUUGGGGAGCCUCUUGAAUCUGAGCCUGUAAUGGCUAAAAAUCCAUUUGUAGUGCCACUUCCACCAAAAGCCCCAGAGGUCUCGGCUGUUACCAAGGAUUCUAUGAUUGUCGUAUGGGAAAGACCACCCUCUGAUGGCGGCAGUGAAAUUUUGGGUUAUGUACUAGAAAAACGUGAUAAAGAAGGCAUUCGGUGGACAAGAUGUAACAAGCGUUUGAUAAGUGAACUUCGAUACAGAGUUACUGGACUUAUAGAAAAUCAUAAUUAUGAAUACAGAGUCUCGGCUGAAAAUGCAGCUGGCCUCAGUGAGCCAAGCCUACCUUCUGUUUAUCAUAAGGCUUGUGACCCUAUAUACAAACCAGGUCCUCCCAACAAUCCUAAAGCAAUAGAUGUUACAAGAUCUUCGGUUUUCCUCUCCUGGAGUAAGCCAAUCUAUGAUGGUGGCUCAGAAAUCCAAGGAUACAUUGUUGAAAAAUGUGAUGUGAGUGUUGGGGACUGGGCAAUUUGUACACCACCAACUGGAAUUAAGAAAACAAAUAUGGAAGUAGAAAAAUUGCAGGAGAAGCAUGAAUAUAAAUUCCGCAUUUGUGCUGUUAACAAAGCAGGAGUAGGAGAGCAUGCCGAUGUUCCUGGAACUAUUGUGGUCGAAGAAAAGCUGGAAGCUCCAGACCUUGAUCUUGACUUGGAACUGAGGAAGGUUAUCAAUGUAAGAGCUGGUGGCUCCUUAAGAUUAUUUGUUCCAAUCAGAGGACGCCCAACACCCGAAGUAAAAUGGAGCAAGGUGGAUGGUGACAUCAGAGAGGCAGCUGUUAUUGACAGCACUAGCAGCUUCACCUCGCUGGUUCUCGACAACGUUAACAGAUUUGAUUCUGGAAAAUACACUCUUACUUUAGAAAACAGUGGUGGAACUAAGUCUGCCUUCGUCAGUGUAAGAGUCCUAGAUACCCCAGGCCCCCCAGUGAACCUGAAAAUUAAGGAAAUCACCAAAGACUCAGUGUCACUUGCCUGGGAACCUCCUUCGAUAGACGGUGGAGCUAAAAUUAAAAAUUAUAUAAUAGAAAAACGUGAAGCCACAAGGAAAGCCUAUGCUGCUGUUGUAACAAACUGCCACAAGACAUCGUGGAAAGUGGCUCAACUUCAGGAGGGCUGCUAUUAUUACUUCAGAGUUUGCGCAGAGAAUGAAUUUGGAAUUGGCCUGCCUGCAGAAACAAGUGACCCAGUUAAAGUUGCUGAAGUUCCUCAACCUCCAGGAAAGAUAACAGUGGACGAUGUGACAAGAAACAGCGUUUCAUUAAGCUGGGCUAAGCCUGAACAUGAUGGUGGAAGCAAAAUUUUGCAAUACAUAGUGGAAAUGCAAGUUAAGGGCAGUGAAAAAUGGUCAGAAUGUACGCGUGUGAAAGUUCUUGAAGCACUUGUUACUAACUUAUCUCAAGGACAAGAUUAUCUCUUCAGGGUAAUGGCUGUAAAUGAAAAGGGUAGGAGUGAUCCACGGUCCCUUGCUGUUCCAAUAACAGCCAAAGAUUUAGUUAUUGAACCAGAUGUACGACCAGCAUUCCACAGUUACAGUAUACAAGUGGGACAAGACCUAAAGGUGGAAAUACCAAUAUCUGGUCGACCUACACCUACUAUUACUUGGACCAAAGAUGGCAUGCCAUUAAAACAGACAACUAGAGUUAAUGUCAUCGAUUCACCUAAACUUACUGUGCUGAGUAUUAAAGAGGUCACUAAAGAAGACAGUGGGGCGUAUGAAAUUGCAGUUGCUAAUGUUGUUGGACAGAAAUCUGCAGCUGUUGAAAUUAUAACACUAGACAAGCCUGAUCCUCCAAAAGGCCCUGUUAAAUUUGAUGAAAUUAGUGCUGAAAGUAUUACAUUGUCAUGGAACCCUCCACUAUACACAGGUGGCUGCCAAAUCACUAACUACAUUGUUCAUAAGAGAGAUACAACCACCACCGUAUGGGAAACAGUUUCAGCUACCGUUGCAAGAACCACUCUCAAGGUGAUGAAGCUCAAAACUGGAUCAGAAUAUCAGUUUAGAAUAUUUGCUGAAAAUAGAUACGGGCAGAGCUUUGCCCUGGAGUCUGACACGGUUGUUGCUCAGUAUCCCUAUAAAGAACCAGGUCCUCCUGGCACACCUUUUGUGACAACAGUUACAAAGGACUCUAUGGUUGUGCAAUGGCAUGAACCAGUAAAUGAUGGUGGAAGUAAAAUUUUAGGUUAUCAUCUUGAAAGAAAAGAAAGAAACAGCAUUUUGUGGACAAAGGUAAACAAGACAGUUAUUCAAGACACACAUUACAAAACAUCUAACCUUGAAGAAGGCAUUGAGUAUGAAUUUAGAGUGGCUGCAGAAAAUAUUGUUGGUGUUGGCAAAGCAAGCAAAGCUUCUGAGUGUUACGUAGCGCGUGACCCUUGUGAUCCUCCAGGAUGCCCUGAAGCUAUUAUUGUUAAAAGAAGUUCAAUUACUCUGCAAUGGACAAAGCCAGAAUAUGAUGGUGGCAGCAAAAUUACAGGCUACGUAGUAGAGAAACGUGAUUUGCCUGAAGGUCGUUGGAUGAAAGCAAGCUUCACCAAUAUAACUGAAACUCAGUUUACCGUAACAGGCCUUACUGAAGACCAACGAUAUGAAUUUAGAGUCAUUGCAAGGAACGCCGCUGGAGCAGUAAGCAAGCCAUCUGAUAGUACAGGACCGAUAACAGCAAAAGAUGAAGUUGAGCUUCCAAGAAUAUCUAUGGAUCCCAAAUACAAAGAUGCAAUUGUUGUAAACGCUGGAGAAACAUUCAGACUUGAGGCUGAUGUCCAUGGGAAGCCAAUUCCCACUAUUCUGUGGCUGAAAGGAGAUAAAGUACUUGAAGAUACUGCCCGAUGUGAAGUAAGGAAUACAGACUUUAAGGCCUUGAUUACUGUUAAAGAUGCCAUACGUGUUGAUGGCGGGCAAUAUAUUUUGCAGGCCUCUAAUGUUGCAGGAACAAAAUCAGUACCAAUAACAGUAAAAGUACUGGACAGACCAGGACCUCCAGAGAGUAUUCAAGUUUCUGGAGUUACUGCUGACAAGUGUUCCUUAACAUGGGCGCAACCGAUCCAUGAUGGUGGCAGUGACAUUUCUCACUACAUAAUUGAGAAGAGAGAAACAAGUCGCCUUGCAUGGACAGUUGUUGCUUCAGAUGCUGUAGCCACAAUGCUGAAAGUAACAAAACUUCUGGAAGGAAAUGAGUAUAUCUUCCGCAUAAUGGCAGUUAAUAAAUAUGGAGUUGGGGAGCCUCUGGAGUCUGCACCAGUAUUAAUGAAAAAUCCAUUUGUUGUUCCUGGUCCACCAAAAUCCAUUGAAGUAACCAACGUUACAAAGGAUUCCAUGACCGUCUGCUGGCAUCGUCCAGAUAGUGAUGGUGGCAGUGAGAUAGUUAACUACAUUGUCGAAAAAAGGGACAGAGCUGGUAUCAGAUGGGUGAAAUGUAACAAACGCCGAAUUACAGACCUGCGAUUAAGAGUCACAGGAUUAGCAGAAGAUCAUGAGUAUGAAUUUAGAGUAUCCGCUGAAAAUGCUGCUGGAGUUGGUGAGCCAAGCCAAAUCACUCCCUUUUGGAAAGCAUGUGACCCUAUGUUCAAACCUGGCCCACCCACUAAUGCCCAUGCUGUGGAUACUACCAAGAAUUCAAUUACAGUAGCAUGGGGUAAGCCUAUUUAUGAUGGCGGCAGUGAAAUCCUGGGAUAUAUUGUAGAAAUCUGCAAAGCGGAUGAAGAAGAAUGGACAAUAGUUACCCCACAGACUGGUCUGAGAGUCAAUCGCUUUGAGAUCAAGAAACUCAUUGAACAUCAAGAAUACAAACUUAGAGUUUGUGCUCUUAACAAAAUUGGAGUAGGUGAAGCUGCAGCAGUUCCUGGCACAGUUAAACCAGAAGAUAAACUUGAGCCACCUGAACUUGACAUUGACUCAGAAUUAAGGAAGGGAAUUGUGGUUAGAGCUGGUGGAUCUGUCAGGAUAAACAUACCUUUCAAAGGACGCCCAACUCCUGAAAUCAUGUGGUCUCGAGAAGAAGGAGAAUUUACAGAUAAGGUUCAAAUUGAAAAGGGCCUGAAUUACACACAGUUAUCCAUUGAUUACUGUGAUAGAAAUGAUGCUGGAAAAUAUAUCCUUAAACUGGAGAACAGCAGUGGCUCUAAGUCUGCAUUUGUCACAGUUAAAGUACUUGACACACCGGGACCACCGCAAAAUUUAGUAGUCAAAGAAAUAAGGAAAAAUUAUGCUGUACUAACAUGGGAGCCUCCAGCUAAUGAUGGUGGGGCAAAGAUAAAGAACUAUGUAAUUGAUAAACGCGAAUCAACCAGAAAAGCAUAUGCAAAUGUCAGCGCAAAGUGCAGCAAAACAAGUUUUAGAGUUGAUAACCUUAUUGAAGGGGCAAUUUAUUAUUUCAGAGUAAUGGCUGAAAAUGAAUAUGGAAUUGGUGUUCCAGUUGAAACUGCAGAUGCCUCAAAAGCUUCAGAACCACCUUUGCCUCCUGGAAAAGUGACUCUCACUGAUGUGACUCAGAGAAGUGCAUCAUUUAUGUGGGAAAAGCCUGAACAUGAUGGAGGUAGCAGAAUUGUGGGGUACGUUGUUGAAAUGCAGCCAAAAGGAACUGAUAAAUGGAGUGUUGUUACUGAAACCAAAGUCUGUAAUGCAGUUGUGUCUGGUUUGAGUUCUGGACAUGAAUAUCAAUUCCGUGUCAUGGCAUACAAUGAAAAAGGCAAGAGUGACCCUAGACCACUGGCAGUUCCUGUGAUUGCCAAAGAUCUGACCAUUCAGCCAAAUAUCAAACUAAUGUUCAAUACAUACACUGUCCAAGCUGGAGAAGACCUUAAAGUAGAAAUACCCUUUAUAGCUCGACCAAAGCCUACUAUCACUUGGGAAAAAGAUGGUCAGCCUCUAAGACAGACAACCAGGUUACAUGUUGAAGAUACACCUACAUCAACUACUUUGUAUAUUAAAGAAAGCAGCAAGGAUGAUUUCGGUAAAUAUACUGUGACAGUAACCAACACUGCAGGCACAGCAGCAGAACAUCUUAAUAUCAUUGUGCUAGAGAAGCCUGGCCCACCACAAGGACCUGUCCGCUUUGAUGAAGUUAGCUCGAAUUUUGUUGUUCUGUCAUGGGAACCACCAGCAUACACAGGUGGCUGUCAAAUAUCCAAUUACAUUGUAGAGAAGCGUGACACUACUACCACUACCUGGCAGAUGGUCUCAGCGACUGUUGCAAGAACAACUAUUAAAGUAACAAACCUUAAAACGGGUAGUGAAUACCAGUUUAGAAUUAGUGCUGAAAACCGAUACGGAAAGAGCACCGCACUGGAUUCUAAGCCGGUUCUUGUUCAAUAUCCCUACAAAGAACCAGGUCCACCAGGAACACCAUUUGUCAGCAUCGCUACCAAAGAUCAUAUGAUAGUACAAUGGAAUGAACCAGUUAAUGAUGGAGGAAGCAAAGUUCUUGGUUAUCAUCUAGAACGUAAAGAUAAAAACAGCAUUCUUUGGACAAAAUUGAAUAAGGCCCUCAUUCAGGACACAAAAUUUAAAUCAGAUGGCCUUGAGGAAGGUCUUGAAUAUGAGUUCAGAGUUGCCGCUGAAAAUAUUGUUGGCAUAGGUAAGGUUAGCAAAUCAUCUGAACUGUAUGUUGCUCGAGAUGCUUGUGAUCCACCUGGCCGUCCAGAUGCCAUUGUUAUUACAAGAAAUUAUAUAACACUAAAAUGGAAAAAACCUGAAUAUGAUGGUGGCAGCAGAAUAACUGGAUAUGUUGUGGAAAAGAGAGAACUUCCUGAAGGUCGUUGGAUGAAAGCCAGUUUUACAAAUGUAACAGAAACAGAGUUCACAGUAACUGGUCUUGUGGAAGACCAACGAUAUGAAUUCAGAGUAAUUGCAAGAAAUGCAGCUGGUAGCAUAAGUGAACCAUCUGAAAGCACAGGACCAAUUAUUGCCAGAGAUGAAAUUGAAGCUCCAAGAGCUUCACUGGAUCCAAAAUACAAAGAUGUCAUUGUUGUUCAUGCUGGAGAAACAUUUGCUCUUGAGGCUGACAUCCAUGGCAAACCCAUUCCUGAUAUUAUAUGGUCGAAAGAUGGAAAAGAAUUUGAAGGAGCAACUGCAAGAAUGGAAAUUAAGUCUACCAUUGAGAGAACAACCCUCACAGUCAAAGAUUGCAUCAGAGUGGAUGGAGGCAUUUAUACACUUAAACUGAGCAAUGUUGGUGGCACAAAGUCUAUACCAAUCACUGUAAAAGUACUUGACAGACCUGGACCUCCAGAAGGUCCUUUGAAAGUUACAGGUGUGACUGCAGAAAAGUGUUAUCUGGCAUGGGGACCACCUUUACACGAUGGUGGCUCUAACAUUUCACAUUAUAUUAUAGAAAAGAGAGAGACAAGUCGACUUUCAUGGACACAAGUGGCAUCUGAUGUGCAAGCUCUGAACCACAAAGUAACCAGGCUUCUUCCAAACAAUGAGUACAUUUUCCGUGUAAUGGCUGUCAACAAAUAUGGAAUUGGUGAACCACUGGAAUCCGAGCCUGUGUUGGCAUGUAAUCCAUACAAACCUCCAGGCCCUCCUUCAAUACCUGAAGUUUCUGCAAUCACAAAAGAUUCUAUGAUUGUAACCUGGGGUCGUCCAGAGGAUAAUGGUGGUGCUGAAAUUGAAGGGUACAUCCUAGAAAAGCGAGACAAAGAUGGUAUUCGGUGGACCAAGUGCAAUAAGAAGAGACUAACAGACUUAAGACUCAGAGUAACUGGACUUACAGAUGGCCAUUUCUAUGAAUUUAGGGUUUCUGCUGAAAAUGCUGCUGGUGUUGGUGAACCUAGUGAACCAUCAGUUUUCUAUCGAGCCUGUGAUGCAGUGUAUCCACCAGGCCCUCCAAGCAAUCCAAAGGUGACAGAUACCUCCAGAUCAUCUGUGUCCCUUGCAUGGAACAAGCCCAUUUACGAUGGUGGUGCACCUGUUAAAGGAUACAUUGUGGAAUUUAAAGAAGCUACUGCUGAUGAAUGGACAACUUGCACACCUCCAUCAGGUUUACAAGGAAAGCAAUUCACAGUAGAAAAACUUAAAGAGAAUAGUGAGUAUAAUUUCCGCAUCUGUGCUAUGAACUCUGAAGGAGUUGGAGAACCAGCAACUAUACCUGGUAGUGUUGUUGCUGCUGAAAAAAUUGAACCUCCUGAAAUUGAACUUGAUGCAGAUCUCAGAAAAGUUGUCACCGUACGUGCUAGUGGCACAUUGCGAUUGUUUGUCACUAUCAAAGGGAGGCCAGAGCCAGAAGUAAAGUGGGAGAAAGCAGAAGGCACUCUGAGCGACAGAGCCCAGAUUGAGGCUACCAGUUCAUAUACAAUGUUGGUCAUUGAUAAUGUAAACAGAUUUGACAGUGGUAGAUAUAACCUGACCUUAGAAAACAAUAGUGGUAAAAAAUCUGCUUUUGUUAACGUGAGAGUGCUUGAUACACCAAGUGCACCUGUGAACUUGAACAUCAGAGAAGUGAAGAAAGAUUCAGUGACAUUAGCUUGGGAGCCCCCACUUAUUGAUGGUGGUGCUAAAAUUACAAAUUACAUCAUUGAAAAACGAGAAACCACAAGAAAGGCAUAUGCCACUAUUACAAAUAACUGUGCCAAGAAUGUCUUCAGAAUUGAUCAGCUACAGGAAGGAUGUAGUUACUACUUCCGUGUCUUGGCGGCAAAUGAAUAUGGAGUUGGUUUGCCAGCAGAAACAACUGAACCAGUUAAGGCUUCUGAACCACCCUAUCCACCUGGAAAAGUUACCCUUGUUGAUGUUACACGCCACACUGCUACUAUUAAAUGGGAGAAACCUGAGAGUGAUGGUGGCAGUAAAAUAACUGGCUAUGUAGUAGAAAUGCAAACUAAAGGAAGUGAAAAAUGGAGCACCUGCACACAAGUUAAAACAUUAGAAGCAACAGUAUCAGGAUUAAGUAUGGGAGAAGAAUACACUUUCCGAGUAUGUGCUGUCAACGAAAAAGGGAAGAGUGAUCCAAGACAGCUUGGGGUUCCAGUAGUUGCGAAGGAUAUUGAAAUCCAGCCUUCAGUUGAGCUCCUUUUCAAUACUUUCAGUGUUAAAGCUGGUGAAGAUCUUAAGAUUGAUGUGCCCAUCAGAGGAAGGCCAGUUCCAUCAGUUAGCUGGAAGAAAGAUGGACUGCCUUUAAGAGAGACAACAAGGGUAAAUGUCCACACAUCAAAGACAUCAACCUCACUAACAAUCAAGGAAGCAUUGAAAGAAGAUGUAGGGAGUUAUGAAUUAAAUGUUUCAAACAGUGCUGGCUCUACAACAGCUUCCAUUACUGUAAUUGUACUGGACAAGCCAGGACCUCCAACAGCAUUGCAUAUUGACAAUGUCAGCAAUGAUAAUGUAACCAUAUCUUGGAAACCCCCAGAGUAUGAUGGUGGGUGUCAAAUUAAUAAUUAUAUUGUGGAGAAGAGAGAAACAACUACUACAACAUGGAGUAUAGUGUCUGCGGCAGUUGCACGAACUUCAAUAAAAAUAAUUCGCUUAACCACAGGAUCAGAAUAUCAAUUCCGUGUUUCUGCAGAAAAUCGCUAUGGCAGGAGCACUUUCGUUGAAACUGCACCUGUUGUUGCAGAGUAUCCAUUUAGUCUUCCUGGACCACCUGGUACUCCCCGAGUAACACACGCAACUAAAGCCUUCAUGGUUGUAACCUGGCAAGAGCCAGUUAAUGACGGAGGUAGCAGAGUACUUGGUUAUCACCUUGAGCGUAAAGAAAGAAGCAGCAUCCUUUGGACUAAAGUAAAUAAAACCCUUAUAAGUGACACACAGAUGAAGGUCACAGGCCUUGAUGAAGGACUAAUGUAUGAAUAUCGUGUGUAUGCAGAAAACAUUGUAGGAAUAGGUAAAUGUAGCAAAUCAUGUGAGCCUGUUGCUGCAAGGGACCCAUGUGAUCCUCCUGGCCAACCAGAAGUGACUAACAUUACAAGAACAUGUGUCUCACUCAAAUGGACCAAACCAGAAUAUGAUGGUGGUGCUAAGAUCACAGGCUAUAUUAUAGAGCGGAAAGAGUUACCAGAUGGUCGUUGGCUGAAGUGCAACUUCACCAAUGUGCAAGAAACUUUCUUUGAUGUAACAGGACUUACUGAAGACCAGCGAUACGAAUUCCAUGUAAUUGCAAGGAAUGCUGCUGGACUAUUUAGUGAACCAUCUGAAUCAACUGGGCCAGUGACUGUAAAGGAUGAUGUUGAGGCUCCAAGAAUUAUGAUGGAUGUCAAAUUCAGGGAUGUUGUUGUUGUUAAAGCUGGAGAGAUCUUGAAAAUCAAUGCCGAUAUUGCAGGGCGACCCUUACCAGUAGUUUCAUGGACAAAGGAUGGCAAAGACAUUGAAGAGAAAGCAAGAGUUGAAAUUGUUUCAACUGAUAGCACUACUGCAAUAACUGUCAAAGACUGCAUUCGACGUGAUUCAGGGCAAUAUGUGCUAACAUUACAAAAUGUUGCUGGAGUUAGAUCAUUGGCUGUCAAUUGCAAAGUACUUGAUAGACCUGGUCCACCAGCAGCCCCACUAGAAAUCAAAGGACUUACUGCUGAAAAAUGUCAUCUGUCAUGGGGACCGCCUCAAGAAAAUGGAGGUGCAGAGAUUGACUAUUAUAUUGUGGAAAAGCGUGAGACCAGUAGAAUUGCAUGGACUCUUUGUGAAGCAGAGCAUCCAACAACAUCCUGCAAAGUGACAAAACUACUUAGAGGAAAUGAAUACAUCUUCAGAGUGAUGGGGGUUAACAAGUAUGGUGUUGGCGAACCUUUGGAAAGUGAAGCUGUCAAGGCCCUUGAUCCAUUUACUGUUCCAAGCCCACCUACAUCUUUAGAGAUUACUAGUGUGACAAAGGAGUCCAUGACUAUUUGCUGGGCAAGACCUGACAGUGAUGGAGGUAAUGAAAUUUCUGGAUAUGUGAUUGAAAGGCGUGAGAAAAACAGCCUGAGGUGGAUACGUGUGAACAAAAAGCCAGUUUUUGAUCUAAGGGUAAAAUCUUCAGGCCUUCGGCAAGGAUGUGAAUAUGAAUAUCGGGUAUUUGCAGAAAACGCUGCAGGUCUUAGUCUUCCUAGUGAUACUUCACCACUUAUUAAAGCAGAAGAUCCUGUUUUCCUUCCAUCACCUCCAUCUAGGCCUAAGAUUGUGGACUCUACAAGGUCACAUAUAACAAUUGGAUGGACAAAGCCAUUAUUUGAUGGUGGUGCUCCUGUUACUGGAUACACAGUUGAAUACAAGCUAACCAGUGAAACUGAUUGGUCAACUGCUAUUCAAAGCUUAAGAGGUACAGAAUACACUGUAAUAGGUCUUACAUCAGGAGCUGAAUAUGUUUUCAGAGUAAGGUCUAUCAACAAGGUUGGCACUAGUGAUCCAAGUGAUGUUUCAGAACCUCAGGUGGCAAAAGAAAGGGAAGAAGAGCCUGCAUUUGAUAUUGACAAUGAAAUGAGAAAGACUUUAGUCGUGAAAGCUGGUGGCUCAUUUACAAUGACUGUACCUUUCAGAGGAAAGCCUAUCCCUAAUGUAAUGUGGAGCAAGCCAGAUACUGACCUUCGUACUCGAGCAAGCAUUGAUACUUCAGAUAACCGCACCUCAAUUACUGUUGAAAAAGCAACAAGGAAUGACUCUGGAAAGUAUACACUAACAUUGCAAAAUAUUGUAAGCACAGCUACUUUGACAUUAGUUGUCAAAGUGCUUGACUCACCGGGACCUCCAUCUAAUAUCGUUGUAAAAGAUGUCACAAAAGAAUCAGCCGUGUUAUCUUGGGAAGCUCCUGAGAACGAUGGAGGUGCUCCUGUGAAGAACUAUUAUAUUGAAAAACGAGAAGCAAGCAAGAAAGCUUGGGUCACUGUAACCAACAAUUGCCAUCGUCUUUCCUACAAAGUUACCAAUCUGCAAGAAGGUGGAAUUUAUUACUUCAGAGUCUCUGGAGAAAAUGAGUUUGGUGUUGGAGUCCCAACUGAAACAAAGGAUGGAGUGAAAAUAACAGAAAAACCAAGUCCACCCGAAAAACUGGGAGUAUCAAACGUUACUAAAGAUAGUGUAUCUCUUGUGUGGCUAAAGCCAGAACAUGAUGGAGGAAGCAGAGUUGUCGGCUAUCUUGUUGAAGCCCUAGAGAAAGGGCAGCAGAAAUGGGUCAGAUGUGCUGUAGUCAAGACAACUCAUCAUAUUGUCCAGGGUCUCAAGGAGAAUGCGGAGUACUUCUUUAGAGUAUUUGCUGAAAACCAAGCUGGUCUAAGUGACCCCAAAGAGCUUCUUCAUGCCGUUACAGUUAAAGAACAACUAGAAUCUCCUGAAGUGGACAUGAAAGGUUUCCCGAACCACACCGUUUAUGUAAGAGCAGGUUCAAACCUAAAGGUAGAGAUUCCAAUUUCUGGAAGACCAUUGCCAAAGGUGACUUUAUCCAGGGACGGCAUUCCUCUCAAACCAACGAUGAGGUUUAACACUGAAACCACAGCUGAAAGUGUCAUCGUUAAUCUCAAAGAAAGUGUGGCUACUGAUUCUGGUAGAUAUGACAUCACAGCUUCCAACUCCAGUGGAACUACUAAAUCUUUCCUUAAGAUUGUUGUCCUAGACAGACCAGGCCCUCCAGUUGGUCCUGUUGUUGUAAGUGAUAUCACUGAACAAGGUCUUACCCUUAAGUGGGAGCCACCUCGUUAUGAUGGCGGAAGUCAAGUUACCAACUACAUCGUACUGAAAAGAGAAACAAGCACUGCUGUGUGGUCUGAAGUGUCUGCAACUGUUGCUAGAAACAUGAUUAAGAUCACGAAACUAACAACAGGAGAAGAAUAUCAAUUCCGUAUUAAAGCAGAAAAUCGCUUUGGCAUAAGUGACCAUAUUGACUCAGCAUGUACAACUGUUAAGCUUCCUUACACACCCCCUGGACCACCUUCCACACCAUGGAUCACCAACGUGACUCGAGAAAGCAUCGUUGUUGGAUGGCAUGAACCUGUUUCCAAUGGUGGCAGUGCAGUCAUUGGCUACCAUUUGGAAAUGAAGGACAGGAACAGUAUUUUAUGGAAGAAAGCUAACAAAAUGAUUAUACGCACAACUCACUUCAAGGCCUCCAAUAUCACCGCCGGUCUCAUUUAUGAGUUCAGAGUGUAUGCAGAAAAUGCAGCUGGUAUUGGAAAAGCAAGCCAUCCAUCUGAUGCAGUUCUUGCUAUAGAUGCCUGUGAGCCGCCAAGAACCCUUCGUGUCAAAGAUAUUUCCAAAACAUUUGUCAAUCUUUCUUGGACACAGCCAGCUUUUGAUGGUGGCAGCAAAAUUACUGGAUAUAUUGUUGAGAAACGUGAUCUUCCAAAUGGAAGAUGGACAAAAGCAAGCUUCACCAAUGUCAUUGAGACUAAUUUCACUGUAUCGGGAUUGACUCAAAACUCCCAAUAUGAAUUCCGUGUUUUUGCUAAGAAUGCUGCUGGUUCAAUUAGCAAUCCAUCUGAUGUUUUAGGCCCUAUAACAUGCGUGGAUACAUAUGGUGCACCUGAAAUUGAUGUACCCCCAGAAUAUACAGAAGUAGUCAAAUACAAAGCAGACACGGCAAUUAAACUGAAACUUGGCAUCUCAGGAAAGCCUGUGCCUACAAUUGAGUGGUUCCACAAUGGUAAAGAAAUACAUACCAGUGCCCAGGUAUCUAUUGAAAACACCACAGAAUUUUCAGCUAUACUGAUCAAAGAAGCAACUCGUAUUAACAGUGGAAGUUACGAACUGAAAUUAAAGAAUGCCAUGGGUUCUGCAUCUGCCACCAUUAGGGUACAGAUACUUGAUAAACCAGGACCACCAGGUGGACCUAUACAUUUCAAAACUGUCACCGCAGAAAAGAUUACCCUUAUGUGGCAACCGCCAGCAGAUGAUGGAGGUGCUGCUGUAACACAUUACAUUGUUGAGAAACGUGAGACAAGCCGUGUGGUAUGGUCUGUGGUUUCAGAAAAACUUGAAGAGUGCAUUGUCACUACCACAAAAGUCAUAAAAGGAAAUGAAUAUAUAUUCCGUGUACGAGGUGUAAACAAAUUUGGUGUUGGUGAACCACUGGAAUCUGACACUGUCAUAGCUAAAAAUGCAUUUGUUACACCUGGACAACCUGGUAUACCAGAGGCCUCCAUGAUAACUAAACAGUCUAUGACCAUAGUCUGGAGCAGGCCAACUGUAGAUGGUGGUAGCGAGAUAAAUGGAUAUUACCUUGAGAAACGCGAUAAGAAGAGUCUAAGCUGGUUCAAGGUGUCUAAAGAAACCAUUCGUGACACCAGGCAGAAAGUGACGGGACUAACAGAAAACAGUGAAUAUCAGUUCAGAGUUUCUGCUGUGAAUGCAGCUGGGCAAGGUCCCUUCUCUGAUGCAUCAGACUUCUACAAAGCUGAAGAUCCUAUAGAAAAACCUGGGCCACCUCUUAAGCUAAAAGUUGUGGAUACUACAAAGACAUCUGUCACACUUAGCUGGACUAAACCAGCCUAUGAUGGAGGAAGUGCAAUUACCAGCUAUGCUAUUGAAAAGAGAGAAGGGGAAGAAGAAGAAUGGACUCUGGUCAGUGCAAGAGGAGAAGUGCGAACCACAGAGUAUGUUGUUUCUCACCUUCAGCCAGGAAUCAAUUACUACUUCCGUGUAGCUGCUAUAAAUUAUGCUGGACAAGGUGAACCCAUUGAAAUGACAGAAGCUGUACAAGCUAAAGACAUACUUGAGGAGGCACAGAUUGAUCUAGAUGUUGCUCUCAGAACCUCCAUUGUGGCUAAAGCAGGUGAAGAUGUACAGAUAAUGAUUCCAUUCAAAGGAAGACCACCUCCAACUGUCACAUGGAGAAAGGGUGACAAAAAUCUAGGUGUUGAUGAAAGAUACAGCAUUCAGAACACAGAAUCAUCCACACUCCUUAGUAUUCCUCAAGUCACUCGCAAUGACACAGGAAAAUAUGUCCUCACAAUUGAGAAUGGAGUUGGAAAACCCAAAACUUCAUUUGUGAACGUUAAAGUCCUUGACACUCCAUCUGCAUGCCAGAGACUGCAUCUUAAACAUGUUUCUCGUGGAACUGUGACAUUGGUAUGGGACCCACCACUCAUCAAUGGUGGUUCUGAAGUAACAAAUUAUGUCAUUGACAAAAGAGAUGCCACCAAGAGAGCAUGGUCCUCUGUUACAACCAAGUGCUCUAAUACAUCAUUUAAGAUAACUGACUUGUCAGAGAAGAUCCCAUACUUCUUCCGUGUUCUUGCAGAAAAUGAAAAUGGAUUGGGUGAACCAUGCGAAACUUCAGAACCAGUGAAAGCAGCAGAAGUCCCUGGACCUGUACGAGAUCUGGCCAUGAAAGAUUCAACAAAGACAUCUGUCACUUUACAGUGGAGUAAACCUGAAUUUGAUGGUGGUAGUAUCAUAACUGAUUACGUUAUUGAGAAGAAACUGAAGGAUGAACAUGAAUGGUCAUAUGCAGGGGCAAGUAAAGCAUGUGAAUUUGAAGUUGAAAAACUUAAGGAGCUUUCUGUUAUGGAGUUCAGAGUUUCUGCAAAGAAUGAAAAAGGAAGAAGUGAUUUUUCUGUAAUUGGACCCAUUACAGUGAAAGACUAUGUAAUAACACCUGAAGCAGACCUUUCUGAUAUACCUGGAGGACAAGUAACAGUGAGAAUAGGUUAUAAUGUACAUGUUGAAAUACCAUAUAAGGGAAAGCCAAAGCCAACUAUGAGCUGGCUGAAAGACAACAUUCCUCUUAAAGAAAGUGAACAGGUUCGCUUCAAGAAAACUGAAAACAAAAUAACUUUAAGCGUUAAGAAUGUGAAAAAAGAAAAUGGUGGCAAAUAUACCUUAAUUCUUGAUAAUGGUGUUCACAGGAAGUCAUUCCCAAUCACAGUUAUAACACUUGGCCCACCAUCUAAGCCCAAGGGACCCAUUAAACUAGAUGAAAUCAGAGCAGAUAGUAUGGUUCUUUCAUGGGGUGUUCCUGAAGAUGAUGGUGGAGGAGAAAUCACUGGCUACAGCGUUGAGAAGCGUGAAACCUCACAGACCAACUGGAAAAUGAUCUGUUCUAGUGUGUCAAGGACAACCUUCAAAGUUUCCAACCUUGUUAAAGAUGCAGAGUAUCAGUUCAGAGUCCGCGCAGAAAACAGAUACGGAGUGAGCCCACCACUAAACUCCAUUGAGGUCAUAGCAAAACACCAGUUCAAACCACCAGGUUCACCAGGGAAGCCUGUUGUUUACAAUGUGACAGCUGAUGGAAUGACCAUAUCUUGGGAUGCUCCAGUCUAUGACGGAGGAGCAGAAAUUACUGGAUACCAUGUUGAAAAGAAAGAACGAAAUAGCAUAUUGUGGCAGAAAGUCAAUUUGUCACCAAUAUCUAAUAGAGAAUACAGAAUUACUGGAUUAAUGGAUGGUUUGGACUACCAGUUCCGUGUUUAUGCAGAAAACUCUGCUGGAUUAAGCUCUGCUAGUGACCCAAGCAAAUUUGCCUUGGCCGUUUCGCCAGUAGAUCCACCUGGCACUCCUGAUUACAUUGAUGUGACUAGGGAGACUAUUACUCUGAAAUGGACAGCACCUCUGCGUGAUGGAGGCAGCAAGAUUGUGGGCUACAGUAUUGAGAAACGUCAAGGAAGUGGUGAUCGCUGGGUCAGAUGCAAUUUUAUUGAUGUCAGUGAAUGCCAGUAUACAGCUACAGGACUUAGCCCUGGCGAUCGGUAUGAAUUCAGAAUACUUGCAAGAAAUGCUGUUGGAACUAUCAGCCCUCCUUCUCAGUCUUCUGGCUAUAUCAUGACCAGAGAUGAAGCCGUUGCGCCAAAUAUUGAGUUCGGUGCCGAACAUUUCGAAGGUCUUACAGUGAAAGCUGGGGAAAGCAUAAGGUUUAAAGUUUUCAUCACAGGCCGGCCAGUUCCUCAGGUGAUGUGGUAUAAAGAUGGACAAGAGAUUGACAAGAGGCUGAAUAUGGAAAUAAACAAUGCAAUUGGCUAUAGCACCUUGUUUGUUAGAGAUGCUUCCCGGGAACAUCGUGGAGUAUACAGAAUAGAAGCCAAGAAUGCAUCAGGCACCAGACAGGCAGACAUAACCAUAAGAGUACACGAUACCCCAGGAAAAGUCGGUGGGCCGAUACGAUUCACCAAUGUUACUGAAGAGAAGGCGUCAUUAUGGUGGGAGGCUCCCGCUAAUGAUGGCUGUGCAGCCAUUACUCAUUACGUGAUUGAAAAGCGUGAGACCAGCCGAGUAUCCUGGGCAUUGAUUGAAGACCACUGUGAAACAUGCAGCUACACAGCACACAAAUUAAUAAAGGGCAAUGAAUACCAGUUCCGUAUCUCAGCAGCCAACAAGUUUGGUGUCGGCAGGCCACUGGAAUCUGAUCCAAUCGUAGCACAGGCACAUUAUACUGUCCCCGAGGCUCCUGGCACUCCAGAACCAAGCAACGUAACAGGAAACAGCAUUACACUUACAUGGACAAGGCCAGCAUCAGAUGGUGGAAGUGACAUUAACCAAUAUAUCUUGGAGAGGAGAGAAAAGAAAAGUAUUCUCUGGGUUAAAGUGUCCAGCAAGAGGCCCAUUUCUGAGACACGGUUCAGAGUCACAGGCCUAACCGAAGGCAAUGAAUAUGAGUUCCAUGUCAUGGCAGAAAAUAAUGCAGGAGUUGGGCCGCCGAGUGGUGUCUCAAGGCUGAUUAAAUGCAGGGAGGCAGUUCAUCCACCAAGUGCUCCUACUGUUGUCAAAGUGACCGACACAUCAAAGACAAGUGUCAGCUUGGAAUGGACCAGGCCUGUUUUCGAUGGAGGCCUGGAAAUAAUUGGCUACAUCAUCGAAAUGUGCAAAGCAGAUUUAGGAGAAUGGCAUAAAGUCAAUGCUGAGACUUGCAUUGCUACCAAGUACACUGUGGUUGAUCUAGAACCAAACGAAAACUACAAAUUCCGAGUCAGUGCUGUAAAUGGUGCAGGCAAAGGAGAAAGCUGUGAAGUUUCUGCUUCGGUGCAAACAAUAGAUAGACUCUCUUCACCAGAACUUGAUAUUGAUGCUAGCUUCAAGCAGACACAUAUUGUCAGAGCAGGUGCAACUAUCCGUCUGUUUAUUGCCUUCAAGGGCAGACCUGUUCCUACUGCUGUAUGGUCCAAAGCAGAUUCGUCUCUUAGCCUGCGUGCUGACAUACAUACAACAGACUCAUUCAGUACAUUAACUGUGGAGAACUGCAACAGAACAGAUGCUGGCAAAUACAUAUUGACUGUAGAAAACAACAGUGGUAAGAAAUCUGUUGCUUUCACUGUUAAAGUACUAGACACUCCAGGGCCACCAGGCCCCAUUACAUUUAAGGAUGUGACCAGAGGCUCUAUCACUUUAAUGUGGGAUGCUCCUAUUUUGGAUGGAGGCGCUCGCAUCCAUCAUUAUGUCGUGGAGAAGCGAGAAGCAAGCCGUCGCAGCUGGCAGGUUGUCAAUGAAAAAUGUACUCGGCAAAUUGCUAAGGUCACAGAUCUUGCAGAAGGUGUGCCCUAUUUUUACCGUGUUUCAGCAGAAAAUGAAUAUGGAAUAGGUGAACCUUGUGAAUUAACAGAGCCAGUUGUAGCCACAGAAGAGCCUGCUCCACCUAAGAGAUUAGAUAUUGUUGAUACUACCAAGUCAUCUGCAAUACUAGCUUGGCUGAAACCUGAUCAUGAUGGUGGUAGUCGCAUCACUGGAUACCUCCUAGAGAUGAAACAAAAGGGAUCUGACUAUUGGCUUGAAGCUGGUCAAACUAAACAGCUGACUUUUACAGUUGAAGGUCUUAUAGAGAACAAUGAAUAUGAGUUCCGUGUCAAAGCAAGGAAUAAUGCUGGCUACAGUCAACCAAGAGAAGCCUUUUCUUCUGUUAUUAUUAAAGAGCCACAGAUUGAGCCAACUGCAGAUCUCAGUGGAAUAACUAAACAACUUAUAACUUGCAAAGCUGGUAGCUCUUUCACUAUUGACAUACCAAUUAGUGGACGUCCUGUUCCAAAGGUAACAUGGAAACUUGAAGAAAUGAGACUCAAGGAAACAGACAGAGUGACUAUAAAGACAACAAAGGAAAGAACCACACUGACUGUUAAGGAGAGCAUGAGAGGUGACUCUGGUAAAUAUUAUUUGACACUUGAGAACACAGCAGGCGUGAAAACUUUCACUGUCACAGUCGUUGUUAUUGGAAGACCUGGUCCAGUUACACGCCCCAUAGAAGUAUCAUCUGUGACAGCCGAAUCCUGUGUGUUGUCAUGGAAGGAGCCUGAAGAUGAUGGUGGCACUGGUAUUACAAACUAUAUUGUUGAAAAACGUGAAUCUGGUACAACAGCAUGGCAACUGGUAAAUUCCAGCGUCAAACGUACACAGAUCAAAGUAACUCACCUCACUAAAUAUAUGGAAUACACUUUCCGUGUAAGCUCAGAAAACAGAUUUGGUGUCAGCAAGCCAGUAGAAUCAGUACCGAUAGUGGCUGAGCAUCCAUUUGUCCCACCAAGCCCACCCACUAGACCCGAAGUCUAUUUUGUUUCUGCCAAUGCCAUGUCCAUUCGGUGGGAAGAACCGUAUCACGAUGGCGGCAGCAAAGUUGUUGGAUACUGGAUUGAAAAGAAAGAACGCAACACAAUCCUCUGGGUGAAGGAAAACAAAUCUCCAUGUAUUGAAUGUAACUACAAAGUUACAGGGCUUGUGGAAGGUCUGGAGUAUCAAUUCAGAAUAUAUGCAUUAAACGCUGCUGGGCUGAGCAAAGCCAGCGAAGCUUCAAGGUCUGUCUUGGCCCAAAAUCCUGUUGAUCCACCAGGCAGGCCAGAAGUCACAGAUGUAACAAGGUCUUCAGUGUCAUUAACCUGGUCUCCCCCACUUUAUGAUGGUGGAAGCAAAAUUGUUGGCUAUAUUGUAGAACGCAAACCAUACAAUGAAGCUGGAGAUGGACGCUGGCUGAAAUGCAACUAUACCAUUGUCUCUGAAAACUCCUUUACCGUGACAGCUCUUAGUGAAGGAGAGGAAUACGAAUUCCGUGUUUUGGCAAAGAAUGCUGCUGGUGUAAUUAGCAAGGGUUCUGAAUCUACUGGCCCUGUUGCCUGUAAAGAUGAAUACUCACCACCUAAAGCUGAACUGGAUGCCAAAUUGCAAGGAGAUGUUGUAACAGUUAGGGCUGGAUCUGACCUGGUUCUUGAGGCAUCGAUUGGAGGAAAACCAGAACCCAAAGUAUUUUGGUCUAAAGGUGACAGAGAACUGGACCCAAGCGAAAAGGUCGCUUUGCAAUACACAAGCAAGCAUGCUGUUGCAAUCAUCAAGUUCUGUGACCGAAGUGAUACUGGAAAAUACACGUUAACUGUUAAAAAUGCCAGUGGGACAAAGCAAGUUGCUGUCCUUGUCAAAGUGCUUGAUUCGCCUGGUCCAUGCGCUGGCAAAAUCACCAUAAGCAGAGUUACAGAAGAGAAGUGUACCUUGGCAUGGCGGAUGCCUCAAGAAGAUGGAGGGGCAGAAAUUACUCAUUACAUUGUAGAGAGACGCGAGACAAGCAGACUGAACUGGGUUAUUGUUGAACCCGAAUGUCCAACACUGUCAUGUGUAGUAACCAGACUUAUAAAGAAUAAUGAAUAUAUCUUCCGUGUAAGAGCUGUCAACAAAUAUGGACCAGGUGUUCCACUUGAAACAGAACCCAUUAUUGCUAGAAAUUCAUUCACUAUCCCAUCACCACCUGGCGUUCCUGAAUCAGUGGGUGCUGGCAAAGAGCAUGUCAUUAUUCAGUGGCUGAAGCCAGAGUCGGAUGGGGGUAACGAGAUCAGCACCUAUCUUGUAGACAAACGAGAAAAGAAAAGUCUACGCUGGACCCGCGUUAACAAAGACUACAUCAUUUAUGACACAAGACUGAAAAUUACUGGUCUAAUGGAAGGCAGCGAAUAUCAGUUCCGUGUCACUGCGGUAAAUGCUGCUGGCAACAGCGAGCCUAGUGAUGCUUCGCAGUACGUUUUGUGCAAAGACCCAUCAUAUACUCCUGCUCCACCUUCACCGCCAAGAGUUGUGGAUACUACUAGAACUAGCAUAAGCUUGGCUUGGACAAAGCCCAUGUAUGACGGUGGCGUUGAUUUAUUAGGCUAUGUCCUUGAAAUGAAAGAAGAAGGAACUGAACAAUGGUAUCGGGCACAUAGCACUGCCACCAUAAGAAACACCGAAUUCACUGUGACUGGUCUGAAAAUAAGCCAGAAGUACCGCUUUAGAGUGGCUGCCACAAAUGUAAAUGGUAUGAGUGAAUACAGUGAGACCCCUGCUGAAAUAGAACCUGUGGAAAGGCUAGAAAUACCAGAACUUGAGCUUGCUGAAGACCUCAAGAAGACUAUUACAGUUAGAGCAGGUGGCUCUUUACGUCUAAUGGUGUCAGUAUCUGGCAGACCAACACCAAUGGUUACAUGGAGCAAGAAGGGCGUUGACCUAGCAAGUCGAGGUAUUAUUGACACCACAGACAGCUACACACUGUUGGUUGUGGAUAAAGUGAACCGGUACGAUGCUGGAAAAUACGUCCUUGAGGCUGAAAAUCAAUCAGGAAAGAAAUCUGCCACAAUUAUGGUUAAAGUCUAUGAUACCCCUGGACCACCAGGAGCAGUGAAAGUUAAAGAGGUUACAAAAGAGUCUGUGACAAUUACUUGGGAUAUUCCAACUAUUGAUGGAGGAGCUCCAGUCAACAACUAUAUAAUAGAGAAACGGGAGGCUGCCAUGCGAGCAUUCAAGACAGUAACUACUAAAUGCAACAAAACCUUUUACAGAAUUUCUGGGCUCAUUGAAGGAGCACUAUACUACUUCCGAGUACUGCCAGAAAAUAUCUACGGCAUUGGUGAACCCUGUGAGACAGCAGAUGCAGUGCUGGUGUCAGAAGUUCCUGGUGCACCUCAGAAACUGGAAGUGGUUGAUAUAACUAAAUCUACUGUAUCGCUUGCAUGGGAAAAACCACAGCAUGAUGGUGGCAGCAGAUUAACUGGCUAUGUAAUUGAGGCCAGUAAAGCUGGAACAGAAAGGUGGAUGAAAGUUGUAACACUGAAACCUACGGUCCUUGAGCACACAAUAAUUUCAUUAAAUGAAGGUGAACAGUACCUGUUUAGAGUAAGAGCGCAAAAUCAAAAGGGUGUGUCUGAACCAAGAGAGAUAGUCACAGCAGUGACAGUACAAGAACAAAAAGUUCUACCUGCAAUUGACCUUACUGGAAUACCUCAAAAGACCAUUCAUGUACCAGCUGGCAGACCUAUAGAGCUAGCUAUCCCAAUUUCUGGACGACCACCUCCAGCUGUUUCUUGGUUCUUUGCUGGCUCUAAACUACGAGAAUCAGACCGGGUCAAAGUUGAAACAGUUGCUAAGGUAGCUAAAUUAACCAUACGUGAAACCACAAUACAUGACACUGGAGAAUACACACUUGAACUGAAGAACACAACUGGAACAGCUAUGGAAAGAAUAAAAGUUAUUAUUCUGGACAAACCUGGACCACCUACUGGACCUAUUAAAAUUGUUGAUAUUGAUUCAACUUUUGUAACCAUUUCAUGGGAACCACCUGAGAUGGAUGGGGGUGCAGCACUAAGUGGAUAUGUGGUGGAGCAACGAGAUGCACAUCGUCCAGGAUGGUUACCAGUGUCUGAAUCUGUAACCCGGACAACAUAUAAGUUUUCUAAACUUACUGAGGGUGCUGAAUAUGUGUUCCGUGUGGCUGCCACAAACCGCUUUGGAAUUGGAUCAUACUUGCAGUCUGAAAUUGUAGAAUGCAAGAGCAGAAUUAGUGUUCCUGGUCUUCCUGGUACCCCAGAAGUGUUUGAUAUCUCCCGUGAUGGAAUGACACUUACUUGGUAUCCACCAGAAGAAGAUGGUGGUUCACAGAUCACUGGCUAUAUUGUGGAACGCAAAGAAGUUAAAUCAGAGAGAUGGGUCCGUGUAAACAAAGUUGCAGUCACUAUGACACGCUAUCGUUCCACUGGGUUGAUUGAAGGACUGGAGUAUGAACAUCGUGUCACAGCUAUCAAUGCUAGGGGUGCUGGCAAACCAAGCCGAAUUUCCAAGCCUGCAGUUGCUAGAGAUCCAAUUGCUCCUCCGGGUAAACCUCAGAAUCCAAGAGUGACAGAUACUACAAGAACAUCUAUUUCCUUGGCUUGGAGUCCACCAGAAGAUGAAGGCGGGUCUAAAGUCACUGGCUACUUGAUUGAAAUGCAAAAGGUUGAUCAGUUUGAAUGGACCAAAUGCAAUACCACCCCCACCAAGAUCCGUGAAUACACUCUAACACAUCUUCCACAAGGUGCAGAGUAUAGAUUCCGUGUUAUAGCAUGCAAUCUCGGUGGCCCCGGUGAACCUGCUGAUGUGCCCGGAACAGCCAAAGUGACUGAAAUGCUUGAAUUCCCUGAUUAUGAACUUGAUGAAAAAUACCUGGAAGGUGUAUUUGUAAGGCAAGGUGGAGUAGUUAAGCUUACAGUGCCAAUUAAAGGUAAACCCAUUCCAAUAUGCAAAUGGACUAAAGAGGGACAUGAUGUCACCAAGAGAGCCAUGAUUGCGACUUCUGAAUCAGAUACUGAACUUGUGAUAAAAGAUGCAGAACGAGAAGAUUCUGGUACCUAUGAUUUGACGCUUGAAAACAAAUGUGGCAAGAAGGUUGUCUACAUCAAGGUCAGAGUGAUUGGUAUUCCAAAUCCACCAGAAGGGCCACUUGAAUAUGAUGACAUACAAGCACGCUCCGUUAGAGUCAGCUGGAAGCCUCCAAGUGACGAUGGUGGUGCAGAUAUAAUAGGAUACAAUAUUGAGAGACGUGAAGUACCAAAGACUGCCUGGUACACCGUUGGCUCCAGAGUAAGGGGUACAUCACUGGUAGUGAAAGGACUCAAAGAAAAUGUGGAAUACCACUUCCGUGUUUAUGCUGAAAACCAGUUUGGUGUAAGCAGGUCCCUGAAAUCUGAAGAGCCAGUUGUGCCAAAGACACCUUUGAAUCCUCCGGAGCCUCCAAGUUAUCCACCAGAAAUCCUUGAUGUCACAAAGAGUUCCAUUAGCUUAUCUUGGUCCAGACCUAGAGAUGACGGUGGCUCUCGUGUCACUGGCUACUAUAUUGAACGUAAAGAGACAACUACUGAGAAAUGGGUCAGGCACAACAAGACUCACAUCACAACUACAAUGUAUACAGUCACAGGGCUGGUUCCAGAUGCUGAAUAUCAGUUCCGUAUUGUAGCCCAAAAUGACAUCGGUGAGGGUGAACCCAGCCCUGCUUCUGAACCAGUUGUGUGCAAGGAUCCAUUUGACAAACCAAGCCAGCCUGGAGAAAUUGAGAUUACAUCCAUAUCUAAGGAUAGCAUUACUUUAGAAUGGGAGCGCCCUGAAUGCGAUGGUGGUAAAGAAAUCAUCGGAUACUGGAUUGAAUAUCGCCAGUCUGGAGAGUCUACCUGGAAAAAGUGCAAUAAAGAACGUAACAAAGACAGGCAGUUUAUAAUGGGAGGCUUACUGGAAGCUACAGAAUAUGAAUUCAGAGUUUUUGCAGAAAAUGAGACUGGACUCAGCAGACCUCGUAGAACAGCUAUGGCAGUAAAGACAAAACUGACAUCUGGAGAAGCACCAGGAGUAAGACAAGAAAUGAAGGAUGUUACUACUAAUCUGGGUGAAUCAGCUCAGUUAUCAUGCCAGAUCCUUGGGAGACCUCUCCCUGAUAUUAAAUGGUAUCGUUUCGGCAAAGAAUUGGUACAGAGCAGAAAAUACAAGAUGUCAUCAGAUGGGCGCACUCACACACUGACGGUGCUCACAGAAGAGCAGGAAGACGAAGGAGUUUAUACUUGCAAGGCUAUCAAUGAAGUUGGAGAGGUUGAAAGUAGUGGCAAGCUACUCUUACAAGCUCCUCCACAAUUCCACCCAGGCUUUCCAUUGAAAGAGAAAUAUUGUGCAGGUGUAGGAUCCACACUUCGCCUCCAUAUUGUAUACAUUGGUCGUCCAGUGCCUGCUAUCACUUGGUUCCAUGGCAAGAAACUAUUGAAGAGCUCAGAAAACAUUACUAUUGAGAACACAGAGCAUUAUACUCACCUUUCCAUUAAAAACGUACAGCAUAAAGCCCACGCAGGACACUACAAAGUACAGCUCAGUAACACAUUUGGAACUGUUGAUACUGUACUAAACGUGGAAAUACAAGAUAAACCAGAUGUACCAGCGGGGCCAAUUGUUAUAGAAGCUUUGCUGAAGAACUCUGCAGUCAUCAGCUGGAAGCCACCUGAAGAUGAUGGAGGUGCUCUAGUAACAAAUUAUGUUGUAGAGAAAAGAGAAGCAAAAGAAGGCACAGAGUGGCAGCUGGUUUCUUCUAGCAUUUCUGGCACAACCUGCAGAAUUGUUAACCUAACUGAAAACGCAGGCUAUUAUUUCCGUGUCUUUGCUCAGAAUGCAUUCGGCAUCAGCGAAGCAUUAGAAGUUUCAUCUGUUGUUAUUAUCAAGACUCCAUUUGAAAAGCCAGGCCAACCAAGUCAGCCAGUUGUAUCUGCUGUGACAAGUGAAUCCUGUGUUGUUUCUUGGAGGCCACCUGCUAGCGAUGGAGGCUCAAAGAUCAGAAAUUACUUCCUGGAGAAACGUGAAAAGAAACAAAACAAAUGGAUUUCUGUAACCACAGAAGAAAUCCGCGAAACCGUCUAUUCUGUCACAGGUCUUAUUGAAGGCCUGGAGUAUGAAUUCCGUGUAAAAUGUGAAAACCUUGGCGGUGAAAGCGAAUGGAGUGAAAUUUCACAACCAAUCACUCCCAAAUCUGAUGUAGCAAUUCAGGCACCGCAUUUCAAGGAAGAAAUCAGAAACCUAAAUGUGAAAUUCAGAGGUCAUGCCACAUUUGUUUGCAAAGUCACUGGUCAUCCCAAGCCUGUUGUAAAAUGGUUCAGGCAGGGCAAAGAGAUUUUGCCAGAUGGUGAAAAGGUGAAGAUACAAGAAUUUAAGGGCGGCUAUUACCAACUGGUAAUUACAAAUGUAACAGAUGAUGAUGCCACUGUAUAUCAAGUGAGGGCAACCAACCAGGGAGGAUCUGUUUCUGGAACUGCUUCCUUGGAUGUUGAAGUUCCUGCUAAGAUCCACUUGCCUAAAAAUCUUGAAGGCAUGGGAGCCGUUCACGCUCUCCGUGGUGAAGUCAUCAGCAUCAAAAUCCCAUUCAGUGGCAAGCCUGAUCCAGUGAUCACAUGGCAGAAAGGGCAAGAUCUUAUCGAUACCAAUGGACACUACCAAGUUAUCGUGACACGGUCAUUCACAUCUCUUGUUUUCCCUAACGGUGUGGACAGGAAAGAUGCAGGCUUCUACAUUGUCUGUGCUAAAAACAGAUUUGGCAUUGAUCAGAAAACAGUUGAAUUAGAUGUCGCUGAUGUUCCUGAUCCCCCAAGAGGACUGAAAGCAAGCGAGAUUUCAAGGGACUCGGUCAACCUGACAUGGAAUGCUCCAGCAAAUGAUGGCGGAAGCCGAGUCACACACUAUACUGUUGAGAAACGCGCUACCACAGCUGAGAGAUGGAUUCGUGUUGGCCAGGCUCGUGACACUCGAUACACUGUGAUAAACCUAUUUGGCAAGACAAGCUAUGUAUUCCGCGUUAUAGCAGAGAAUAAAUUUGGACAAAGCCAGCCUUCUGAACCUACAGAUUCUGUAAUAACAAAGGAAGAUAAGACCAGAACAGUCAAUUAUGAUGAAGAAGUUGAUGAGGCCAGAGAAGUCACUACAGCAAAAGCAGCUCACUCUAAUACAAAAGAACUCUAUGACAGAUAUAUGAUUGCUGAAGAACUUGGGCGGGGACAAUUUGGAAUUGCCCACAGGUGUGUUGAGAUAGUUUCAAAGAAGACUUACCUGGCCAAGUUUGUCAAAGUAAAAGGUGCUGAUCAAGUGCUCGUAAAGAAAGAAAUUUCCAUCCUCAACAUUGCUAGGCAUAGAAAUAUCCUACAGCUUCAUGAAUCAUUUGAAAGCCUAGAAGAACUUAUCAUGAUCUCUGAGUUCAUAUCUGGAGUUGACAUCUUUGAAAGACUUAAUACUCCUGCAUUUGAACUUAACGAAAGAGAAAUUAUAAGCUAUGUACGUCAAGUAUGUGAAGCACUUGAAUUCCUGCACAGUCAUAGCAUUGGGCACUUUGAUAUCAGGCCAGAGAACAUCAUCUAUUUCACAAGAAGAAGCUCUAUAGUUAAAAUCAUUGAAUUUGGUCAGGCAAGGCAGCUGAAACCUGGUGAUAAUUUCAGACUCCAGUUUACUUCCCCUGAAUAUUAUGCGCCUGAAGUCCAUCAGCAUGAUAUGGUCAACACAGCCACGGAUAUGUGGUCACUUGGAACCCUAGUGUAUGUACUUCUAAGCGGCCUGAAUCCUUUCAUUGCUGAAACAAACCAACAAACAAUUGAAAACAUCAUAAGUGCUGAAUACAAUUUUGAUGAAGAAGCCUUCAAAGAUAUCAGUAUUGAGGCCUUGGACUUUGUUGACCGCCUGCUAGUAAAAGAAAGGAGAGCUCGCAUGACUGCUACUGAAGCCCUUGAACAUGCUUGGCUGAAGCAAAGGACAGAGAAAACAAGCACCAAAGUUAUCAAAACACUGAGACACAGACGUUAUUAUCAAACACUGGUGAAGAAGGAAUGGAACACAGUUGUGUCAGCGGCCCGUGUUGCAUGGGGUGGUGCAGUCAGAUCUCAGAAGGCCGUUACAGUUGCUAAAGUUAAAGUGGCAUCAAUUGACAUUGGACCCAUUACUGGGCAGAUAAUGCAUGCUGUUGGAGAAGAAGGUGGGCAUGCCAAGUAUGUCUGCAAGAUUGAAAACUAUGAUUCAUCCACAGAAGUAACCUGGUACUUUGGAGUCAGACAAUUGGAGAACAGUGAAAAACAUGAGAUCAGCUACCAUGAAGGAGUGGCCACAAUGUAUGUCAAAGACAUUGCUAAAUCAGAUGACGGUACCUACAGGUGCAAAGUUACAAAUGACUAUGGUGAAGACAGUUCCUACGCAGAACUAUUUGUUAAAGGUGUGAGAGAAGUUUCUGACUUUUACAGACGCAGAACUGUCAGGAGAGUGAAGCGCCGAGUAGAUACCUUGAGACUUUUGGAGAAGCCACCAGAAUUUACGCUGCCUUUAUACAACCGUACUGCCUACGUUGGUGAAAAUGUCAGGUUUGGAGUAACAAUAACAGUUCACCCGGAACCUCGUGUAACGUGGUUCAGAUCAGGCCAGAAGAUCAAGCCAGGAGAUGAUGACAGGAAGUAUACCUUUGAAACUGAUAAGGGUCUUUAUCAGCUUCUCAUCCAUAAUGUCAAUGAAGAUGAUGAUGCUGAAUAUACUGUGCUGGCUCGCAACAAAUACGGCGAGGACAGCUGCAAAGCUAAGUUAACCGUUGUUCAGCAUGCUCCUCCAGAGGCUACCACGAUGAGACCCAUGUUCAAAAGACUACUGGCAAAUGCAGAAUGCCAAGAAGGCCAGAGUAUCUGCUUUGAGAUAAGAGUAUCUGGAUUACCAAAACCAGCACUAAAAUGGGAAAAGGAUGGACAGCCCUUAUCAGCUAGUCCAAAUAUUGAAAUUGUACAUGAAGGGUUGGAUUACUAUGCUUUGCAUAUCAGGGAUACUUUACCAGAAGACAGUGGUUAUUACAGAGUUACUGCGACAAACAGUGCUGGAUCAACAAGUUGCCAGGCUUACUUGAAGGUAGAGCGCUCAAAAUAUAUCAAGCGUCAAUACAAGAGUGAAGAAGAGCGGCAAAAGCAUGUACAGAAGAGCAUUGACAAGACAGUGAGAAUGGCAGAAAUCCUUUCUAGAACAGAAUCUGUCCCACUGACAGAUGUAGCACAGGAAGCUCUCAGACAAGCUGCUAUCCUGUAUAAACCAGCUGUAAGCACCAAGACUGUCAAAGGUGAAUUUGAACUUAAAAAGGAAGAAAUUAAAGAAGAAAAGAGACUUCGGAUGCCUUAUGAGAUCCCAGAGCCUCGCAGACAUGCAGCCGCUACUCUGGAAGAAGAUCAGAACAUCAAACUGUUUGUGCCUAUGUCAGACAUGAAGUGGUACAAGAAGCUGAGAGACCAAUAUGAAAUGCCAGGGAAACUUGAUAGAAUUGUUCAGAAGCGACCAAAGCGCAUUCGCCUUUCCAGAUGGGAACAGUUCUAUGUGAUGCCACUGCCACGCAUUACUGAUCAGUAUAAACCUAAGUGGCGCAUACCCAAAUUGUCACAAGAUGAUCUCGAGACCGUCAGGCCAGCACGCCGGCGUACACCAUCUCCUGAUUAUGAAUUUUAUUACCGACCAAGAAGACGCUCACUUAGUGACCUGUCAGAUGAAGAACUGCUGCUACCAGUUGAUGAUUAUUUAGCCAUGAAGAGAACUGAAGAAGAAAGACUGCGACUUGAAGAAGAACUGGAGCUGGGCUUUUCUGCAUCACCUCCAAGCAGAAGCCCUCCACGCUUUGAACUGUCUUCUCUCCAUUACACGGCAGCAGAUGCUCAUAUUGCCACAGAGGAAUCUAGGCAAAGAGAGCUGAGGUAUGGCACUUAUCACAUACCCUCUAAAGAGGAUACCGCGGCAUCUUAUGCACAGCUCCGGCAACGCCAUGACAGAGCAAUUUAUAGACCACCAAAACAAAAACAGAGAAUAAUGUCCGAGAAAGAGGAUGAAGAGCUGCUGCGACCAGUAAAAACAACCCGCCGGCUUGCUGAAUACAAGAGUGAGCUUGAGUAUAUGUCACAAGAAGAAAAGAGCCGACUGAGAAGAAGGAGAGAGAGAGAAAUAACUGAGGUCAGAUCAGAAGAGGAAGAGGAAGAAAUAGAAAUGGUGAGGCACGUUCACCGGGAAUUUUCUCCUCCCUCAAGAUUACUAGGAAGAAGGCGCUCUCUUUCUCCAACUUACAUUGAAUUAAUGCGUCCUGUGUCUGAAUUAAUUCGACCCCGAUCACACCCUGUGGAAGAAACAGAGAGAAGAUCUCCCACACCAGAGAGAACACGGCCACGCUCACCAAGCCCAGUGUCUAGCGAGAGAUCUCUCUCACGAUUUGAAAGGACAGCAAGAUUUGAUAUAUUUUCCAGGUAUGAAUCCAUGAAAGCUGCUUUGAAAACCCAAAAAACAAUGGAACGGAAAUAUGAAGUUCUGACUCAAGAACCUUUCACUCUGGAUCAUGCCCCACGCAUAACUCUGAGAAUGCGCUCACAUCGUGUACCGUGUAACACCAACACCAGAUUCAUUUUGAAUGUCCAGUCCAAACCAACUGCUGAAGUGAAAUGGUAUCACAAUGGUGUUGAAAUUCAGGAAAGCCAUAAGAUUCAUUUCACUAAUACUAGUGGCGUAUUAACCUUGGAGAUUCUUGAUUGCCAUAUUGAUGAUAGUGGUACAUACCGUGCUGUGUGCACAAAUUAUAAAGGAGAAUGUUCUGACUAUGCAACAUUAGAUGUUACAGGAGGAGACUACACUACAUAUACCUCCCAGCGAAGAGAUGAGGAAGUACCAAGAUCUAUUGUACCAGACUUGACAAGGACUGCAGCAUAUGCAAUCUCCUCAUUUAAGAAAGUCUCUGAAACAGAAGCAAGUUCUUCAAUAAGAGCAAGCAAAUCAGAACUGACAGAAACCAGAGAAUCGCUAUCAUCGUACGAGCACCAUGCUUCUGCUGAAAUGAGAGUCAGUGCUUCAGAGGAAAAAUCAUUGGAAGAAAGAGCUGUUCAUCGGAAGUUUAAAACCACUCUGCCUGCAACAAUAUUAACAAAGCCACGGUCAAUCACUGUCUCUGAAGGGGAGACUGCAAGAUUUUCUUGUGACAUUGAUGGUGAACCAACACCAACUGUAACAUGGAUCCGUGCAAGUCAAGCUAUUGUUUCUUCUGGACGCUUCCAAGUAACACGUACGCAGUAUAAAUCUACCUUUGAAAUUUCAUCUGUCCAGACCUCAGAUGAAGGAAGUUACACUGUUGUGGUAGAAAAUUCUGAAGGAAGACAGGAAGCCCACUUUAGUUUGACUGUACAAAGGAAAAGGGUCCCAGAAAAAGCAAUUACAUCACCUCCAAGGGUCAAAUCUCCUGAGCCUCAUGUGAAGUCCCCAGACAGAGUAAAAUCUCCCAAGCGAGUAAAAUCCCCUGAACCAUCUCCUGCACACUCUAAAGCCAAGUCAACACCUGCAGGUAAAACAACGCCAUCAGAGAAAGCAGACUUGCCUGUUGCUGUUCCCCCUAAAAUAAAACAACAGCUGAAAGUGGAAGCUUCUGGGGACAAAGCAAAAUUCUUCUGUUCAGUUGAAAGCAGUGUUUUGAGUGUCCGAGAAGUAGCCUGGUACAAAGAUGGCAAGAAACUAAAAGAGGACGAUCAUUUCAAAUUUCAUUAUGCAGCUGAUGGAACAUAUGAACUUAAAAUCCAUAACCUCAAGGAAUCUGAUCAAGGUGAAUAUACAUGUGAGAUUGUUGGGGAAGGUGGCGCCUCCAAAACCAACUUUCAGUUUGUUGGCCAAGCUUUUAAAAGUAUUCAUUCUCAGGUGUCAAGCUUAAGCAAAACUCAAAAAUCAGUUCAGAAAGAGUCUGAAAUACAUGAAGUAUCUGCCCAGAAAAAAUCUGCAAUGACUUCUCAAGAAAAGACAGUGGUUGAAGAAGAAUAUGUUAAAAAGUCUCUUGUGUCUGAUGAAGCUAAAACAUCUUACACAGAAGUUAAAUCUACUACCACUAAAAUGACUGUGUCUGAAGGUCAAAAAUCUACCCUUAAAGCCAGUAUUGCUGGUGCUUCUAAUGUAAAAUGGUUACUGAAUGGAAUAGAGCUAACUAACUCUGAAGAUUAUAGAUAUGGUGUAUCAGGAAGUGAUCAUACUCUAACUAUCCAAAAAGUGACCCAGAAAGAUGAAGGAAUACUUACCUGUGAAGGAAAGACUGAACAGGGUAUCAUCAAAUGUCACUUUGAAAUGAGUCUUUCAAAAGAUCAAUCAAAUGCCCCAGCCUUUAUCAUACAACCGAAAUCUCAAAACAUCAACGAAGGACAAGAUGUGUUGCUUACCUGUGAAGUUUCUGGAGAUCCUUCCCCUGAAAUCCACUGGUUUAAAGAUAACCAGCCAAUUGCUCUCUCAUCCAACAUCCGAGUAAAUCGCUCCAAGAAUGUUUAUUCUCUUGCAAUCCAAAAUGCUUUAGUGAGUGAUAGUGGAAAAUACACAGUCAAAGCGAAAAACUUCCAUGGGCAGUGUUCUGCAACAGCAUCUCUGACCGUCCUUCCUCUAAUUGAAGAACCUCCAAAAGAGGUAGUGUUGAGAACAAGUGGUGAUGCAAGCAUGCAGGAAAGUUUCUCUUCGCAGUCAUUUCAAAUGUCCGCUUCUAAACAAGAAGCUUCGUUCAGCAGUAGCAGCAGUAGCAGCAUGAGUGAGAUGAAAUUUGCAAGCAUGUCUGCCAAAAGCAUGUCCUCCAUGCAAGAAUCCUUUGUAGAGAUGAGUUCCAGCAGUAUAAUGGGGAAAUCUAGUCUGACCCAACUGGAGAGUUCUUCUAGUAGAAUGAUUAAAUCUGGUAUGAGAGGAAUACCACCCAAAAUUGAAGCUCUUCCAAACGAUAUCUCCAUUGAGGAAGGAAAGGUUCUCACCAUAUCCUGUGCCUUCACUGGUGAACCUACUCCUGACAUAACAUGGUCCUGCAAAGGGAAAAGCAUUUCUAGUCAAGGUGGUAGAUUCCACGUUGAAACCAGUGAAGACUUAACCACUCUUAUCAUCAUGGAUGUUCAAAAGGACGACGGGGGACUUUAUACACUGAAUUUAGGAAAUGAUUUUGGCACUGACUCUGCCACUGUGAAUAUUAACAUUCGAUCAAUUUAAAAGCUUGAUCUUUUUUUAUUUUUUGGCACUUGACUUUUGGCAAGUGAUUCAUAUGGACUGAAAUAAUUGAUCUGUAAAUAUAUAUAAAAAAAAUAUUUUUGUACCUACCUGAACCAGACAAAGUCCAAGGAUAGACACUAUGACUUAUAGUCAUUAUUAUUUGACUUUAAAACAAUUUUUCAUUUGACAUGUACAUACUGUAUAUAGCCGCAGAUAACGGUUAUGGAGCUUUGUACCAUUUAUUUUAUGACAUUUUAAAAUGUAACUUUUUGGAACAAACCGUUGGUAGGAGAAAGUUUCUUAGGGAACGAAUACCCUGCUCAACAUUUAACUAAUUUUUGUGCCUCAACAAAAUGUUGAUGUCUAAGAAUGCCUCAACAGGUCGAGAGGCUCCCUGUUGAUGACUUAUUUUACCGACACCUAAGAGAUGAUGCUGUGCACGGUUUCAUUAUACGUGCACGAAUUUAUUUUGAAUCAGAGACAUAAGGCAUUGGUGAGGUUUGCAAAUACCCUCCUGUAAGCCACACUUUAAUAUCUUAUGUUACAUCUGAUCAACGUCAAAACUAUAUUUUGUUCAUGACUGACUCGCAAUACCUUGAACAAAGUGCAAGCGGCCAGCAUUUUGUUCAGCACCUAUCGUAUUGUUUCUGACACGCCGACUACCCAAAUAGCUUUCCAGUAAAGUAACAUCACCUGGCCAUCCCGUUAAAAAAAAAGCCAUUUGGGUACUCGAGUGCAGAAACAGUACCAACUCUUGGAGGUUCCUAGGAUGCAGUGAUUGUGUGGUAGCAAUUAGGAUUUUGGCUAGAUACUGUCAACUGCAGGCAACUAAGACUUGAACCACAGUUUAAGAAAAGCUAAAACUGUUGUUAUAACAUCACAUCUUGCCCUGAACUUAGAAAAAAAAUGAAUUAGUUUUAUUUUAUGUAGUAGUAAGUUGUUCGGUUAGCUGUUUUGUUGAACCUCCUCGAGAUAGUAUUGUUCAUUUGAAAUAAAGCAUGCUACCUGCACCUCA